GGAAUCUCCCGCCCCCGCCUGGCGCAGUGGUACAAUCCCCGCGUCCAGUUGCCAUGGCAGCAGAGCCCGGAGCUGUCCAGUGACGGCCCGCAGCAUGGCCCGGGUCUCUCAGGGCACUGACCCUGUUGGCAGCCUCCUGGUGCAGGUAACACAGACUGGGCAGCCGGGGUAUUCACUGGAUAUCCGGUACCUGGGCAAGGCCCCCCCUGACAGUAUUAUUUAUAUAUUAAUAAUUAUUAUUAUUAUAGAAUCAGUGUAUUAGUAGGUGCUGUAUGAGUAUAGUCUCCCAGUACCAUGGGUAUUAGCUAUACAUUGUAUGAUAUUUUAUGAUAUUUCCUAUUUUAGGACAAUCUAAUAUGUCUGUGUCUUGUUACUAGUCAGUUCCAUGUAUUUCUUUAGGAGUGAAUAGGGGAUUUCAGCCAAGCUCAUUGAGGGAAAGGAUUACAUUGGACAGCUUACAUAGUGUGGGGGGUGUGUAUGACCUCCUGGUAACAAUCUAGUUAAGUGCUGGCAACCAUCGGAAACAUUGAAACACACAAGUAGAUACUGUAUGAAUUGUAUUUACCCACCUUGGUGUGCAUUUUUAAAUGAUUUACUUAUUGUAAAUGCUAGGUUUUAAUACCAGGAAAAUAUUACUCUGCACUAAUACUAGUAAUACAAUUGUGAUUUUUCCACAUUGUCCAGCUUUUGAUGAGAGAUCAAUCAUCUCAUUUAUCUAUGUGUGUUUUGUUUCUGUUACGUACAGGUCCAGAACGACUUGGAGCAUUUGAGAAAGAGACUGACACACACCAGCAUCAAGGAACAUGGGGAGACUGUGGAUAUCCAAUCUCUGGAGAAAGCAAUUCAAAGGACAGAACUUGGCCUUAAGGUAAGAACACUGUAGCUGGUGCCUGGUACGGUACAUUUAUUCUUCUGUUAUGUUUCUUUUUGUUAAAUUAUAUGGCUUGUAAUUUUGAUUCAAGCUAUAGAUAGCGUUUCAUAACCUAUUUGUAGCACAGAACAGGCUUUGAGGAUCUAUGCAGCAUAUCAUCAAUGCUAAAGCCUUUUCAGAAUUACAUUUUUUGAAAAGUUAUACACCUGGAAUCUUUACACUAUUAAUUAGUGAUUAUUGAAGAACAAGUUUAUAUGUGCACUUUGUUAAAACAAAAUAUUACCGGUAUAUAUUGCAUAGAAAACAAUUGAAAAAUACAAGUGUAAAUUUCUACAUGAUGAAAGCAAAACAUUUGUCAAUGAAUUGUCAAAUUAAUUUACUGUUUCUUGCUGAUGUUUGACCCAUUUAUUUGGCAGAAACAUACCGAGGACUACCUGAGUUACAUCAGCUGCAAUCCAAUGACAUUACUUCAUGAUGGAAGCAAGGACAAGUACAUCCCGCAUGUGAUAAAAUGGUGAGGGGAGAAUAGGAUCCUAAGUAGUCAAAGUACUGGAAAAGAAAUAGAUUCUUGUUAUGAAUUAAUAAAGUAGUCCUGUCUUUCAUGCAGUAUGGAACAUUUAAAAUGAGACAAAAAAGUUGAACUUUUUGAUAAAAACCCAUCAGAUCUGCAAACUGUUAUAAAUAACUGAUUGCUAGCCAGUAUAUUACAUAUGUAAUAAUAUAGGGGACUUAAACGGCUGAUGGCUAAGGUGGUUUUAUUUGGGCACAUACACAUUUACAUAUUUUAAUUUACCCUUUGGUAAAAGUUCAUAAUAUUUAAUACAUACAGGUGAUACUCGAAAAAUUAGAAUAUCGUGCAAAAGUUCAUUUAUUUCAGUAAUGCAACGUAAAAGAGGAAACUAAUAUAUGAGAUAGACGCAUUACAUGCAAAGCAAGAUAGUUCAAACUGUGAUUUGUCAUAAGUGCGAUGAUUAUGGCUUACAGCUCAUGAAAACCCCAAAUCCACAAUCUCAGUAAAUUAGAAUAUUACAUGCAAUCAAUAAAACAAGGAUUGUACAUAGAACAAUAUCGGACCUCUGAAAAGUUUAUGCAUGCCUAUGGACUCAGUACUUGGUUUAGGCUCCUUUUGCAGCAAUUACUGCCUCAGUGCGGCGUGGCAUGGAAGCUAUCAGCCUGUGGCACUGCUGAGGUGUUAUGGAAGACCAGGAUGCUUCAAUAUUGGCCUUCAGUUCUUCUGCAUUGUUCAGUGUCAUGUCUCUCAUCUUUCUCUUGGCAAUGCCCCAUAGAUUCUCUAUGGGGUUUAGGUCAGGCAAGUUUGCUGGCCAAUCAAGCACAGUAAUCCCAUGGUCAUUGAACCAGGCUUUGGUACUUUUAGCAGUGUGGGUAAGUGCCAGGUCCUACUGGAAAAUGAAGUCAGCAUCCUCAUAAAGCUCGUCUGUGGACGGAAGCAUGAAGUGCUCCAAAAUCUCCUGGUAGACGGCUGCGUUGACCCUAGACUUAAUGAAGCACAGUGGACCAACACCAGCAGAUGACAUGGCUCCCCAAAUCAAAACAGACUGUGGAAACUUCACAUCUUGCAGUGUUCCUCUCCAUUCUUCCUCCAGGCUCUGGGUCCUUGGUUUCCAAAUGAGAUGCAAAAGUUGCUCUCUUCAGAAAAGAGGACUUUGGACCACUGAGCAACAGACCAGGUCUGUUUUUCUUUAGCCCAGGUAAGACGCUUCUGAUGUUGUUUGUUGUUCAGGAGCAGCUUGACAAGAGGAAUAUGACAUCUGAAGCCCAUGUCCAGGAUCCUUCUGUGUGUGGUGGCUCUUCAUGCACUGACUCCAGCCUCAGUCCACUCCUUGUGAAAGUCCCCAACACAUUUGAAUGGCUUUUUCCUGACAAUCCUCUCCAGGCUGCGGUCAUCCCUGCUGCUUGUGCACCUUUUUCUUCCACACUUCUCCCUUCCACAUAACUUUCUAUUAAUGUGCUUUGAUACAGCACUUUGGGAACAUCCAACUUCCUUCACAAUUACCUUUUGAGGCUUUCCCUCCUUAUGGAGGGUGUCAAUGAUGGUUUUCUGCACAACUGUCAGGUCAGCAGUCUUCCCCAUGAUUGUGAUUCCUACUGAACCAGACUGAGAGACCAUUUAAAGGCUCAGAAACCCUUUGCAGGUGUUAUGGCUUACUUAGCUGAUUAGAGUGGGACACUGUGAGCCUAGAAUAUUGCACCUUUUCACAAUAUUCUAAUUUACUGAGAUUGUAGAUUUGGGGUUUUCAUGAGCUGUAAGCCAUAAUCAUCGCAAUUAUGACAAAUCACAGCUUGAACUAUCUUGCUUUGCAUUUAAUGCGUCUAUCUCAUAUAUUAGUUUACGUUGCAUUACUGAAAUAAAUGAACUUUUGCACUAUAUUCUAAUUUUUCGAUUAUCACCUGUAUGUUGAAUGUUAAAAGGAAAUCUGUCAAUUGUUUCAUUUUGUUCAAGCCUGUUUUGCUCUGGAAACCUGUAGUAAAAUAAUGAAAAAUCAAAAAGGAAACAAGGGUGUGGGCUGGAGGAGAGACUAGGACAGAUAAUUCAGGUUUUUUUCUGUUGACACUGUUGGAAGCUUAUCUACCUUAAAAACAUUAGACAGAGGAUAAUGAAAAGGUCACCAAAUUAAAUGAGCGUAUAUCUCUGAAACUAUUACAAUGAUAAAAAAACUAAACGCAAACAACCAAUUAUGCACUGUUUGUGUAUGAAUAAAGAUUUUAUCAGGAAAUCAUGCCAAGCCUGCCUGGUCUUUUUAAAGAACCGUCAGACUGCCUUUUGCCAUCAAUGGAGUUCAGUAUGCAUGAAUAGAAUUUAGCAAUUAACUUUAAACCUAUGAGUUAGCUAAUUUCUAUCUAAUAGCAUUACAUUGCCAAUCUCCACUCUUCAAAAGAUUUUACCAAGGUGACUUACUGCAUUAUGAGCAAACCAUCUAUCUCGUGCAAUGUGAAUGUGUUGACUUCUGUACAAUAAGUGUACUGGUUAUGCUGCUCCUCCUUAUUGUCAUUUAUUUUUGAGUUUUACAAAAAUCAGGUCCCCUACCUACAUAGUUACAUAGCUGAAAAGAGACUUGUGUCCAUCAAGUUCAGCCUUCCUCACAUAUGUUUUUGCUGUUGAUCCAAAAGAAGGCAAAAAACCCAGUCUGAAGCGCUUCCAAUUUUGCAACAAACUAGAAAAAAAUUCCUUCUUGACCCCAAAAUAGCAGUCAGAUGUCUCCUUGGAUCAAGCAGCUAACGCCCCACUAAUUAUAUAAAUUAUAUCCCUGUAUGUUAUGUUUUUGCAAGUAUUUAUCCAAUUGCAGUUUAGACAUCUGUAUGGACUCUGAUAAAACCACCUCUUCAGGCAGAGAAUUCUAUAUCCUUAUUGCUCUUACUGUAAAAAACCUUUUCUUUGCCUUAGAUUAAAUCUCCUUUCUUCCAGCCUAAAUGUGUGACCUCGUGUCCUAUGUAUAGCUCUGUUUAUGAAUAGAUUUCCAGAUAAUGGUUUGUACUGGCCCCGAAUAUAUUUCUAUAAUGUUAUCAUAUUCACUCUGAGGUACCGUUUUCCCAAACUAAACAGAUUUAAAUUUUUUAACCUUUCUAAAAUGCUCCCUUACUUUUAUCAAUUUUGUAGCUCGUCUCUGCACUUUUUCUAGUGCAAUGCUAUCCUUCUUUAGAACAGGUGCCCAAAAUUGCACAGCAUAUUCAAGGUUUGAUCUUGCCAGCUAUUUAUAAAGAGGCAAAAUUAUAUUUUCAUCCCAAGAAUUUAUGCCCCUAUUUAUACAUGAUAAAACCUUACUGGCCUUAGCAACUGCAGAUUGACAUUGCAUAUUGUAACGGCACCCCCAGGCAUAAAAGGGGUUAAACCGCCGUUUAGAAGAUCUUCCCCUUCCAGAGACACAGGCACAGCUACCGCAGAACCCCAAACUACCGAACAGGAUACAAAGUAGCACUCCAAACUCCUGAACUGGAACCUCACGAAUAGCUGCUAGCAGCUGAACAGGAAAAGCACCCAAGCGGCUUACACUCCUGGCAAUCAGUAUCUAACAGCAUACAGUAAAUCCCCCCCAAAACGAGACAAGGUUCUGUGUUAAGGGUCAAGCAGUGAACAGACAGAGCUGUGGGUUUAUUGUUCAUAUAUACACAUUCUUACACAUUAGUACCACCCACAGGGUUUUGUAAAACAACCAAUAAACAUGUAUAAUAAACUCAGACACUCCCACACUAAAUCCUCCCCUCUGCCUGUGAUACAAUUACCUUACACGAUGGGUUAAUGUAAGUAUCACAGACAGAGAAAUACAGUUUCUCCACAUUAUACAUCACAUUCACAUAAAACUUAAAUUUUUCAGAAUCAGCAUACUCCAUAUACAAACAUAUAUGUCAAAAUCAUCCAAAUUGGUCCAGUGGUUCAAAAGAUAGAUCGAAGUCCUUUGUGACCAAAUGAAGCAUGGAUUUUCUGCCCAAAACCAGUUCCACAGAGUCUUCUAUCCUGGAGAUAAUUGGGAAGUAAUCCAAUUAUCUCCAAGGAGAGAGGCAAAACUCAAUUGAACAUAUGGUAGCCAAAGACAAUAAAAUACAUAAAAAUAUAUAACUGUGCAGCUAUUGCAUAAAACAGGUACAUUCUGAUUUUAGCGCACAUUAUUACUGAAUGGCGCUCAGAUCACAUACAUACAGUUCAAUUGCCAUGGAGCCAAAGUCUUUCACAUAGUCUUUCAUUAUACGAAUGGGCUCCAUGGCAUAGCUAUCUGGGGUAUCACUGUUCAAAUAGGGCAAGUACCAAAUGACCCGGCUUUCGUGUCUUUGCAGGGGAAAAUCAAGCGUUUCAACAUGGGGCCAUAGUCUAAAGGCAGCAGGCGGGCAACCAGGCUCCUCCAAUGCACAAUGGCACACAUAUUGCUGCCUAAUUUGUUGUCUAUAACAAUUUCCAAAUACCUGGCAUACAGGAGACACAUGCUCUUCAUUCAACCUGAUAAUCAAUGGCAAAGGUUGUCUGACAGUGCUGGAAGUGUAUUUUCUGAGUGCUGGCUGUCUAUUACAGCUCUCCAGGUUGGAUAGGAUUGAAGCUGACAGUGACAUCCAGCAAACUAGAACCAUAUGUAAAAACAGGAGAAGUAUGAUUGGUUGUAUUGUAGAUAUAAUUAAUAAUAUCAAUAGUCAGUGAGUGUUGGAAUUUGUGGAAUAAUUAUUUUUUUUAAUAUGUUUUGAAGAGAUUUGUUUCCUACACUGCAUUUCAUGCAAGUUAUUCAUUUUGCAUUCUUCAAUCUGAAUUCUAAUUCAGGAGCAAUCCGGUGGAUCCUACAAAGCAGACACAAAGAGCACGUCCUUUAAAUUUCCCAGAUGCCAGACCUCAUGCACCUGGAAUGUCCAUUUACCUGUCACCUGGACAGCAGGUCAGAAUCACUUUGCCAUUUUUCUGUUGUGUUUGCUUACCAAUCUCUAUGCACCAUCAUUGCCUAAUGAAAGCCUUCUCCUUCCGUGUGAGACAUUCAAACCAUUCAUGGACUAAUGGCCUAUUGUAGUAGAUUGACUGUUCAUAAGUUACAAACAUCUCACCAAGUCCUCAGAAUCUGCAACCUUCUUAAUGGAGGAAUUUGGCAUAUAAUAUCAUUUAAACAAACACCUGUUUAUAUAUUUGUUUUUAAUGAAUCAUACAUUAAUAAGGAUAGUAUAGUCUGAGUUAUACAUAAAAAAAGUAAUUACAUUCAAGAGCUUAUCCAAUAUAUUUGAUAUUAAGACAUGACAACUGUAUAUUUAAAGGAUAAAUGUUCAUUGCUUGCUCAUCCAAAUAAUCAACUCAAACAUUACCCAUUACAACACAGCUGGCAUUGAAUUGUUGAAUGCUUCCACUUUACUAUAACCACACAGCAUGUUCUCUUCUGUGCUGCCGAAGAUAAUGACACUUUCACUGAAAGGUACCAGCAAGGUUGGCAGUGGCAGUGGCAUUCCUGUAGAGACCAACUGAUUGUGAAGGCUAAAUCCAGACUACAGCUUAUUGCUUUUACCACCUUGGUCCUGUGCCAACCUAUGGGUAGUUAGUGAUUCUAUAUUGGCAUCAGUGGUUUGCCGUCUUUCUAAUCUCUAUGCUGUCCCUGAUGUUUGCACUUGACUUCUCCACUGCAUGUAGGCAUGUAGGUGUUGCUCAGCUGCAUUCUGUAGUAAAGCAUCAGAUGUACGAUAAUUCCCAUCAUCCCCCUCAUAAAUUGUAGAUCGCAAACAUCUGCAUAGAUGUAGUUGCUUGAUUCUGUGAUAAAUGAUCAUCAAGUGUGGCCCAGGGUAGUAUUUUGGGUAGCAGAAAGCCAGUGCAAAGUAACCUAGAACAAAAAUAGUAGAAUAAUCAAAGCAGCGACACACAGGAUGUGUAUCACCUUUAUAUUUGUAGUAAAAAAACAAACAAACUAAAACCUGUUUGUGUUGCAAAUAAUAUAUACAUCUUUUUGCAUGAAAGCUUGUGGGAUUAUGAGAAAAUGCAACAUAAAGAUAAUAGUUAUAUUAAUUAUUAAUCAUUUCUGUAUUACUUUGCAUAAGAUGCAGUAUACAUUCUGUAAUAAUAAAUGAAGCAUGAUGAAAAAAAUGAACUAUGAUACUCUCCAUAAAGAACAAAAAAAGAAGAAUUACUAGAACAAAACAUGAUGGGUCACACUUUCAAAAUGUGAAAAAACUAUCGCUAAAUACUGUAAAACAUUUAUUUCCCUUUGAUUGGAUUAGAUAACCCCUUCAGUAAGGAAACAGGUGACUGUAGAUGAAUCAGUAAAGGAAUGCGAUAACAUUUUCCUAACCAGUGGGUUGGGAAGGACAAAUAUCUGUGUGGUUUUCCUGGUUACAUUAUUUUAUUGCAUGACUAGACUUCAUCACUAAGAUGUUAGCGUAAAUCCAGUUGCUACAUCCAAAUGGCCCCGGUCUAGAUAGGAUACUCGGAGCAAAACGUGACCCUUCAUUCACUGUUCUAUCCCCAACAUUUUUCUGCAUGCAUUAAAGUGAUGUCUCCGACUCCACACCUGCAACCCAGUACGUCAGUGGUCCCCAACCCAGUCCUCUUGGACCACCAACAGUCCAGGUUUUGUCACUAUCCCCAUUUGCAUAAGGGAAAACCAUAAAUCCUGGACUGUUGGUGGUCCAUGAGGACUACGUUGGAGACCACUGAUGUACGGUGACAUAAAUGUGUAUAAGUACAACUUAGAUAUACAGCGUCAGCACCUUUCCAUCACUCUGUAUAUUUAAGAGUUAUAUGGUUUGGUUGUCCUUAUUAACUAUUGUGAUGUACUGUCUGCUCAUAAUGAUAUACAUCAAGCAGUAAUAAUAGAGAAUAAAUGUGACAUUUUUAUUUUGUGUUUGCUUUAUUCUUAUUUUCAGAAAAUGGUGCGUGUGUGCCACCGAGCAAUAAAACUGUUAAAAAUAGGGAAGCUGUGAAAAAUGCAAUUUGCUGUGUUCUUUAAUUAGUGUGUUUUUGAGGCUGGCUAAGCACCAUGGGAAAUGUAGUCCACAACAAUCUGGGAUAUCAGUGUUAGCCAUCGCUGCCUGAGUGGAAAAAAUGUCUCUCAGAAAUACAUCUGUUCGGAUUGUUUGUUAAUGCUACAUUGAUUGCCCCUAUAACACCUCAGCUGUUUGCCCAUUCUGUGUGUAUAGCCCUGCCAGUGCAUAUUCACAUGCAAGCUACGCAUGUAGAAGACAUUUAUCUGUCCUACCAAUCCACCUCAGGCAUAUUAAUUGUCCCCUCAGUUUUCCAAAUGAAAACCUUUGAUACCUGCUUAAAAAUACAUAUCCUGUGACAGAGCUCAAGCACCUCAUUUCGUAUCUGAAAGUAAGUGCUGAUUUGCCAGCUGUUCUGUUCGCAUGGCACGCUGGCAGGAACAGUGAUAUUAUUAACUAGUUGUUGGUUCCAGCUGGGAAAUUGCCACCUAUAAUUUGCCACCUUCCUUCCUCCCAACAAGGUAAGCCUCAGUCAGCACAAUAAAAUUUAACCAUGAUUAUAAAAUGGCGAGACUGGCUUAAGCUGAGCCAAUUACUGCAGCUGGUCUCAGGAUGCCAUGUCCUUUUUUUUUGCUGGUUUAUCUUUCAGUGUUAACUAUCUAUUUAGAAAAUAUCUAGCCAUUACUCAAUGAUAAAUGUUGUUAUUUCCUUUAGAAUUAGGGUUUUUAAUUGGUUGAAAUUCCAAAAGAGGAUAUUGAGAGAAGUGACAUUUUAGAUCUGAUUUGUUAUUUCUCUGGGCCAAACCCAUAUUCUCUCCAGGUUACUGUCAAACAUUGAAAUUCCUAGGGAUGGUCCCUUCGGCAAACCACACCGUGACCUCCAUGAAUUUCCAAAAAUGAAUAUAGCAUUGUCAUUGUGCACUUUUUUUAAAAUCACUCCUUUUUGUUCUCCCUAUUUCCCUUCUUUAGUUUUGUUUAUAUAUACAGUGGUACCUCGGUUUACAAACGCCUCUGUUAACAUAAUUUUCGGUUUACAAAUGAUCUUUGGCGAUGGGCGCCGUGGUGCUUAAGUUUAGUUCUGCUUCAGUUGCUUAGAUAAUUUACCCACAAUCCAUCAGUCAAUAGUACCCCACAGAAGAGAAAACUGCUGAAAUCACAGACAGAAGAAAACAAAAUCCAACAAAUGGGACUGCGCCCACUAAGCAGAGGAAUAUUCCAAUGAUGCCUCACAGACGUGGGCGGCUACGUACACCCAUACAUGCAGUGUAUAGAAUUGAAUGCUGUCCGUGUACUCAAAGCGUUAGAUUCAACGGCAGAUUUUUAUUGGAAACAGAGGUAAUAUUUUGACCCCAGUCAGAGCCUUUCUGUGGCUUGAGAAAAACUCUGACUCGGGCCAAAGUGAUAACCUCUGUUUUCAAGAAGAAAACAAAGUGGCAAUGCCAACAUCUUGAGAUUUUGCACAAGGAAGAAACGAUAAUAAAUAUAGAUAAGAUAAAGUAGCAGGGGUGAAGUAAAAUUGUUAAGGUAUAAGGGGUAUAAGAAAAGUAAAAAGAAAAUGACAGUGCCACUUUAAGACAAUAUAAAACUAUGCCUUAAAAUAAUAAACAAAAAUAAAUAAAUAAAUAAAAUAAAAACCAGAUAUAGAUAGAACAGAUAACAUAUAAAUGCUGGUCUCAAUAAGCAUCCAAAGUUGUUUAUAUUGGAACCACCAAUUUUCAAUUUAUAAAUGCAGAAAGAGAACAAAAAAAAAGGCACGCAUGCAUUAAUGUUAAAAUACAGUUAUCAGAAAUAAAACUAUAGAGCUAACUCAAAAUAUGGGGCUGUUAUAACAUCAUAAAAAUGGUGAAUUAAAGGGACACUGUAGUCACUAUAACCACUUUGUCUCUUUGAAUUGGUUAUAGUGCCUGGAGUGCCCUGGCACUGUCCCUCCAUUCAGUGUUGCACAAUGUUUGUGCAGUAUGCCACAAAAUAAGAGUCCCUGGCCACCCACAGUCCGGCCCCUUCUGUAUGUGUAGCUAAGGCAGAGAUUACACACUUCCUUGUUGUCAUACCCAUUCAUACCGUCAGUUGGAGUUCUGACAGGCUAAAAGCAGUCAGCUGACACUCUCAGCCAAUCACAGCUGCCCAUUGCUGCUCAGGCUAAUACUUCCUUAUUAGCCAAAGCAGCACAGAGGGGAUGGACUGCCGGGGUCUCUUGUUUAGCAUUAACACAUUACAACAUUAAAAACUGUUUAAUGCUGAAAGAAAUGAUGGCACCAGGGGACUCCAGGCACUAUAACCAGUUUAAUGAGAUGAAGCAGAUACAGUGCCCUACGGUGUCCCUUUAAGGAAUCCACGGUUAGCUUUUUUUUGGCUUUCCAUUCAAAUGUUUUCUUUAGGUUUGGAAAACCCAGCCAAAUGUGCCAGAUAAUAAGUCACAGCAAACCAGGGAUUAGUGCUAAUUUCUAAUUUGACCUGAUGGCAAAGAGCUUGCCUAUAUUUGAGAGUGCAGAUGAUGGGGUUCUCUCAGCAGAAAUCACUCAUACGUAAAGCUUCUUCUGAAAAUCCCAUGAUCUAGCCUCUUAGAUAUCAGCAAUUCCUUUAUCUUCAAUAAAAAAGUUAAUGCUAAUCCUGGGAUUUAAAUCAGUAAUGCCACGGAAUACAUCCUGCUACCUUUAGACCUAGAAAUAAGGGAAACCUUUGAGGACCGUGUAUCACACCUCAGUAGAGUUGGUCUGUGCUGCCUGCAGUUUAGGACUUUCUCCAGGGAGGAGAAAGAGCUCAGCCCAAGUGAUGUAUGGAGUGUAGACAAAAUUGAGGCAGUUGGCACUAAGCAUUAUCAGCUCAGCCUGAUUGAUAGUACAUUUUUAAAGAGUGGAGCACAGGGUAGUCUUCAUCAACUUAAACUUUGCAAUCUUAAUUUAUUAUGGUACUUAUAAUGACCCUUUAAAGAAACACUGUUAAUGACUUAAAUAAACUUAAUGACUAAACCCGCUGCAGAGGUUAUACCAGGAGUACCCUGGUGUGAUCCCACAGUAUGUGGUCAAAACUUUUUAGUACUGUUUUACAACUUACCUGGGACCCACUAGACACCCACUUUGCAAACCGUGCAUCUGGGCUUCUCCAGCAGAAGAAUCUAGGUAGCUCUACAGAGCUAAGCAGGGUCAUGCAGGGCCACACUCGUUCACUGAGAGUGGCAGCUAAGCAUUCUCAGCCAAUGACGUGGUCCUGGAUUGGCUAUUCUCUAUUUCAAAGAGACAUCACAUUUCUUCUGCUGAAGAAGACCAGAUGUAACGUUGUUGCCCGACUUGACCCAGGUAAGUUGGCAAAUCAUAGUAAAAUGGUUUGACAACAUACUUUUCGAGGUACCUACUUACUGAGGUACAGAACCAGAGUACUUAUGGCACCAGAACUGCUACAGUGGGCUAUAAUUGCUAUGACGCUUGAAGUAUUCCUUUAAAGUUGGUUUGGGUGUUCUAGCCAAAGAUGGAGAUGGGAGAAGCAAAGUUAAAAGUACCAUAAUAACUGGCGUGUAGUUUCCCCACUAAUGUGAUGUAUUGGCAUCAGCUGAUUUUUUGCUUCAUCAAGCAUAUCAUGUUUUCGAAUCCCAUAGAGCACCUUGAGUGACAUCACAUUAAGUAUUGAAAAAAAUGCAUGACGUGACUGACACCAUGUAGUGCGUGUACAUAAAUGUCCUAGCCUGCCUGAGCCUAGUGGGAGUUACACUCCCAGAGAACACCUACUGUUUUCAGUAUUAUUUUAGUCUCUUCCCAAUAUGGAUUUGCCAAGUGAAGAGCUAAAGAGACAGAGACUGCGUAAUUCUGUCUCCCCAACUCACCUCGCAUUUCAUUAUUUGAGAGAGAAAGUAAAUUAAGGACAGCCAGCACGCGUUACAGCUGCUUGCAGUGUAACUCCCAGCAGUCUCUGACAUACGACAUAAAAAGUGUGUAGCAUUGAAUUAUGUAUUAUGAUGAUACCUAAGGAGCCAUUUCAGGAUAUCUUAGGUAUUUAUAAAUUAUUUGACCUCGGCCUCGUGGUUUAUUAGAUUGUCUCUAAAACUUCUCUAGAAUUCGUUUCCCAUAAUACUCGCCUCAGCAUUGUGUUUCAGCUAUCUCUCUGUGUAUAUAUGUAUAUGCUCGCACACAGAGUUAAUAUUAAGAUUAACUUAGCACACAGUGAAAAUGCUAUUGCCACCAGCCAGUACACAUUGUAUAAUGACCUUAAUGCCUAGAUUAUUUGUUUUGUUCUGCUUUUUCUUUAAAUGAGCAAUAGAAGGUCAAACUGCACACAGUUUAAGAAAUCUUGCAUUGCAUCAGUAAAUGUAUUCAGAUUUUAUCCUGUCAGAUCCUCGGUAAAACAUGUUUUCAUUGUAGACUCUGGCACAUAGCUUUGUGUAGCUGGAGGGUCUGUCAUUCUACAAAGCGGUAACAUGUGGUUGUGUAGAGUGCAUGCUGUGUGCUGCCUGUGUCUGAGUGCUUUGUUUGCAUGCCCUAUAUGUGGGGGUUCGCCAAUGCUUGUGUUUAAUUUGGGUUUCUGGGGGGCUGCUGGAGUCAUGGAAUCUGUCUUUGUUGCAGCACAAGUUGUCCUUGAACAAUCGUAUCGUGUACAAUCCUGAGAGUGUUGCAAACCGUGACCUACUCAAUCAAAGCCAUGGGAUCAGUUUGCCGCUAAUCAACUGCAAACAGAAAACCUCUGUAAGUUUACUCAUUUAUGUUGGCAUAUUUUCUACACUUUUCGUUCACAUUUGCCACAAUUCUUACACAUUUUCCAAUAGACUGUCCAAAAAGCCUUACAGUGUGGCAGCAACACUUAUGUGUUAUUCGUUAAACCAGAAACUAUGGAGAGCCAAAAUGGAAUUGCAAAAUAAAAAUUUUUAUUUUGGGGGGGGGGGGAGAUCAGUUUUUUGCAACCAAAAUUUGAAAUUCUCUGCUCUCAAGUUGUCAGUUUAGGGUAUAAACCCAGCGUUACAACUAUUGUGAGACUAUUUUUUUUUUUUUACAAGAUAUAAUUCAUUCAGUAUGAUUUCCUUCCUUAUCACAUAGUCCAGUAAUACACAUAUCCUAUGUUACCUAGCCAUUCAUGUGGGAAGUAGAACACAGCCCAAAUAUGCCGCAGGGCCAAAUGUUUGCCAUUACAGGAAUAAGGUCAAAGAAUGUAUGUAAUACAUUUUCCAAAAAUAUCUAACACUAUCCUAUGCGGCUGCUUAGUUCAGUAACAGCUAGGUUAGGAUUGACUACAAUAUCACUAAUGCUACUUUAACAAGAACAUAGUUGUAAAUGUCCCUCUCUUCUCUGACGUAUCUCUGAAUUAUUUAAAAAUAUUGGAAAAAAGUGCAGCUCUUACCAGCGCAAUAUGGUGAGACGGUUAAACUAUAAGCUCUGCAGGGCAUAUGUUAUUAUUGUGCCUUUAUUCUGUGCACAGCACUGAAUACAAGGCUGGCGCUGUAUAACAUGUAACUAGUAGAACUAAUUACUCUUUCUUGUUUGUGGUUGUCAAGGGGAUCUGAAUUCAUUAUGAUCAAACUGAUGUUUUCCUUGAAAUGUAUUUACUAAAAUGGUAAUGGGAAGUGUGACAAUCACCCAAAUCAGAUGAGGAGGCAGUGAGGGGCUGCCGGGGGGUAGGGAGGGGGUAUUCAAUGGAGGAGUGAAGUUUUUUCCAGAACUAAUUGCUGGAGAGAUGUAAAGUUGAAUGUGAUUGCAGUCAGCGUUCCUUACACCUAGAAUCUAGGGACAUUCUGAUAUGCUCCAUCUGGGAUGACAAGGAGAGGAGCAUUUUGCUAGUAAACAAAUUAAUCUUUGCAAAGGUCACCAUUUGUUGUAAGUUUUUAUCCAGUGCUUGUCAUGUGGAAGGGGAGAUUGGCUGUCAUCUUGCUAUGCAGGGGCGCAUGCCGAGCCUCCGACUCUGCUUCUCCACCGCUCAGAAAUCCCUGGAAACAGCUCAAUGCCUGCUUGCAAUGCCAUGGACGGCUGCGUUACAUCUGUCUCUGGACAGGAAGCGAGGGCCACCUCUGAAUUCCAAUAAGAUGGGCCCGCUCUUCUCUGCCUGGCCCUCUGCCCACGUGAAAAGCGUUAGGCAGAUUGAGCCAGCACAUAUCUCCCCCUACCCCCUCUGCUCACUCUAUUCCACCAUACUCCUCUCCCCUCCUUUCUGCACUGCUGCUGUCAUCCGCUUUGCGAAACAGAUGUGGUGUUUGCAAAAGUUCUGCAUGCGUUCACUCUCCCACACCUGCCGCUUACAUCUCUGUCAAGGUCCAGGAACUAACAUAUAAGGGAUUCUUGGCGUGUCACAAGCACAAGUGCUACUUCCUUAUUCUUCUUCCAUUAGCAAGACAGAGACUUAAGUGACAUUAAGUAAUGCAAACAUGUCUUUUGCUCAGAAAACACUCUUUAAUUAUUAUAAAUGUUAUUAUUAUUGCCAUUUAAAUAGCGCCAACAGAUUCCGUAGCGCUUUACAAUAGUAUAAGAGGGGGGAUUUAAGUAUAAAUAAGACAAUUACAAGAACACUUACAGGAACAAUAAGUUGAAGAGGACCCUGCUCAAACGAGCUUACAGUCUAUAGGAGGUGGGGUAUAAAACACAUCAGGACAGGAAUGAGAGGUAUGUUAACUCAUUGUGUUAAUCGAAUAAGUUUUCUGGUGAGUCAUCAACCGGUUGCUUUAUACCCCUCUGGGAAUGAAACUGUUAAAGAUGGCAACUCUUCAUUUUAACUUCUUCAGUCUCAAUGUAAUGUCAGGACUGCCACAAAAAAAACCAUAUUUGCCAAUUCCUGGGCCUGAGGGGUUAAACGAUGGGGCAUUAAUAUAUAGCAAUUGUUGUAUUGUUAAAGGGAUCCUAUAGUGCCAGGAAGACAAACACGUUUUCCUGGCACUAUAGAAACAUAGAAACAUAGAAUGUAACGGCAGAUAAGAACCAUUCGGCCCAUCUAGUCUGCCCAAUUUUCUAAAUACUUUCAUUAGUCCCUAGCCUUAUCUUAUAGUUAGGAUAGCCUUAUGCCUAACCCACGCGUGCUUAAACUCCUUUGCUGUGUUAACCUCUACCACUUCAGCUGGAAGGCUAUUCCAUGCAUCCACUACCCUCUCAGUAAAGUAAUACUUCCUGAUAUUAUUUUUAAACCUUUGUCCCUCUAAUUUAAGACUAUGUCCUCUUGUUGUGGUAGUUUUUCUUCUUUUAAAUAUAGUCUCCUCCUUUACUGUGUUGAUUCCCUUUAUAUAUUUAAAUGUUUCUAUCAUAUCCCCCCUGUCUCGUCUUUCCUCCAAGCUAUACAUGUUAAGAUCCUUUAACCUUUCCUGGUAAGUUUUAUCCCGCAAUCCAUGAACCAGUUUAGUAGCCCUUCUCUGAACCCUCUCUAAGGUAUCAAUAUCCUUCUGAAGAUACGGUCUCCAGUACUGUGUACAAUACUCCAAGUGAGGUCUCACCAGUGUUCUGUACAAUGGCAUGAGCACUUCCCUCUUUCUACUGCUAAUACCUCUCCCUAUACAACCAAGCAUUCUGCUAGCAUUUCCUGCUGCUCUAUUACAUUGUCUGCCUACCUUUAAGUCAUCAGAAAUAAUCACCCCUAAAUCCCUUUCCUCAAUUGUUGAGGUUAGGACUCUAUCAAAUAUUCUGUACUCGCCCUUGGGUUUUUACGUCCAAGAUGCAUUAUCUUGCCCUUAUCCACAUUAAAUGUCAGUUGCCACAAUUGUGACCAUUUUUCUAGUUUACCUAAAUCAUUUGCCAUUUGGCUUAUCCCUCCUGGAACAUCAACCCUGUUACAUAUCUUAGUAACAUCAGCAAAAAGACAUACCUUACCAUCAAGACCUUCUGCAAUAUCACUAAUAAAAAUAUUAAAGAGAAUGGGUCCAAGUACAGAUGCCUGAGGUACCCCACUGGUGACAAGUCCAAGCUUUGAAUAUAUUCCAUUAACUACAACCCUCUGUUGCCUGUCACUCAGCCACUGCCUUACCCAUUCAACAAUAUUGGAAUCCAAAUUUAAAGAUUGCAGUUUAUUGAUAAGCCUUCUAUGUGCAACAGUGUCAAAAGCCUUACUGAAAUCUAGGUAAGCAAUGUUUACUGCACCACCCUGAUCUAUAAUUUUAGUUACCCAAUCAAAAAAAUCAAUAAGAUUAGUUUGGCAUGAUCUCCCUGAAGUAAAUCCAUGUUGUCUCUGAUCUUGAAAUCCAUGUGUUUUUAGAUGUUCAACAAUCCUAUCCUUUAACAUGGUUUCCAUCACUUUCCCCACUACUGAAGUAAGGCUUACUGGCCUAUAGUUGCCCGACUCCUCCCUAUUACCUUUCUUGUAAAUGGGCACAACAUUCGCUAACUUCCAAUCUUCUGGGACUACUCCUGUUAACAAUGAUUGGUUAAAUAAAUCUGUUAAUGGUUUUGCUAGUACACCACUAAGCUCUUUUAAUAGCUUUGGGUGUAUUCCAUCAGGUCCCAUUGACUUAUUUGUCUUUACUUUUGACAGUUGAAAUAGAACCUCUUCCUCUGUAAACUCACGUGUAAUAAAUGACUCAUUUAUCCUUUUUCUCAACUGAGGUCCUUUUCCUUCAUUUUCAUCUGUAAAUACAGAACAAAAAUAUUCAUUGAGGCAGUCAGCUAGACCUUUAUCCUCUUCUACAUACCUUCCUUCUUUUGUUUUUAAUCUAACUAAUCCUUGUUUUACUUUUCUUUUCUCAUUUAUGUAUCUAAAAAAUGUUUUGUCCCCCUUUUUUACUGACUGUGCUAUUUUCUCUUCUGUGUGUGAUUUGGAAGCUCUUAUAACUUGCUUAGCCUCUUUCUGCCUAAUCUUAUAGAUCAUUUUGUCUUCCUCACUCUGGUUUUUUUUAUAAUUCCUAAAUGCUAACUUUUUGUUUUUAACUAUUUUGGCCACAUCUGCGGAGUACCACAGUGGUUUCUUGAAUUUUUUGCUUUUACUGACAAGCCUAAUGCAAUUUUCUGUUGCCUUCAAUAGUGCAACUUUUAAAUAAUUCCAUUUCUCUUGGACUCCAUUUAAGUUGCUCCAGUCUGAUAAUGACUCCUCUACACAUAGUCCAAUUCCCUUUCCUGGUUUGCUUGCUUAACAAUAUUACAGAUACGUCUCCUGUCUCUGUGAGCAGUAGUUCCGGGAAGACACCUCACAAGACCACCAUUGUCCAUCUCCACACCUCUUAUGAUCGAAUCCCCCAACAACAACUGCUUUCUAUUAGGCCUCACCAUAGUCUCCAAGCCUCUCUCCACAACACCACUAGCCUCAGUGCCUCUCUCCACAAAACCACUAGCCUCAGUGCCUCUCUCCACAAAACCACUAGCCUCAGUGCCUCUCUCCACAAAACCACUAGUGCCUCAGUGCCUCUCUCCACAACACCACUAGCCUCAGUGCCUCUCUCCACAACACCACUAGCCUCAGUGCUUCUCUCCACAAAACCACUAGCUUCAGAGCCUCUCUCCACAACACCACUAGCCUCAGUGCCUCUCUCCACAACACCACUAGCCUCAGUGCCUCUCUCCACAACACCAUUACACUCUGAAAGUGCAGAAAAUGAAUUAUGUAGAGCAACAGACUGUGCAAAAUGCCUUUUAUCCACAACUCUAAGUCUACCAGAUCCUACAGUAAUCCAUCUGCCAUUCCUAGUAUGUCUCUGCGGCAGUGGCUUUGCAGCAGUUCCAGUCUGAGUUUGUUCACCAGAUAAUUUACAAAUCUCAGACUUCAAAAAUACAAUCUCCUGCCGCAAGAUAGAGAACUGUCUACAGAUUAGACAACAACCAAAUCUCCAAAAAGUAGAACGUGAAACAAAUGCAUAGCAACUAUUACACUGAACUAAGUCUGCCAUUCCAAUGAGGAAAAUAAUUUAACUCAAACUAAUCUUAACUUUUUUUCUUUAUCCUCCUGAAUACCUCAGAUUACCUCCAGUUUAUCUCCAGAAUAUCUCCAACUACACACUUAGAAGCAACACUCUCCAGAAUAUCUCCAACUACACACUUAGAAGCAACACUCUCCAGAAUAUCUCCUACUACACACUUAGAAGCAACACUUAGGUGAAGCAACCAAACUAUAUUAGGCUCCUGGUGUGCCCCCCUCCUGCAGGGUUGAAGGGGUUAAAACCCCUUCAGUCACUUACCUGAAUCCAGCGCCGAUGUCCCUCGGCGCUGGGUCAGGCUCCUCCCCAGCCGACGUCAGCUGGCAGGGGAGACCUAAUACGCACGCGUCUAUGGCCACGCACGCAUUAGCCCUUCCCAUAGGAAAGCAUUAUUCAAUGCUUUCCUAUGGGGAAAAUCUAACACUGGAGGUCCGUGAGGAAGUCCAGCGUUAGAUAACGGACCACAAGUCCGUUUGGAUUCCGGAAGCCCUCUAUUGGCGAUCUGUUAGUCAGCCACAGAGGGCAGACUUAGAGCUGCAAUGUAAACAUUGCAGUUCUCUGGAACUGCAAUGUUUUACAUUGCAGCACUAAGUGCAAAAGGGUCACAGCACCCAGACCACUUCAAUAAGCUGAAGUGGUCUGGAUGCCUACAGUGUCCAUUUAACCGAAACACUUGUAUGUAUCCAAAGUGUUUACUCGUCAGUAUUUAGGAAGACCUGGGUUAUGGCAGCCGUACAAAUUCAUAUAUCUGGAUUAACCAAUGUUGAAGUCAUUUCAAGAUGUGCAGUAGCAAUACUGUACUGAUAUUGCUAAAUUUGGAUGAUUUAAGUGUCCUUUAUCACAUAGGUGCCCCUUGAGAAGAUUGCCAGAGGUACCACUGUCAGCAAUCUGCUUGUUUUACCAGCCACACACCGGAUAGAUGCCUCCCUGCCCCCACCACCUGUACAGGAUAAAGACAUGCAGCGAGGUAUGAAUAUUAUUGCAGGAUGGUGUGUUAAUUCUUUGCACUUCUUGUGGCUUUUACAAAGUUAAGAAAAAACAUCGACCGCUGUCUUAAAUCACCAUCUGUUUUGGGCAUUUAUAGGAGGGACAAGAUGUCUAAAAUAAAUAAGAGAUGUUGAAUAAUAAGGCUGGCUUCUUUGAAGUUAUUUAGAUAAGGAUGAGGGGGGUUAUAUUAAGAUGCUUGAGACUGGUAGGAGGGUAGGAAUUGCCAGAAUUUUUACAGAUGGCAGUCUUGGUUGGUCAUGAGGGUGUCUUUGGCUUAUACCAGUUGUGUACACAACAGUUGAUUGCUAGUGUAGAAUGUAAACUCACAAGUAACAGUGACUGUGUUUUCUUCAGGUAUUCUGAGCCUGCUGCAAAGAGGUCUCAUUCCUCCGUCUGCUCAUCUCACACUUGUUCCACCUCCCAUUUUACCCCGUACUGUGCCCAUGCACAGUGCUAGAGCCAGGCGGAUAACUGCCCUUAAACAAGUUACAGGUAAGAAUGUUUAUCAUGUACAAUAGCACCAAUGUCUGCUGUUUAUUGUACCAUAAUCUUCCAAGGCGGGUUGUGUAAUUCAGAUUUGUAAAUUAAUACUCAUGAUAUUACCAUGUGUGUUCAAGUAACCCUUAUUUUGCUUAUUGAUGGCCCCAGGGUAUCUAUUCGUGCUAGUGGAUGUGUAUACAUUGUGUGUAGAGUCCACUACUCUCUGUGGUUUCAGGCCUGGGCUUUACUCUGUAUUGUUUUCUCAGAGAAGUUAAUGGCUUCUUUGAAAUUUUAUUUGAAAGAUUUUGAUAGGAAGGCAGUAUUUUCUUUAAAAAUGGAUAUUGGAUAUUAUUUUUUGCAGUCUAUGUUUUCAAAAGUUAUAUUACUAUAACAUGAAAACAAAAGAUAUAGUAAAAUAGAUAAAAUAGCAAUGAUUUAGAAUUCUAUGGUAGGGCUCCGUAAAAUAAACAGAAAAGGGGACAAGAUACAGCCGAGUAGCCAAAAAAUUAAUAAAACUGCCAACAACAGUCAUAUAUGAGCACAACAAAAUUUUGUUUUUUUUAAAUUCUUUAUUUAAAGAAGGCAUAUAUAAGUGAAAGGUUUGUUAGAAUCAAAUCUAUUGUAGUACAAAAAGUGAAAAAUACUGGACGGGUUAAAAAAUGGGGUUAGAUGUCUUAACCAAAACCCUGAAGGGAGAUGAGCGUAGUCUUAGUACAUCCUUUCUUGAGUGUGAUAUAGUCUCCCUCUUGAAGAGCAGAAAUCGUCAUUUAGAAGAAUUUCAGUCUUAUCCGGUACUACUUAGGACAGGUGUAGCCAUCCUUCGGCACUCCAGAUGUUGUGGACUAUAUCUCCACAAUGCUUUCUUUGUCAGCAUUAUGAAUGAUGUAAUCAACAACAUCUGAAGUGCUGAAGUGCUGAGGGUUGCCUAUCUCUGACCUAAAAGGUGAAGUCAUCCCAAGGUCAUGGAGCUAUGUCUCCACCCAUAAAUAAGCUACAAGUACCCCACUCUCACAGUGAUAACAGUCUAAAUCAAUGUUUACUAUAAAAGCUCCCGUGCCACUCCUCUCGUCCACUUAGAGAAGAUACAUAGGACUGUAAUAAAACAAAAAAGUCACCUGCACUCAAUGCCAAACUCUAAUGUACAUUAAAAAAGCAAAAACCGUUAUUUUGUACCACUGUAAUGGUACUCAACGUGUAAGCUUACCAGCUGAUGCCUUCUUUUAUACAUUUUCUAAUAAAACCCAGAAGCUAAUUAACCCUAAUUAGGAAACAUAUUGGGCACUUGGUUGCAACAAGACUUGAAUAAUACAAAAGCAGUUAAAGAUACACAUAUCGUCACUGUGCUCUAUUAUUAUUAUUAUUGGUAUUUAUAUAGUGACAGUUUAUUCCACAACACUUUACAAUAUUAUGAAAGGGGGAAAUUUAUCAAUAAAUGAGACUAUCAUAAAAUGUCACAGGAAUAAUCAGCAGAUAGCGACUCUGCUUAAACCAGCUUGCAGUAUACAGGAGUGGAUUAUAAAGACACAAUAGGAAGGGCAUCAAGGGGCACAGCAAACAAAAAGGUGGGGAGGUAGCAGAACUGGAGGUGAGAGUGGAGUGUGGUCCUAUAGGAGAGAGCAAGAGACAGAUUUGUAAAAUAGAAGGUACUCUGGGAGGCCGCGUUUGAAAAGAUGGGUUUUGAGGGACUUCUUAACUGAUUGGAGACUAGGGGGAGAGUCUGAUCGGGUAGGCAGGCUGUUCCAAAGUAAAGGAGCCGCUUGUGAGAAGUCCUGCAAGUGCAGUAGGGUGCAAGCAGCGGACAGUAGAAGGUAACUGACAGAGCAGAGAUAUCAGAAGGGGGGGGUUAUCAAUAAAUCAGUGAAGAAAAAUAGCACUUUUCUCCCUGUGGGACCCAAAGCGCUUUUCAGCGCUCGCUCUCGGAAUUAACCAAAUCCGCAGCUGAAUAAUAAUAACCAAAGAAAAAAAGUCACCUGCGCUCUUUCCACAUCCCUAUGUAUUUUGAGUAAUAGAUGUUAUUAUUACCCAAUUGAUGGUACUCAUUUUAUCGACCUCAGAAGGAUGAAGGGCUGAGUUGACCCUGCCAGGAUUUAAACCUGUUACCUUGCAUUUUUGAACAGGCUUUGUAGUCAGGGAACCAGCUACCUCACCGGUAAGGGUUGUUAUUUUCAAUUGAUACCUAUAUGAUACAUAAAGCCAAUGUAGGGAUCAGAGGAGCGGGGUGUGACAGGAGCGACAGGAGAGGAAGAUCUCACCUACCAAUGUCAAGGCUAUCCUCUUAGGUGCAUCCUAUGCUAUACUAACUAAUUUAAGCUCAAAGGAAAAUUUCGAAUGUGACAGAAGUUGACUUUCUAAAAACUAAUUAAGGUGUCUCCAAGUGCUCCUUAUAACCUUCCAUUUUUUAAGGUUCAUUGAGAAGCAUUGCUUUGGCCAAUCACGAUAACAUAUACCAUCGGUCCUCAAUGCUUCUCUAUGAAAUCUGAUUAGACCAGAGACAUUAACAAUUGAUUAUCUCACUGUGGGCGGAUCAGACUGCAGUUAAGAGAAUGUCUCUGAACUGGAUUACAGGUACAUUUAAUUGAUUUUUUAAUGUUUUUUUAAACAGGGAUAUUCUACCCUAAAAAACAAAACAAAAAAGGAAUGCUACAUAUUUUUAACACUAGACUGUUCCUUUAAAAGGAAACUGUAGUGCCCACCUCUCUUACUUCCCCCGCGGUGCAGAAGGGGUUAAAAACCCCUUCUGUCACUUACUUGAGUCCAGCACCGAUGUCCCUCAGUGCUUGCUCGGGUCCUCCUCCGCUCUUUCCCUGCUGACAUCAGCCGGCUGGGAGACCUGAUGCGCAUGUGCGGCAAUGGCUGUGCUCGCAUUAUGAUUUCCACAUAGGAAAGCAUUAUACAAUGCUUUCCUUUGAGGAUUCCGGUGACACUGGAUGUCUUCAUGCAUAGUGCAAGGACGUCCAGCAAAAGUUGCCUAACAGCCCAGAAGUCCCACUAGUGCCUGUCUGGUAGACAGCUAAUAGAGGUGGAGUUACCCCACAAAGAUAAUUAUUGCCGCUUAUAAAAAACUGCAAUAAUAAGCUUUGCAGGGUUAAGGGAACUGGGAAUAUGCACCCAGACCAAUUCAAUGAGCUGAAGUGAUCUGGGUGCAUAUAGUGUCCCUUUAACUAUAUAUAGGAAACACAUGGAAGAUAGGUGACUGCAGUGAAACAUGUAAAUAAUACCUUAACCCAGAUACCUAGUAACCUAUUCCAAAAAAUGUUUACCCUAUUCUAGAGAUUUAAUAACUGUUUAAAAAUUUCCAGCGCUUUCCUGUUAUUACAAAUAUCUGGCAUAUCUGUAUGUUCCUACAGUGCAGGUAUGUACAUUAAACAUAAUUAGUACCUUGUUUCCAUUAUUUAGCACCCCAUUUUAGAUGUGUAGUACCCUGUUUCAGAAAUCUAGUACCAUAUUCUGGAUGGAUUUAAUUCUAGAUACCUAAUUAUAGUAAUGCAGAUACUAUGGAACAUAUUCGUCCCCAUUCACAUAGCCAUUACCUGUGUUUCUCCUUGCAAUUUGAAAUGAUGUCCUCUUGUGAUAGAAUCUCUUUUUAUGUUACAUAUUAUGCACAUUAAUAGUUGGGAAAUAUAUUAGUAUUUGUCUACAAAUUAAGGAAUACAAGGAUGUAGAUGAGAUGCAUUACAUAAACAGCAUGAUCGUUCUUCCUGCCGAUAUAAAUAGACCUUGCUGUGCAACAUAUAUCAAAGAAACAAGAACAGGUUGUAGUCCUUCUACGUACCCGCAGGCCACUGUGUCUGGAAGCUGUGAAACUAAAAAAAGCACUUCUGUGUGUUAACCCUUGGAUCUUGGACAUCCUAUAUUGCGCAUUGCAUUUAUCUUAUAAUAAUUGUGAAGAUGUUUAGUUACCUAUAGCUUUAUAUGUUUGAUAUUUUGUAUUUUGUUUUGUUUUCCAUAUAUAUUUAGAUCAUGGACAUAUCAGUUUAUGGAUAGCAUAUGCGAUGCUAAAACUCUUUUUAUUACUUUAAAAAUAAGGGGUACGAGGGGAAUUAAUUAUGGUACCCCACUAGUAAUGUAGAAGUUCAUGGGCUUCCUUCUACUCUUAUAUAUAUAUAUAUAUCCUUCUCCUGGUUAUCACCAAUAAAGUCCGGUGCAGGUUUGGCAAAAAUUGUACAAAAAAACUUCGAAAAACCGCACUCCAGGUACUUAAUAUUACAAAACAUAAAACUUUGCUUUUAUAUACUUGAUCUAAUAAAAUGUUGACGUUUCAGCUCCCAACUGAGAGCUUUCAUCAGAGCAACAUAUAUAUAUUUGUUUGUGUUUGCUUCAGUGAUGUAAAUACAAAUCCAAGCUCAUGUAUAAUCAGGCUAGAAAAAAGACCUAUGUUGUCUGUUUUUAUUUUAAAUCUGUGUUUAGGAUGUAGGCCUCAAUUUGAUAUUGUUGUAUAAGCUUUUUAAAUGGUUUAAUAUUUGUAUUAUACUUUUAAAAUAUAUUAAUAUUAUGAUACAUAUUUUUACUUUGCAAUACUUAGUUUUUUUAUAUAUAUUGACAUAUUGUUUGCAUGUGAUAUUGUUUUUGCUAUUUUAUUUUUUGAAAACAUCAUUUUAAAAGUUUUUCCAAGGUCUGUAUGUUAUGCUUCUUCUUGACCAGAUUAAAUGUAGGUCUAUAUGUUAUGCUUCUUGACCAGUUGAUGGCUGUAGAGCUGAUUCACUAAUCAAUGAAUUAUUGUGUGUUCGACAAUACAAAAAAAUUGAAUUCAGCAUUUUUCAUACUCAAAUUUUGCAGUUUCUGUGUCAGUUUAAAACAAUUCCAUGUGUGUAAACUCCAUUUACAAUUUCAGUCAUUACCCAUCAAAUGUUUUAUAAAUGUUGAAGGGCUGGUCCUAUCACCAUAACAACUGCACCUUAUUUUAAUGGUGGUAGGCAGUGGGUCCAGUAUUCCCUUCAGUUUUGUCACACUGUUUUCAAGGUCAAUGUUUCAUUGAAUUGGUCCGCUAUCAUUUAAUAAUCACCAGUGAUUUUAAAGACAAGUUAUGAGGUCUUUACAAAAUAAACUAAGUUACCUCAAAUAUAAAAACAUAGUAUAUUUAAUGAAUACAAUUUAUGUAGCUCAUUAUCAAAUGUAAUAAUAAAUGCUAGGGUGCAAAUGUCACAUUUCACUAGUUGAAUAUGUUAUAGAUAGUACCAUUACUUGACAUGAUCACAAUAAUUUUAAUUUUCUUAACACACCAAAGCUUAUUAUAUAGGUUAUGGUGCAUAGAGUUCUCUAGUUCAAGUCUCCCUGCAUAGUGAAACUGCAGUGAUUUAUGACAGUCUACUCCUUGGGUCAUCCAUUGUACAGCGCUAUGGAAUUUGUUGGCGCUAUAUAAAUAAUAAAAUAAUAAUAAUAAUCAAAAGAGUCUUUUUACUCCCUUCUUUGCUGUUGAUUAUCUGUCCAACUUGUACAUGCAUCAUGCUAUGCACACACUGGGUAUGUCCCUGUGUCCCUUCCACGACUGAUUCUGUAGUUGAUAGUGUAUUAGUAGAUUUUGUUGGAACGUUCACUACCUUUUUUAUUUGUUUUUAAUAAUUUGUUUGCAUAUUUUAUAGACAAAGAUCCUACCAAGAUAAUAGAAAUAUCCCCCAAAGCAGAUUUUGACCAGGACUAUGCAAAAAGUGUUUCCCUGCUGUCUUAUUCCCAACUACGGGAAGAUGGACUUGAUACGCCAUAUCCUUCUCAACACUCUGCAACAGGUAGAAGAACAUGGACAUCUGAAAAUGCAGUCCGUAAGGACCCUCAGAGCAGGUCUUCUCCUACAUCACAGGUAUGAUGAGCUUUAUGAGCUUUAACCUCAUGCACCUCUAGAACCGUAGGACAGAUCAUUAUAACCCAGCAAAGUAAAGUAUAUGAAUCAAUCUAUCAAAGCCUACCCUACCCAGUGCCAAAUUUGAUAUAUAUUCUUAGUGUUCUAAAAAGGGCCAGCGAACAUACAGGUCUGCAGCUGUUGUUGGUGUACAUCUCCAUACAUUACAAGCCUGUAGGCUGUAAAGCAUUAUAGACUUUUUAAAGAACUACAUUGGCUAUCUCGCACUAAGGUGUAAAGAUCUGAUUCAGGUUCUUCAUUUUACUAAGGUUUAAUGAUCUGAACUGUGCUAUAUAGAGUAAGUUGUAGCAUUGACAAGCUUACACGAAAAAAAAAAAUGGUUUUGAUCUUCUUAUUUUUGUGUUGUUUAUUGCUACUUGUGAUUUCUCUAUUUCCAUGCAGAAGUGUUGGGAGCUGACCCCGCUCAUGGAACCAACUGGGCACAGCUUUACUAUCUACAAUGGUUCAAUAGACCUCACAGCUGCAGACUUCUUGGCCUUCCAUCAGCACUUUUGUCUCUAUGGGGGCAGUUACUUGACAGUCCUACAAAGGCUGCAAAACCUGUUACAGGAAUAUGCUAUUCCUGUUGCUGUGGUGAAUGGAGAUAACCUACGAGCAAUUUUACUGCAUCAAGAACUGGGCAUGAGCACUUCAGUCUCCCAAUUACUGUCUUUAUUGGAAAACCGGUCCUCGGUGAGGAAAAUGCUGAGUAUUCCCGGACAGCGCUAUAAAGGAAAAGAUGGCAGGACGGCAGCCGCGGUGAGUAUCCAGGCUGCUUGGAGAGGAUAUAGAGAUCGUAAAGCAUACCUUGCUUACAGUCGGGAGAGAUGGGCUGCAGGAGUAAUAUCAAUUGCCUGGAUGCUGUAUGUGCAGAAGUCCCGUGUUCGCAAAAUGCUGCAGAAAUCCAGAGAACAACAGCUACAAAACUUCAGAACUCGAUCCAAGGUGAGGAAUGCUUUUUACUGCCUGCAUUCUUGGUAAAGAUAGAUUGUCAUUUAUAUUGUAUACUGGUUCAUGAGUCACACCAAAGAUGAUCUUUUGAACACAGGGCACUACUUGUCUAUUAGGACAAACAACAGAGUGCCAGACAGAGUGAACAAUUGUUCUUCUCUUUCUGACACGUGAAGAACAUAAAAAAACGUGUGUGAUGUUUGGGCCUCAAUAGUUGAAAGAAUUAGGAUACGACAUUAUUGGCUAGUAGCUAACAAAUAUAAUCUAUCUUCUCUACUAAACAAUACCAGGGAUCAGUCCCCCACCUAGAAGUAAAGUUACACCAGGUGGAGGACCCUUAGAAUUUAAAAAAAUGGGGGGAAAAUCAGGAAGAGUCAGCCUAGAGUAAAUGCAGAGAUAAAACCCGAGGGAUUGGAACUAAUGGGGAACCUAUAUGUGUGGAACAAGAGAAGUGAGAGCACCUCCUUCCACAUAAAACUACGAUAGAUUUAAUUUUUGUCACUAGUGUUGCACAGUCCCAAUGUCAUUGUGUCACUUAGAAGUUAACUCUUUUUGUCACUCCAUUGAUAUGUUGUAGCUAUUACAGGGUUUUUCACUAAAGUCUGAAUCGCUCUGUACCAAAUGGUGCAAAGCCAUCCAACUGGUUUAAAGCCUCCCUAAAGGGAAACUAAAGGCGUGUAAUAAAUAACUGUAUUCCUAGUACUAUAACCCCUCCCACGCAGAGCAGAAAGAUAACCCUUUUGUCACUUACCUAAAUCCAGCACCGAUAUCCCUUAAUGUUGGGUAAGGCUCCGCCUCUGAUCCUCCUCCACCGACAUCAGCCGAUGUCAAGGACCUAAUGUGCAUGCUCGGCGAUCGCCAUGAUCGCAUUUGGACUACCACAUAGGCAAGCAUUGAAUCAAUGCUUUACAAUGGGGUUUUAGCUAACGCUGGAUGUCCUCAUGCAUGAGAGCGUGAGGACGUCUAGCGUCAGUUAGACAAUCAAAAGUUGCCUAACGACCUGGAAUCUUUAUCAAUAACUGCAAUAAUUACAAUUGCAUGGUUAAACUGACAGGGGCACUGGGCCCAGACCAUGUCAAAGGCCAGAAGUGGCCUGGGUGCCUAUAGUGUCCAUUUAAAGUAAUAUGGUGUCUAAAUAACCCCCUUAUGUUCUUUUAUUUAGUUAGUUAUAUGUUUACACCUUUUUAAAUUUGCCGGCUUGCUAGAAAGCGCUCGCCAGCUGCCACAUUGUUAGCCCUCGCAAUGCCAAGAAAGAGGGAAAAUAGUAUUUGAAACCAUCAUUCACUUCAAAAGUAAGUUAACAAUAAUUUGCAAAUAUGCAUUCUGCCGUAUGCAUUCGGUUCUGAUUUUGGUUAAAAUCGGUGAUUCCAAAUCCUAUAUUGCCUAUAGAGUCUUGAUGCCCAAGCACUGAUUUUCUCACAUCGUUGAGGUUUCCCUUGAUAUGCCCCUGACUGUGUCAUAUGGCUUGGUAUGUAACGUUUUGCGCAAGUGCUCCGUCCAUACGAUCUGUCAUUUAUUUACUCUGUUAUACAGAUCUGGAGAGCCUGAUUGGUAUUUUAAUAGAGAGAACUAAAUGUCACUACACACCUUAAUGAAUCCAGCAUUAAAAACACACAAUUAAAGAGCCUGAUGUAAGGCGAUACAUUUUCGGCUGUGCUAUAAAUGUUAUAGGAAAUUCUGUUUUAUUGUGAUUGUUUAGUGCUUUUAUUUGUUUAUGCCUGAUUAACUACUGGUACAUACUCUGCAUAAUAAGCAAACGCAGAUCUCCAUGUCUGUCUAUCUGCACAUACUGGCCCUGAAGUCAUGCAGAAAGAUACCAGCCUUGACCUGUGUUACUAUAUGUGUCUCCUUCAUUGCUACCAUACUGCUAAUGGUUAUAAUUUACAGGAAUAAAGGAACAAUACGCCACUAGUACCAAUGCUGUUUGUGUCCUGGCAUCUAUUUGCUGCUUUAAUACAUUUAAAUAGACCCUAUCUUCCUGCUGAACCACCAAUGCUGUCAGAGUGGUUAGACUGACAGGGUUAUUCACUACAUUAAAAAUUGUAAUUGAAAUUUAAGGCCAAACCAGCCAUACUGAAAACAGAAUUAACUUGGACAGUUUUUAUAAUUUAGUACUGGCCUACAUUUUUUUAAAUUUACUUAAAUUCCCCAGCAAUUUUAACUUUAGUAAAUAUUCCUGUAAGUGUCAUAAAGCAUUGGGUCUGCUGUCAGCACUGUAGACCUCCCAUUUGCAGAUCUAUGAUGACAUCUAUGAUUGAUUGAUCCUUUGAAUUAAAUCGUAUACAUGAACAUGCCACAUGGUAACACCAGGCUGUAUCUCACUGUGCAACAAAAACAAUUUUAUAUAAAUGUGAAAAUAGGAGUUACACAUUUUCACUCUUUUCAAUACACUUAAAUGUCACUAACUGCCACUCUGCGAUGGGAGCUACAUAUGGUCUUUCUCUAUGCCACUGUUAUUGGAGCUACACAGUGUCUCUCACUGUGCCACUCUGCAAUCAAAGCUUCACACUGAUACUGAUACUGGUGAGCUGGGGCUAUAGGAGGGAAUAUAUUUGUGUGCAUCUAGUUACCUCUGUGUGUGUUUGAUUGAUUGUGUAAGUGAGAAUGUUUGUGGGAGGGUUUGCAGACAAAAACAGCAAAUACAUCAAAGGUUACACGGAGAAGUUAGUAGUGGCAAGUAACUUUCAAGUCCAGCUAAUAAUCUUUCGAUACCUGUGGGUCCCCGCUGUCAGCUGUGGCCACUGUAUGCCACUCUGCCCAGUGAUCGGUGCUGUUCUUUGCAGCUGCCCAGGGGUAAAUAUUGGUGAAGGAGCCACAUUUGGUUAAAAUAAUAAUCUGUCCUCAGAACUGCACAAUCCUUAUGAAAAACCUGAGAGGGGGCCUGCCAGAAAGAAAUCCAAUUAAUGCCUUGGUUCCUAUUGCAGCACCAGGUUCAGAAAAUAAGGAGGCCUCACCCUAAGGUUGUUCCAUGCCAGAGCACAGAUUUUUUUAUCUGAGAAUCAUUUGAUUGGCAGAGUAUGGGAAUUUCCACACAUGAGCUUCUAUAUAAGUAGGGGGUCAGGAUUAAUUAAGGAAAAUUGUCUGCACUGGAUUACAUUUAAUGGGUUACUCCAACCACUAUGACCACUUCUGCUUUUAGAAGUGGCCAUGAUUGUAGGAAUCUAUAUGUUCAGUGUCUCUGCUUAAAAUGCUGCACAUGCAGAGAUAUUUGCACUAGCUAGUUGCACUCCUGUCAUACAUGACUUGGGUAACCCAUAACUCCGGUUCAGGGCUUCCUAAUAUCAAAUCUGUGCAAAAAUUACAUGUUAUCUGCGUGACAAACAUUGUAAACUGCUACCCUUGCGAGCAGUCUUGGGAGCACACCUGCAAGGGGAAGCUUCAAAGAUCACUCCUAGCCCUCAUGAUGCGCUUGUGCUAUGUUUGUUGGGGACAGUUCCCUUGUGUCCCUAAAAGCCGGACACCAUGGAACUAUGACCUUGAUUUAAUAAGAUUUCCAAAAGAUUCUGAUACUGUUAGAAAAGAUUCCAAGUGUGUCAUUAUUUGCCUUAUGUUUCGUUUCAUCAAGUUUUAUUUAAAGUUAUACAAUAAUUGAAAAAUUUAACAAAUACUAGGUUAUAUGUGAUGACACCAACCUUAUUUAAAGGUUGUUAUGAUUGCCACUAAAAUUAAAAUAAAAAAGAAAUUAAAGUUUCCAAGUGAUUUGUGCUCCUUAGAUCCAGCCUGACACCCUAAUUAUCGUGACAGGAUGCAUGCCUGUCGUCAUGAAAGAGGCAGUAUAUAAUAUUUCUAUAACAACCACUUUGUUACCCCUUAGAGAUAAUAGAGGGUCAAUCAAAACUUCUUUUUUUUUUUUAUAAUUGUAUUUAGACUUACUUUAUAACUAGGUUAUUAAUUGCACACAAACACUGUUAUCAUGUCAGACUGUGGGGAGAAGUCCAUAAUUUUAGCACUUUACCCAGUGAAGGGAUGAGCAAACUGUACGGCCUGUUUAUGUCUCCUCUGAAUCACAUAUCUCCUCUCCUACAGGGGGAUUAAACACCUCUCUCCUGUCAUUGCUCCGUCAGGAAGUAUUUAACACGGCCUUUUAAUUAGUGCGCACCAUUUCAUUUAUAUUUGCAUUACCUCUCACCCGCCCCCACCACACACUUUCCGUGUUAAUUCAUAUUCUUUUAAUUAAAGCAAGUACGGCCUUAAUCUCCCCUCACCAGCCGCAUCAUGCAGCCUCCUAAUUAAAUUAAUUGGGGUGGGGGGUGGCGGAGAUGUUUUUAAAGCAUAUAAUUAAAUCAAUUAAUAUAAUUUAAGCUUGGAUUAACCGUACGGCGGGAUGAAGGAAGGAAGCUUAAGACCCCCCUCGCCCUCUCAGAUAAGUGUGUUCCAGACUGCCUCUCUCACUCAUUGCUCUUCUUCUUGAUUUUUUAGCAUCUGGCAUCCAACUGGAAUCACAUCAGGACGUGCAGGAGGAGCAUUAUCCAUAUCCCAUCAUUAGGUAAAGAGCUCUUAGCCUCCAGAUCUAUCAGCCACCUCUAUUACCCAGCACAUUACGCUUCUCUGAUUGAGUUCAGCGCGGGGACCUUCCCUUAUUCAGAUGGGUCUCUGCAGGAAAAUGUUCUCAACAUGAUGAGAGUGAUAUUACCAGGCCCGCACUGGAAGCAGCGUUUAAUUCGGGGAGUUAAACAAAUAAACUCAUUACGGGAAGUGGGGAUAAGGAGGGAGAUGAGCAGCCGAGGGGCCAUUUUCUAUAAUUCGCUUUUUAUCUGUGUGAAAUGAGUUAAGAAACUUCUGUAUAUAUGUCUGUGUGUGUGAAAGUGUGUUUGUAUCUGUGUGUAUCUUUGUGUUUAUAUUCGUGUGUAUGCAUGUUUGUGUGUUGCAGGUGUCUGUGUAUUUGCAUCUAUCUAUGCACGCAUAUUUGUAUGCAUGUGUGUAUGCAGGCUUGUAUCUCUGAUAAGCGUGUUUAAAUGUAUGUUUUUAUCUUUUUGGUGUUCCUCGGUGUGUUGCAUAUUUGCACUUGUGUGUCUGUAGGAUUGUGCUUGUGUGCUUACGUCCGUGUGUGUUUGUAUGUAUGUAUGUUUAUGUGUAUAUGUGUAGGUAUAUUUUCAUCUGUGUGCAAGUAACCGUAUGUGUUUCUUUGUGAUUGCAUUUAAUUUAUAUAAAACAAAUGCUUUUCAAUAUAACUAUGCAUUUUAUCAGUCUGUUUGCGGUUCUUUUGGGAUAUAAUUGAGUUUUUAUGUCUGCGUGCGCUCAUUGCUUGAAAUAUUUUCUAUUUAUAAGUGUAUGUGCGCAUGAUACCUGUCUGUAUGUCAUUUCAUGUACCUGUCCUACAAUGUGUGCAAUAUUUAUAGAGGUCACUGUAGAUGCAUUUGUGUAUUACCCUGUCUGUACUAUCACCUGUUAUGGCCUCUGGGUCAUGCCUCUUCUUACCUCAGCCUUGUGUCGAUGCUGUUGCUCUGGGAUAUUGCUUAUACACUGUUUUUAAUCAAAUGUGCAGUCAAAAUGAUAAGCUACGUUGUCGGAAAUUAUUUAGUUCUAAUUACCAGCAGAUGGGCUGCUUUAUCUGCACCUAGGGCGCGCAAGCAAAAGGAAAUGCUGUGUGAACAAGAAUAAUUAAGAAGUUGAAUAGUGUUUUUUGCGCUUAAAUAAUCUGCAGUUUCAUGUUAAUUAGCACUAAUGCAAUUAUUUAAUUACAUUUAUGAAUUAGGGGAACUUAAAAAGAGGUUUCUUUACAAAGUGCAAGCAAAUAGGUGUGCGAGGCCUCUUGAGACACCCCCCUUCACUGCUCAGUGCUACAGCAGGUUGUGGUAUAAGGAGGGGGGUGUAUUGCCAUUCUGCUCAGGAAUGGGAGUGCUUUGCUUCAGGAGCCUGGAAUGAUGCAAUAUGGAUUCCACUAAGUAGGCCAGAAUUUACUGCUCACACACACCCCUUUAUUAAUGUUUAAAGAAAUAUGCAUAUAUAUAUUUGCUUGUUUUUUAACUAUAGAGCAAAAACAUUAAUAUGGUGCAAUUAUCCAGAAUUCUGCAUCGGCCACACCUCCCAUUUUGCUACUUAUUUUUAAUGGUAAAGCAUUGUUUGUGACCUCUCUAAUGACAAUUAGUAAAAAAAAAAAUGUAAAUAGUGGCUUCAAACUUGCUACAUUGGAUUGAAUUAGCAGUCUGUUCUCAACCUAUUGAAUUUAAAAUGGGGAUUCAGGGGGUGUGGUCUAAUAUAAAACAUAUGGCAGCUUGUGUCUGAACAGUUUAUUUAUUGAGGUUAUCAUUAAUAAAGGGCUUACAAUUUCAAGUUGUGCACUACUAGCCAGGCCUUGAAAGUUAGUCACCAUUGUAAGCCUCUUGGGGGCCCAAAGGGGUCACACUGACCAAGAAUUCAUGCAAAGACUAAAUAUUUACUGGCUGAUAGCUAGUGGACAGAGGAAAUUUUGAUUCCUAAUUAAUAUGUUCCUAAGGAACGCCUUCUCUGUUAGACUUUCACCCAGUCUUCACACCUUCAAAAAAAUCUUUGAAAAUGAACUUCUUUAGUAAAGCAUACCAGUUAAACUGUGAACAGCUUUCUCUCCCCGCACCCUGAUUUCUCUCCUACAACUGUCAUCAAAACAACACCUAGCGCUCAGUGAAUACUAUCCUAGCAACCUACUUUUCUACCCUAUACUUACCUUUUGUGUCACUAUACCCCACUCCCUCUAGCAUGUAAGCUCAUUGAGCAGGGCCCUCAAUCUGUUCCUGUGUGUCCAACUCGUCUGGUUACAGUUACGUAUCUGUUAGUCCUCCUAUUAUACAGCGCUGCGGAACUUGUUGGCGCUACAUAAAUAUUAAUAAUAUAUGUGUUCUACGAUUUGUUUGCUAAUAUUUUGGUACCCUGUGAAUAAAAUGUUAUUUUAGUUGUAAAUUGCAAAUCCAUAAUUGAAUUCAGUUUUAAUGCUGAAGUGCAAACUUAGAAACUCAGAAAAUUUUUGAUGUAACACCUGACAGAAACCCAACCAUAGCACGUGUUUACAUUGCCUUUUGGAAAUCCAGCCUUCCACUAACCUUUCUGGCAACAAAUGACCUGUAAUUGUUUCAAAUAACCAAAAUGUCUAAAUAGCAAUAAGAACUGAAGCACUCUGGACUUUGUAUAUUGCAUGUGUCAAUAGCGGUUAACCCUUAUUGCCUCCUUUCGUACAUUGUGCAAGGAUCUAUCUUGUUUGUGGUUGUUUUGGUGGAUGCUGGGUAUAGUUGAGCGGAAGAAAGAUAACAUGUUUGUUUCUUGCAGGCUACACGGAAAGACAAAGAGCUCAGACCGCUGACCUGCACAUCCAACAGAAUCUGCAAAUAGGCCGCUUGUGUGACAUCGCAGGUUAAUUCACAGGGAUAGAGACAGUUGAAAGGGGGAGGAGGGUUGUUUAUUUAACAUUUUCCUGAACAAUAUUGGGUUUAUUCACUAAGAACCUCAUUGUAGUGAUUUCAAACCCAGGUUGCCAAAAUUAGCUGAUUUAGGAAAAAGCUUUAACUCGGCUAUAGUCACAGCUUAGCGCACUACAUUAAUUAAUACAUUUUGACUUCACUACAAUUUGGCUUAUAGUAAUAACCCCCUAUAAAGGAAUAAAGCGUUUGCUGGGAGGCAAAAUUAAUAGCUGCAUAUGAAAUAGUUAAGUGCAAUUAUAUGAUGACAUAAGAGGAGUAAAAGGUAGAGUAAUAGAGAAGUAAGACUAGUUAAAUGGGAGACGUUAUUGAUCUGUAAGUAGGAGCCCAGGAUAUUAAGAAAAAGGACGAAUUAGAAGGAGAGUGUGUUGACAGGACAGUAUACUGAGAAACGGGAGGCAUCAUAUGGUGAUACUGUUAGUGGGAGGGGUUAUCAGUAAAGUAAGAUAUAGGAAAAGUUUAUUGAUUAAUUUAACCCCUUAAGGAUACAUGACAUGUGUGACAUGUCAUGAUUCCCUUUUAUUCCAGAAGUUUGGUCCUUAAGGGGUUAAAGGAGGAAUAAACUAGAUAUACAGAUAAAUGAGAAGAGCUCUUUAUUGAGAUGUACAAAGAAAUAGGGAUUAUUUGAUUAUAAAAAUGAUUUAUUCACUGAACUGCAGGGAACUGAAAACCGAAUCGCAAAAUUAAAGCUAUAGACAUAGCUUGACAAUUCAUGUCUAAAUUUUGCAAAUUGUUUUUUUUUUUUUGCAAUUCAGUGCAAUUCAGAGUUCAGUGAAUUAACCCCUUUGAAUGAACUUGAAAAUAAAAAUUACAUAAAUACUGGAAAUGAUGCUACCACCUAAAAUACUUUAAAUAAAUCAAUAUAAAACACAUAAAAUGCCAAAAAUGAAAUUGUCUUUAUAUAUUCAUAGACAAGCGGUGUGCCAGCUGUGCCAGGCUCACUGUCAAGCAGGGCUCAAUUUGCAAGCUCUGUGCCCCACACAGAACCCCACCUAUGCUUCUGAACCGAUUUUUUAAGUAGAUCAAAGAUGAUUUGGAAUUCUAUUUUUUUCUAAUAAUUACAUUAGUUCAAAAAUAUUCUUAACGUUUGUGUGAUAAGUGGUCCGAUGUUAAUUAAAUUAAAAAAAUGUAACUAGGGUUUAGCUUGUUUGGUAAAUACAGUGACUGUUGUGAUGGUUGCAGUUUAAAUAAAUAUUCUCCUUUUAUCAAAAGUAAAUGUUUGCUGCUGACGCCUAGGAGACAUACUGGGUUUUCAAUUAUUUAAACUAUUGAGAAGUUGUAUAUGGCAAACAAUAGUAUAUAUUUCAACUGGUCAUUGAAAUUAUUGUUUUAUAGUUAUGUUAGUACAUUUAGUAGAAUCUUUCUUUUAAUAAGAGUUUUCAUUCAAGUUUUAAAUUCUGCAACCACUAUGAAAAUAAAUGUUAAAACUAGAUAUGGCCUGUGAUUUAUACCCCACUUGAUUAAUUUAACACAUUUUAGUUGGUAGGUUUAUUACGUUAAAUGAUUUUAGUUAAUAAGCAUUAUUUUUACUGUGUCAGGAAUAUUUAUCCAUAAACAUGUCACCCUCUUCUUCAGAUCCCAACGUGAACGUCAUCUAUGUGUCCCCAGUGGAAAUAGAUGAAGAGACACAGCAAUAUUAUCGCAGACUGCUGGGUCUGGGGGCAGCAGUGAUAUCUGGGAAUUCCCAGGAUGCAUGUGAACUGCAUGGUAGAUUUACCAUUCUCGUCCCUGAAGCCAUUGGCAGCUUUCCCGUAAGUCCAGAUUCUUUACAAAAUAUCCAUUUAGUAUGGAACCCAAUAUAAGCUGCACUUCACUACCUCCUUGCAAAACAUGUGUUUAUUAAUCAUACAGAAGGUACUCAAUGCACUGCGCACAAACAAAUAGACCCGGCACUAGCAAUUCACGGAUGACUGAAUGGUCCUCUUCGAAUCGACGAACGAACAACAUAAUGACUCAAUGCACUUACUGUGUGCUCGUUUACAUUUGUUAAUAGUCACGAGGUACAGAGCACUUUCUGAAUUUACAAAUAUAACCAUGAAAAAUGAAAUUUAGAGUCUUGGACACAUGUUACAUGUUCCGUAUGGAGACUAGGCAUUCGAUCUGUUUCUCAUUGAAACUAUUUUCCGUCUCUUUAUGUCAUCAAUUAAAUUUCUCAUAGUUUUACCGGUAAUGUCUGAGCCAGGAGGGCGGCACGGGAUGAGUUAGCGUUACACAAAAGGCUGGCAGCUUCCUCUGCGAGUGACAGAAGGAUAAUUCUGCGUGGAUCAAAUAAAUACAGAUGUGUAGUAAUUAGUUCUAUUCCCUCAGAGGCUAUUUCUGAGGCACUAAAGAUGUGAGCGAUUAUAGGAUCACCUCAACAGCUUUUAUCAAUUUAAACAGCUCAACUACAACAGAGGUCAUAACCCAGCCACAUAUUAAUCACGGAAUUCUAUUUUUCUUUUAGGAGAGAGACGAAUAUUAUAAUGGAUUAGGUACAAUGAAUUGGAGGAAAUAGAGCCAUUUAAAAAUAUAUAAUAGUUAUUUUUUAUCAAUCUUAUUUUUUUCUUGAGGUAACCUAAGUACUCUAGUUGCAUGAAUGUGGAAUAUAUUUUGCAUGCUGUACCAAUAUACAUCAUAGAUAAAGUGAAGUGAUAAAUGUCAUUAGUAUUGCAUGUACAUGUGGUAGAUUAAUGCACCUCAGUUUUAGAGAUAUAGACAUUACAUAUCGAAAAGCGUGCUUUUCAUGAGCAAAGAAAAUAAUAAAACCUCUGUAAAACUAUUGCACAUAAGAAAUCUAAAAUAAAAUUACAGAGUGGCCCCUAACAGUUUGUCAAAGCCCAUGUAUAAACCAGUUGUGAAACUGUCAUAAUUGAUAGAAAAAUCAGCCUACUUCUUGGCAUGGCAAAUUGUAUUCACUCAGAUUCGCAACGAUAGCAGCUCGUGCCGUCUGCCAACCCCAAGACUCAGUUUGAGUAAAUAAAUCCUUCCCACCGAUCGGGCAUCUCACAGAAUCCAGAUGGAGACCCCAGGGGAAACUUGUAGGAUGUCUGCAAUGCCUUCUACCGGUGGCUCUCUAACUGUGUGGGCCAUGUGAAAGGGACCUGUCCCUGGUGGCUACAGGCCCAGGUAAGGAGUGAUGAGCUUUGGAUCUCUCUCUCGCUGGAUCUGUCUCAGCUUGAUCACGCUUAAGGUGAAGAGCUCUUUUUUCAAUUUUCUCUCUUUGUAGUAGCCAACUCUGAGAGUUAAUACUAUGUGUAGCCACAUUCUUGUGUAUCGGCCAUCUUAGCUGCUUGACCUCCCAGCUGAAUCUAGCUACAGGAAUAUCUCUGAUAAGUGAUGCAGACCACUCCAGCGGGGACCAGAUAUCCUCCACGGUUGGGGGCAACAGAGCAGUAGGAGCACUACAAAGUGGGGAAUCAGCCUUCUACCCACUUCCGGUGAACCAGGAGGCCACAACCCAAUCAGUCGCAUAAAUGCUUAGUCCAAAGUAGUGGAUGAGUAUUCACCAAAGCAGAAGUGGAUCAAGAAGCUGUGAGUUUGGUAAUAUAAUGUAGUAUUUAGGCAUUUUCUCUUAAAAGCAGAGGAGCACCUCCAACAUGCGACUUGCCUAGUUGGUAGUCAGGCUUCGGACCUAAAAAUAUAUGAUAGUUUUGUUGGUGCAUACCUUUUUUGGAGGUAAAGUACAAAACCUAGACGCUUGGAAAAUGGACAUAAGUAAUAUGGUCUGAUAUUCAUAUUAGAAAGUUAAACCUACAAUGUCAGCUGAAAGCCUUUAAACAUGGUGGAUGCUCUAUAAUAGUGAUAGACAUCCAUCUUCAGGGAGUCAUUGGGUCCACUGAGUGCUUUGUGUGCUAUUAGGAUUGCCAAGGAAUAUGAAGCCAUUGCAUAGGACACAACAGUGCAAACACUGUAACUUCACAGGAUGGUAAUUCCCCCAUGCAUAUUGUUAAUCAAGUUCAAGGGUAGUUUCAUGCACACCAAGAUGAUAUCACCUGCUGGACAUGACAUUCCAAUUUCCUGUAUAAACAAGAAGCCUUAAUGAAUGAGAAGCACAGCGCAUGGAGUAGAUUUCAACCUCUUUUGUCCCUGAUAGAACAAGAUGCUUCUCUCCAAUAGACAGAGAUCAUGAAUAGUAUACCUAUUACAAGAAGGUCUGAGGUCCAAGAGAGAUGUCCUACCCUUUAUUUGUACUUAUAUUAUUAUUAAUAUAUUGAUAUUUGACUGUUCCCCUAAAGAAACACUCCAUACCCCUAGAGCACUGCCAGUUGCUUUGAGAACUUGCACAAACUAGUGGGAGACGUCCUGUAGAGUAACAUUGGAUCUAAUGCUUCUCUAUGAGAAUAUUUUACACAUGUGCUGUGUCUCCAAAUAGAACCAUUGGAUUGACCAUAAGGUCAUCACUAGUAAUGAUCUCCCAGGGAAUAGGGGGACUGUAUAUAUUAAGGACAAGGCUGUUGAUAACUAAAGCUUAUAGAAAAGUCAGAUUCAUUCAAAUUGGUUUUCAGAUUUUAGGCCAAAGUAGCUGGACUGGAGACAUAACUAACUUAAAGAGAUUCGGCUAUUUCAGCCUUAGAGGGACACUAUAGUCACUAGAACAACUACAGCUUAAAUGUAUUUAGUAAUCAUUCCCUUCAGAUAUUUUGCAGUAAACACUGUCUUUUCAGAGAAAAUGCAGUGUUUACAUUGCAGCCUAGACAUACCUCAACUGGCCACUCCACAUAUGGCUACAGGAGGUGCUUCCUAGGGCACUGCUGCACUGUGUGCAGCACUGACGUUUACUGUCUCCACCCUCUGCAUGCAGACACUGAACUUUCCUCAUAUAGAUGCAUUUAUUCAGUGCAUCUCUAUGAUGAGAUGCUGUUUCGCCUUGUGCUGCCUUUGCCCCUGAUCUGCCUCCUUGACCGUCUUAACCAAUGCUAUGGGAAUGAAUUGUGAUUGGCUUUUGUGCAACACUUCUGAUGAUGUCAGCCAAGCAGGCAGUUUGGGGAAUACAAGUAAGAUUUUACUAUAUUUAGGAGGUCAGGGGGCUAGAUGGUGUUUUGUAACACUAUAUGGUCAGGAAUACAUUUGCGUUUUGUGUUCCUGACCCUGUAGUUUUCCUUUAAAUUUAGUGAGUAACCCUGUAAAUCUGUAAGUUUAGAUGAUACUUUCUUUUUUGCUCAAUCUCAUAUCACUUCAUAAGAUUCUUAGAUCAUUAGUAUUAGUAUAAUGAGACAAAUUCCUUAAAUUUCUGUCUACAUUUUUUUAUGUGUCCUUAAUUCAUAGGGCUUUUGAAACUUUAGUUUUAUUAAAUUUUCGUCAUCACCAGAAACAUAUACUACUCUUUUUGUAUAUUUGAGUAUUGUGCACAUUUGGAAAUUUGUUUGUGUCCGAACUGCAGUUUGUGCGAAUUUGGAUCCAUCUGACAAAUUUCAGAGUCAAUAUGUAACUCAAGUGCAAAGCAAAGAAGUCAUUUCAGGGCUGAACAUGUCUGUUUUCAUAUGUGUUUCUGAAUUCCUCCUGUGUCGCCCGCCCCCCAAAAAAUACAAAAUAUAUGAUUGAUGGGGAAAAAAAAGAUGAUGGCUAUGGGACAGUCACUAAAUGUUAAUUCACUAAAUGUAAAUUUUAUUUACAGAUCAAGUGAGAAGUAAUCAAUAGGGGAAAAGGGUUGGAGCAGUAAAAAUAAAUAAAUCUAUAUUUAUAUAUUACAUAUUUUAUAAAAAUUAUUUUUUUAUGGCUCCUCCUGUUUUACGUCUUUAUUGUUUACUUUUUCUUGCUUGAUCUGUGAACCUGUGGAAAAUUUAUACAUGUUAUCAUGUACACUGAUUGACCUAAUUUCAUGCCCUUUUUUUGUUCGUCUGGUUCAUUUCUGAAUUGGCUUUUUGGUACCAGAAUUCUACUGAACUGCACUGACAUAAUGGGCAAAAUUUGGCAUAGUGAAAACAAAUUCUGGAAAAAAUGCCAAACUAGAUUUUCUCACCAUGCACACGUCUAGUGGAAACAACUGGUUAUGACUGAGUAAAAUAUAUCCAUGUUCAUAUUAUCCUCCCAGACCUUCUUUUUUAAAAUGUUUUGCAAUUUGGAGGUCAGUUCUCAAUUCGCAGAUUUGUGAAUUUAUUCCCUAAGCGAAAUGAAACAUCCUAAUGUAUGCUGUGUAUUUAGAUGUACAUAUCCUGUAUGUAUAGAUGCAUCCAUAAUUACAGUUAUACUAUUUGCAAUAGUGUUGAGCUGAUUAUUGGGUUGUGGCUGCUGCCCACUAGUGGUGGAAUUUUGUACAACACACUUUCUUGUACACAGAAAUUAUCUGGAAAAACAUAACACUAAACCAAAUGUAACAUCAGAAAUCAAGAUUGUAUUUUCUUGUUCUCAUAUUUAAAGUAAUUUGUCAAAACCAUUAGAUCUGAUCAUUAGUCAGUGAUGAAAUGGUGGAAAUAGGAAUAAUCAACCAGCAGAGAUUAAACUAAUGUAGUUCCAAAGAAGUAUAGAGGGAUAAUCAGAAAUGAUGGCCUAGACUUUAAAUAAGACUUAUAAAGGAAUACUCUUGAGAUCUAUUGUUUGAAGAAUAAGUGACAGAUUUGAUCAGCUAAUUUGGUUGGCUUUCUGCUCAUGAAAAUAUUGUUCAUUGCUAAAAGUGAAUCCGAGUCACUGACACUGAUUUCGAUUCAUAGAUAAUGAGCUACAAUCACUGACUGGCCCCCCCAGACAAUCAGUCUGUCUGAGUCAAUCCAUAAAUCACUCGUACAGGACACUUUAAAUAAAGGCUCAGUUCAGAUCACUGAAAUGAGGAUCUAACUGUUUGAAAAUGACAUUAGACCUCUGACACCGAUAUUACAUUAUUAAAUCUGAACUCAAAGCUAAAUAUUUUAAGCACAUGGUUGAAAUAAUAUAAGUUAAGAAAACAAAAUGUUGAAGUUUUUUUUUUCCAGUUAAAUAAAUCCUUCCUAAUUGCAUAUGAUUUAAAUAAUGAAUAUGAAGAUCAUGGCCUUGAAGGCUGGAGAUUCUUCUUUUUUAACAACUCACAACAACUAGUUCCUUGAAUGAUCUACUUAAUAUUCAUCUCUUGUUGCUUCUUACUGAAUACUCAUCAGACCAUUCAUUUAAUAUGAUUAACCUUUUGGGAUAUCAUAAAAGCUGGGUUUUUUUUAAACAUGUGUACCCUUCAAAUUGUAGAGAUGAUAAUAAGAAUAUAUUUCACAGUGUACUCUUUAUUCUAAUAUCAUAGGGUCACCAGUUGUGCCUGUCCACACUGCUGAAGUACAGCCCAAAAACAUUGCAGCGUAUAAAGAAUCUAAUUCAGGGUCGUGAAGCCUACAUCGUAGGAGGGGUCAUGCACAUGGAUGACCUUGAAGUGGCAGACUUGCUGGACGUUCCAAUAUUGGGCACUGAACCAGAGCUGGCACAUCUGUACAGGACUAAGUCUGGAAGCAAACGCAUCUUUGCCAGUGCGGGCAUUCCCACUCCUCCUGGAGUAUAUGAUAUCUAUAACGAACAGCAGGUGAGUCAUGGAAGCUGCUACGUGCUUCCCAAGAGCUGACAAUCUACUUUUGCAAUUAGAAGCAUGUAUGAACCUGUAUACAUUGCAAAGUCCUCUUACUACGACAUGCUAGAAUGUUCAUAGUUUAAUUGCUGUAUGGCCUAAUCUAAUUAUUUCAGGCCAUAUUUUUGUUUCACCUAAAGGUUUAUUCACAAAAUAGUGUAUUGUGGUACAUUGACAGGAAAUUUAGGUCAAAAUACACAAUUACAUGAUUUUUCCACAGCUAUAUUACCCUACAUUUUGCAGUUUCUGGUUAAUUCUCACUUUCCUGUUUAGCAAAUUAACCUCAGUUAGUUAGCUGUGCAAUGAAUUUGACAUUUUGACUCAACAUAGCUGAACUAAAAACAUAGCAGGGUUGGAGAACUUUGCCAAUUCAGCAAUUUGUGCCUAAAAUGUAAAAUGAGUCAAUUCACAAUAAAAUUAUUCAUGAAACACCAAAUUGCAAACAGAAUUGCAAAUGUAAUGCAAAAAUAGAUGAUUUGUAAUGAUUCUUUGACCCUGCUAUAGUCAUAGGUUGGCUAGUUUAACAUUUUGGUUUUCAUGUCACUUCUGUUUGGUGAUUCGUGAAGAAACCUCUUUCAACGUGCUUUUGUGUAUAUCCCUGUAUGUUUGAUGUAUAUUUGUUUUUCUGUGUCUGUGUUUGUAUCUACGUGUUUUACUCUUACGAAUAUGCAUAGAUCCCCGUAUAUUGUACUUUGAUUUCUUUUGGGGUUAUUCACCAAGAUGCAAUUUAUUUUCAUGGUAUAGGGCAACAUAUGUGAUUUGGAAAAUGCCUACAUUCAAAUUCAGUCUUUUUGGUUUAAUUUUUAAAAUUCAUCAGAUCACCAUGUAGUGAAUAGUAUUAUAUAUGUAAGUUACUAAAAAUUAAAUGGAAAAAAAGCAAAGCUGCAAGAAUGCUUUAGCUUUACAUUGUUUCUUCACAGAACUUGGUUUACAAAUUAGCACUUUUUGCCUAAAAUUUGCAAUUUAUUUUACAGUUCCCUAGAAUUCGCUGUUUUGUGAAUGAACUCUUGUGUGUGACCAAUUUUCCCGGUAUUUCUGUUGUGUUUGUAUAUGUUUACAUUAUGCUUUCUAUCUUUGUGUGUGAAGUUAUUCACAAAUUUCAAAUUGUGUCUGAAUCAAAUUGCAAAAUUCUGGCUAAAAAGUCAAACUGUAACUAUCGCUAACUUGGUAUUUGUUUUCCAAAUCAGCAAUGUUUGCCUAAAUUUGAAAAUCAGGUUUGAAUUUGGUACAAUUCAGAGUUUAGUGAAUAAAUUCCUGCAUGUUUGUCAUUCCUGUGUAUAAUUGUGUUUUGUGUCCAUUGAACUUUACUGUGAUACUUUUUUUUUUUGUGGUUUAUCCACUUAACUGCAAAUCACUGUAAACUGAAAUCUGUAUGGCAAAAUUAAAAUAGCCAAGAGGUGACUUGCAAUUUUUAUACCAUCUGGAUUAUUCACUAAAGGGAGAAUUCAAAGUGUAUUUCAAAUUUAAGACCAGAGUAAUCAAACUAAAAGCAUAACUGACUAAGAGAAUUUUUCCAGAUCAGAUAAUUUGACCUUAAAAUUUUAAUUCACCUAGAAACAACUUUGAAUUCUCACUUCACUAAAUAAUCCUACCUGUAUCUUCCUUUAUUAUUCUGUGUUUACGUAAUGUCGGUAUUUAUGUACCCAUAGAUAUACUAUGCACAUCUAAAUAAAACUAUACACAUGUCAUUAACCUCACGGUUUCUUAAUGAAAACUGAACUUCAGAGGAUAAAAUACAGUUGAGAAAAUUGAGGCUAAAAUAGUCAACCUAUGACUGUUGUUGAGUUGUCAAAUUCUUCCAAAUCUGUUAUUUUAGAUUCAAAUUUGCUAUUUAGAUUUCAUUUGAUAAAAUUCAUAGUUUAGUGAAUAACCCUAAUUGUGUAAUUACUAAUAAUUACGCAUGGAUGUGAUGUCUGUGUGAAUGUGUCUAUGUAUACGUGCCUGUGUUAUGUACCCGAGUGCGUAUAGAUAUGUGACGGCCUUUUUUAUGUCCACAGUUCCUGGAUUCUCUGGGGCAGCUGAUCGCUGAUAACCUCCAUGUGACCCGCUGGUUAUUUAAAGUGGACAAUGAGUUUGGAGGCAAUGGGACAGCAUUCUGUGACAUUGCCAUUCACCUCCCAAGCUACAGCUGGGCUCUGAGUGAGCAGCACCGAUAUGGUCGUGACACAUGGAAGCAGACAUGGGCACAAGUGAGUAGAAUUUUAAAUCCAUUGUUACACACAUUCAGCGUGAUAGGGGUUAACCUUCCUUUAUUGUCAGUGAGGAGCCCUGUAAUAGCAACCUCAAAGCCUCAGGUUCCCUCACACCGGCAAUGCUUUAAUGUCCUGUUAUUCCCCGACCUGUUCUGUUCUUUAAUGAGGACAAUGUAAGAGUGGCGUCGGCAGCGGCACAGCCGGUGAACGCUGGCAGGUUAUUAAAACAUUACAGCAUCUUGAUGAAAGACUUUCCUGCAGGCUAAGAACGGCAGAACAAGACUCCAUUCCACAGCGAUGAUUAGAAAUGAGUGUAUGUCUCUGAGCGCUAAAUUAUGUUAAUAGUUACAAAUUGAGGUAUUUGCAUAACAGUUUAUGAUACAUAAUGACAAGUUCCCCUCUCUCUGUGUGUGUCACAUCACCAAGACCUGUGCUUGUCUUGGAAGGAAUAAACUGAUUGAUGUUUUGAAACGCAGUGUUAUCACAGUCUUCUUACACAAUACCGCCUGAUCUCCCCUUGCUGACCCUUCCACUUAUUGUUAUUGCCGAUUUAUUCACAUAUGGUAGAAACUGGUGAUUUAUCUGAACUGCAUCUCCCAUGAUGCUCAGCCAGCCCAGCCAAAUAUCACUGGAAGUUUUUUUUGUGUGUGUGUGUAAAUUGCCAAUUCAGCAUUCUGAAUAGUACAACGGUGAGUAAAUAAUGGAAGAUUGUGACAAAACAUGUAAAAGAGGUGACAAGGGCCUUGCUCAGUUACACGCUCACAAACAUGGGGUGCCAAGGACACCAAUCACAGCUUUCCACUACUUGCCUCUUCAUCUAGUGGGUAUAUUAACUGUUCCAAAGCCAAGAUAUCCUGAAAAGCUUUGCAAUUUAAAUUAGUGUAGUUGUUCAAACAGGGUAAAUCAAAUCAGCUUUCCAAAUUCUAGCUAUCCUUUUAGGAUUUCUUCUUUUUACAUUUUGAUAUGUUUUAGACACAUUGUACUACAACAUGUCUGUGGUUGACUGGAUUGUAAGAUUGUGAUCCAUCCAAAUACUGCGGAUCUGUGAAGGACUCCUGAGAAGUACAAAGCCUCUCAAGUCCCCUCUUCAGUUGUCUUCAGGUCUGAAACUGUUAAGUAAUCUCUUUCACUGUGGGAUUUUGGCUGUUUUCCCCAUAUCUGGGGCAGUCAUCAGACUCCUGCUGUUCACAGUGUUCUGCUGACAAAUGACAAGUGUGAAUUCCUUAUGGCAUCCCCUGUUUGCAGUAAAAUCAGAUCAGACACAAGGAAGACCAUCACUAUCCGCUUCAGCCAAGCAGGAAUGAUCGGCCAGAUCAAGGCCUGCUGUUUAACUCGUACAACUGCACUGGGGCCCACACAAUGUAUUAUCUUGAUCGCUUCACGGCACCAAAGAGGGGUAAAAACAUGAAACAGGAUGAACCAGGCAUUUUUUUCUGCACCAGCACUACUAGGCAUUUACAUCUGUACCAGCACUUUGGUUUGUGUGGUAUCAUUAAACAAUGGUCUCCAAUGUAGCAUUAUCUACGACUGUGCUUCUGUAAUAUUGGUCCAGUCUUUGUUUAUGCUACGCUAUAGUUAUUGUAAUGUUUGGUAUACAAGCAAUGUUUACAUUGACAAAGCUAAGCUGGGAACCCAGCUGGGACAGCAGAGGAAGUGUGUGGCUAAUAUAGCAGCUGGCUAGAUUUAUUCACCGAAUACACUAUUCUUUACCACUUACCGAGCAUGGGAUCAGCACUGUCUAGGACUAAUAUAGGGUUUAUUUACUAAAUUGGAAAUUGUGGAGAAAUAACAAGACAAGUUCACCAGAAACGAGCAUUUUGGGACAAAAAAAAUGGACUUUUUUAGCAAAGUUAGAAUGAUUGGCACCAGCACCUCUGAAAAAGGCAGGGUAGCCUAAUUUACAUUUGAACUUUUGUUUAAAAUAUAAAUAAAAAAGGAACAGUUGUGUAGUGUCUGGCUCAUGCCUCUUAUUUUAGGGAGAGGAAUUAAAGGGAAACUCCAGGCACCCAGACCACUUCUGCCCAUAUAAACUGCAAUAAUUACCUUUCAGGGUUAAGUCCUCCUCUAGUGGCUGUCUAUCAGACUUCCGUGUUCGUAGAACACGAAAAGUGUUUUAAACGACGCUGGACGUUCUCACGCUAUGUGAGGACCUCCAGCAUCGCCGAAAUCCCCAUAGGAAAGCACUGAAUAAUGCUUUCCUAUGGGGAGGUCUAACGCGCGUUAGGUCUCCCCCGUUGGCUGACGUUGGCGCGGGAGGAGAGUAGGCGGAGCCUGACCCAGCGCUGGACUCCGGUAAGUCACUGAAGGGGUUUUAACCCCUUCAGCAACUUGGGGUGGGGGAUUGGAGGUAGAGGGGCACUGUAGGGUCCUGCAGUGCCAGGAAAACAAAUAUGUAUAAAGAACAUAAACAGAGAAAGUCCUCCUUAUGUGUUUUAGGAUUCCCAGGGACAGAUUUACAUUCCAGGUCCCUGUAUAUACAGAAUUCCAAGGCAUACCCUGAUCCCCUCCCACUCAAAAAAGAAAAAAAGACUUAAAAAGUGAGUUAAAUAUAUUUAUUAACAGGGCAUUGCAGGGAUAAAAAAAAUCAUCUAAAAAUGUAUUCAGUUUUGUCAACUGCACAUGUAUGUGCAUAUUUCUUCUGUGCUUGUAAUGUAUUGUGUCUGAAUCUGUGAGUAUAACAUGCAGGGUUAAGGAUAAUGUUCAGUACUAAGAGGAUUAAACACUUUAAAGGAGGUAAAGUUGUAAUAUAAACGCUGUUUAGAAUUAAUUUAGUUUUGGGAUACAUGGUGUAUUUCAUUUUUAAGAGAAGUUAAACCUAGGAUUAAAGUAAAAAUAACAAUUCCAGGUUUAGAUUUUGAGUGCUCAAAUUUGGCACUAAGGAAAAGGAUCUGUUUAGGUUUUGAAAGGGGUUAAAUUUAGGAAAAAAUGAUGUUUGGGGUACAGGCAUGUGAGAUUGAAUGGUUGUUUGCCAAGUACUGUAGGAGCUAUUACACAGUGUGCAUCACUCAUAGCUGUCCCUACUCCUCCUAUAAGGCAUUUAUUUCCUUAGUGUGAGGCUGUCAGUGGACAAAUGGGAAGUAAUCCCAUCACACCAGUGCUUGAUCCUGGCAAUUCCGGUACCAGGAUACCAGAAAAUUGGAGAUUUACUACAGAGGCCUGAUGAGCCCUAAAAUGCGGCGGCUUGAUUAUCAGAGGCAUUGUUGGACAUUGUCCCCCAUCCUCCCUCCCCACCCUCACUUUGGACCUGUGGGGAUUAUUCUGGCCCAUACUGAACAGGUCUCAGCAACUCACCUAAGAUGGUGGCUUGUUAGGAGUCCAUACAGCAUGAAAAGCAACAGCUAACUCCCCGGAGAGCAUCCUUUCUUGAGGCAUCUGAUGCGUUAUUUCUGGAAUUUUGGCAGGCUCGACUCAUGGGAACGCGUAGCCACGAAAUGCAUGGAGGACAGGAGUCUGUCUGAGAAAAUCAGGGUGAGCUGUACCCCUCCCUUGCCUUGGGCCUCACAGGGUAUUAGCCCUGAACUUAGCCAAUAUCCUUGGAGGUUCAUUAUGGAAUUCGAUAGGGUCUGUAGACUUUGGGUCUUGGCCCUAAAUCCUGCCUGGGACAGGAGCUCUGACGCUCAGACGCAGCACUGGGAUCCUCGGACUGGUUUCCGUCAUUUUGGAGAUGGAGGCGCUAUCAGAGGUCCAUUCUGAAAGUGGGAAUAAGAUGAUUCUGUGGCCUGUGGCGUCUGAACACAGAACUUCCAGUCGAAUGUUCUAACUACAUGCUUGCUACCACUUAUGUUUUCGUAUUAUUUCUUGCCUUUCUGGUAUAUAUCAGCUAGACCCAAGCUAUAUGGUUUUCUGUUUAAUGAUUACUAUAAUGUCCUGCUUAGCAUGCUACCUAUAUUCAUUCAUCUGCUAUAUAGCUUGUUCUUUAAUAGUGUACUGCAUGUUUUUUUAUUAUGCAGAAUUACUCAUGUUAUCAGAGGCCAUCUCACUAUCGCUGUUUAAAGAUAUUGACCUAGUUCAAGCCUCCGAGACCUAACUCAUGACAUUAUAUACAUAUAAAAAAUGAGAUGUAUUUAUCCCCUUUACAGGAAUGUUUUCCUUUUCUUUCUUUACAGUUAUAAGGCUCUCUUGUAUACAUGUGGUAUAACGUUUGCUGGUUGAACUUCUAUGUGUAAAGUUCACUAGGGAACCCUAAUACGCAGACAGGACAGAGUAGGGAGAAUUGCAAUACCAAUCCUUAGAAUGGUCGGAUUAUGCAAAAAGGAUAGUCAAAACACGAGCAGAGAUUAAGGGAAACAGAGAGACGGAAUAACCAGAGACAAAGCCAAACAUCAGUAACCAGGAAAUCCAAAUAACAAGUGCAACGCUCAAUGGUAAACCAAAGACCACAACAGGGCACUGAGGCAAGGGAGGGGUUAGCUUAUAAACACACAGUAUGUGUCUGAUUGGCUAACCUCCAAUUAGUGUUAACCAUAACACGUGGGAGGAGUUUCUUCUCUUCCUUGUGGUCUCUGAGGUCAUCACUGUGUGCUGGGUCACAUGCCUGGGUGCAGCACACAUAUAAGGAAGCUGCUCUGGAGUGUGUAGCGUCAGACACACUGCCAGUCUGGAGACUGGGACCAGAUGACGCUGCUAUUUUCUAGCUGUUUGCUGUUCUUUUUAUUAUUAUUAUUAUUAUAUUUUAUUUUUAGUCCAAAAAUAAAGAGCUCCUUUACUAAACAUGUUCAUAAUUCUCUGUUCUUGGGUUAAGGGCCCUGCUCAAUGAACUUACAUGCUAGAGGGAGUGGGGUAAAGUGACAAAAGGUAAGGAUAGUAUUAGACUAAUGACAGUUGCAAGAGAGGAAUCAGUCGGGAGCUAUUAACAGUUUAAUUUAUACGAUUUUAUGAAGAAGUGAGUUUUGAAUGAUUUUUUGAAUGAGUGGAGACUGGGUGAGCAUCAAACGGAGGAGGGAAGUGAGUUCCACCGGAACGGUGCAGCCUUUGAGAAGUCUUGAAGGCCAGCAUAAGAGGUGGGAGUACGGACAGAAGAUAGACACAAGUCUUCAGCAGAGCAUAAGUGCCUUGACGGGACUUACUUGUGUAUUAGGGAGGAUAAAUAGGUGGGAGCAGCAUUAUGUAGAGAUUCGAAAGCAAGAACCAGAAUUUUAAAUUGAACCCUGUAUCUUACAGGAAGCCAAUGUAGGGACUGACAUAUGGGUGAGGCGAGGGAGUUGUGGGCGGACAGGAAGAUGAGCCUCGCCGCUGCAUUCAUUAUAAACUGUAACAACGCAAGUUGGGAGCACGUAAGACCGCUGAGAAGCGGAUUACAGUAGUCAAGGCGAGAAAGGACAGUGGAAUGGGCCAGCACCUUAGUCUAGCGUUAAGUAGAGUCGGAUCCGCGCAAUGUUUUUGAGAUGGAAGCGGUAGGAUUUGGCGAUAGACUGAACAUGAGGCGUGAAGGAGAGAUCGGAGUCAAAGAGAACACCUAGGCAGCGAGCCUGCGUGGUGGAGCCGAUGGUAGCACCGUUGACUUGGAGGGAGACAAACACAGGAGUAGCAACACUUGAGGGAGGAAAGAUCAGAAUUUCAGUUUUGGUAUGUUGAGUUUAGGGAAGUGGGCAGCCAUCCAGUUAGAAAUAGCAGAAAGGCAGUUAGAGACACUAGUCAAGAGGGACAGGGAGAGAUCAGGAGAGGACAGAUAGAUUUGCGUGUCAUCCGCAUAGAAAUGAUUUUAGAAGCCAAACUAAUGAGUUUACCAAGGGAGGCAGUAUAGAUAGAGAACAGUAGGGGACCAAAAACUGAACCUUGGGGGACACCAACAAAAAGGAGUUGGGGAGAAGAAGCAGAGCCAGAAAAAGAAACACUGAAAGAGCACUGAGAGAGGUAGGAGGAGCACCAGGAGAGAGCAAUAUCUUGUAGACUGAUAUUGCGGAGGAUGAGAAGAAGCUGUUGAUGAUCAACAGUGUCAAAAGCCACAGAAAGGUCAAGCAGAAUUAGGAUAGAGUAGUGACCACGAGAUUUUGUAGCGAGUAGAGCAUUGGAUACUUUGGUCAAUACCUUUUCCACAGAGUGCUUAGCGUGGAAACCAGACUGAAACGGGUCUAGCAGAAAGUUGGACUUGAGGAAGUCUGUCAAUCUCGCAUACACCACUCUUUCAAGCAUCUUGGACGCAAAAGGCAGUAGCGAGUUAGGGUGGUAGUUGGACGGGGAGUUAGGGUCAAGGUUGGGCUUCUUUAGAAUUGGGGUUACAGUUGCAUGUUUGAAGGGCGAUGGAAACAUGCCAGAUGAGAGAAAGAUUGAGAAUUUUAGUGAGAGGUAGAGAAAGAGAAGAAGACAGAGUACGGGUGAGAUGCAAGGGAAUUGGAUCUAAGGAGCAGGUGGUGGGGCGGAAGGACUGGAGCAGAUCAGAAACCUAUUCUGCUGUAGCGAGUGCGAAUGAACAUAAAACAGCAGAGGGAGUGAUGUAAGAUGAGAUCUCUUCCCUGAUUGUAGAGAUCUUGUCAGUGAAGUGAGUUGCAAAGUCUGAGGCGGUCAAGUUAGUAGGUGGAGGAGGAACAAUAGGGCAAAGAAGGUUUUUGUUGGGGACGCUUGCUGUGUUUAAAUGUAGGAGGUGCCAUUAUGUCUAGUUGAGAGGAGAGGGUGGAAUUGUAGAAGAAAGUUGCAGAGCUAGGACAGGUGAGGUUUGAGAUAGGUAAAAAGAGAGUUUGGAUAUUAGUGGAGAAAUUCUCUAGGUCAAGACAUUGGAGGUUUCUGUGAGAUUGAUGUUCAAACAGUGAUGUCAAUUGGGUCUUGGGUAUGCCGAUGUCAAAAGUCAGCAGAUGGUGGUCAUAUAGAGGAAAAGAAAUAUUGGAGAGAUUAGAUGCGGUACAGAGAUUGGUGAAGGCAAGAUCAAGAGUGUUUCCCCGCUGUAUGGGUUGCUAAAUUGGACCAUUGCGUAAGGCGAAAGAAGGAGGUUACAGAGAGCAGACGAGAGGCAUCAGUGCAGUUGGGUUUGUUGAUUGGGAUAUUGCAAUCCCCAAGUAUAAGGGAAGGAGUGCUAGAUGAGAGGAAGUGGGGAAACUAGGAAGAAAAGUGCUCAAUGAAUAGCCUAGGAUGACUGGGGGAGAAGGCGGGGCGGUAGAUGAUAGCAAUUCUUAAAGGAGUGGGUUUAAAUAGGCGGACAGUGUGAACUUCAAAAGAAGAAAAGGAUAAGGCGGGGUAGUUCUGAUUGGUUGAAAGGUACAUAGAGGGGAGAGAAGGAUGCCUACACCACCUCCUUUACAGUUGAGUCUGUGAGUGUGAGAGAAUUGUAGCCCACCAAACCUAAAGAGGCAGGAGUAGCACUAUUAGAGGGGGACAGUCAGGUCUCUGUAAGUGCAAGUAGUGUGUGAGUUUGAGAUGAAUUAGUCGUGUAUGGCUUUUGAUUUUUAAAUUACUGCAGACAGAGCGGGCGUUCCAGGGUGCACACUGAAUGUUGGUAAGUGAGGGUAAAGGGCAUUGUGAUAAGGUUUGUGGGGUUUCUGGUUUUCUUAGUGUGGGUAGAGUAGGUGAAAGGCUCUGGAUUGGGAGAGACAUCACCAGCUGUUAGAAGCAGGAAGAGAGAAAGUGACAGGAGGUGUGAAUGGGUUUUGUAUGCAUGGGAUCUAGGAUGAGAUUGAUUGUGGGUAGGAGUGAGAGAGUAGAAAAAUGAGUGCAAGGCAUGAUGUGAGAGAAGGGGGGAGUGUAGCAGAGAGGGACAUAUGUAAAAGUGGUUGGGGGAAUGAGUGAAGUGGGUGUAAGGAGAGAUUUUUAUACUGAGGGAGACUGAGGAAAUAAAGAGGAUGAGAAGCAAGAUCAUUGCUAAACUGGGAAAAAUUUAAUUGGAAAUAAUUGGAAUAUCUAGAGCAGGUGAAGGUAGGCAAAAUAUUAUGUUUUAUGAGUUAAAAAGUACAGGAGUGUAAUAAUAAGAGGCAGCGUGAAGAACUGUUAUUUUUACUUAUCUAAAAUUUGGGUGUGACAGAUAAUCUAUAAAUGUAAUGAGCAUGGGGUGGGGUAGGUAUCAGACUUUCCUACAGCAGUAUUGGGGCUUGAUAGUUUGAAAAUCAGGCUGUUGAAUAAAGAUAUGUGAUGGUCAGAUAGGCUUGCAAUAAAGCUGAGGGAGGGGGAUAUGUAUCAAGGCACAGAGAUAAAGGGAUGGUUAUUGAAAUAAAAACAAACAUAUCAAUAAAAGAAGGGAGGAGUCAGAGGUCAGUCAGAAAUCAGAGGGGACACAGAGGAAUGCAUAUACAGUGCCUUGCAAAAGUAUUCACCCCCCUUGGCAUUUUUUGUGUUUUGUUGCCUCACAACCUGGAAUUAACAUGGAAUGUUUGAGGAUUUGCAUCAUUUAAUUUACAGAAUAUGCCCACAACUUUAAAGAUGUUUUUUUUUUUUAUUGUGAAGCAAACAACAAAUAGGACAAAAUAAUAGAAAAGGUCAAUGUGCAUAACUAUUCACCCCCCUAAAGUCAAUACUUUGCGGCAAUCACAGCUCCAAGUUGCUUUGGAUAAGUCUCUAUGAGCUUGCCACAUCUUACCACUGGGACUUUUGCCCAUUCCUCCUUUCAAAACUGCCCCAGCUCCUUCAAGUUGGAUGGUUUGUGCUUGUGAACAGCAAUCUUUAAGUCUGACCACAUAUUUUCUAUUGGAUUGAGGUCUGGUUUUUGACUAGGCCAUACCAACACAUUUACAUGUUUCCCCUUAAACCACUCAAGAGUUGCUUUAGCAGUGUGUUUGGGGUCAUUGUCCUGCUGGAAGGUGAACCUCCGUCCUAGCCUCAAAUCACGCACAGAGUGGUACAGAAUAUCCCUGUAUUUAGCACCAUCCAUCUUUCCCUCAACUCUGACCAGUUUCCCAGUCCCGGCUGCUGAAAAACAUCCCCACAGCAUGAUGCUGCCACCACCAUAUUUCACUAUGAGGAUGGUGUACUUUGGGUGAUGUGAUGUGUUGGGUUUGCGCCAGACAUAGUGUUUUCUUUGAUGGCCGAAAAGUUCAAUUUUAGUCUCAUCAGACCAAAGCACCUUCCUCCAUACAUUUUGGGAGUCUCCCACAUGCCUUUUUGAAAACUCAAAACGUGGCAUUUUGUUUUUUGAUGAAAGUAAUGGCUUUCUUCUGGCCACUCUGCCAUAAAGCCCAACUCUAUGGAGUGUACGGUUUAUUGUCGUCCUAUGUACAGAUACUCCAGUCUCUGCUGUGGAACUCUGGAGCUCCUCCAAGUUUACCUUAGGUCUCUGUGCUUCCUCUCUGAUUAAUGCCCUCCUUGCCCGGUCCGUGAGUUUUGGUGGGCUGCCGUGUCUUGGCAGAUAGAUUUGAUGGUGCUCCUGGGGAUCUUCAAAGAUGUGGAUAUUUUUUAUAACCUAACCCUGACUUGUACUUCUCAACAACAUUGUCCCUUACAUGUUUGGAGAGUUCCUUUGUCUUCAUGGCAGUGUUUGGUUAGUGGUGCCUCUUGCUUAGGUGUUGCAGCCUCUGGGGCCUUUCAAAAAAGGUGUGUAUAUGUAAUGAAAGAUCAUGUGACACUUAGAUUGCACACAGGUGGACAUCAUUUCACUAAUUAUGUGACGUCUGAAGGUAAUUGGUUUCACCAGAGCUUUUUAUGGGCUUUGUAACAAAGGGGGUGAAUACAUACGCACAUGCCAAUUUUCUGUUUUCUAUUUCUAAAAAAUAGUUUUAUGUAUAUAUUUUUCUCAUUUCACUCCACCAACUUAGACUGUUGUGUUCUGAUCCAUCACAUAAAAUUCAGAUUUAUAAAACAUUGAACUUAAGGCUGUAAUGUAACAAAAUAGGUAAACAGUCAAGGGGGUGAAUACUUUUGCAAGGCACUGUAGGUGAAUAAAACAAUUACAUACAGGGCUAGGAAAACUAUACUUUAUAAGGCCAAAAAAAUAUACAAUGUGCAUAGGGUAUAUAAAAUAAAUGUACAGGGUGGUUAAAUGAAAUAUAAAUGAUGCUGUGCAGGAUAGAGUCUUAGUGUGGUCUUCCAGAAGGCUACCUUUCCUUAUUGCAGACGAUCAGCUGAUGGAGCACUGACUUUCUUACAGCAGUAUUGGGGCUUGAUAGUUUUGAAAUCAGUCUUGCUUAUUGCAGACGAUCAGCUGAUUGAGCGCUGACUUUCUUACAGCAGUCAUAUGUCUCUCCCAUAUAUCACGACGAAACGUUGUUUUAUAAAAUGGUCUGUUUUCGUUUCAGCAAAUAAAGCUUGUCCCUGCUAACAGGCAUGUGUGAAAACAUCAGGAUUGUCCAUGACGUAGCUGUAGUUAAUUUAAAAAAACCUUUAUGUGAAGAAUACUAAUACAUAUUUUAAAAAGCAUAUUUUGAAGAUGCCCUUAGUGUUUAUAUGCUGACCUCUGUGUUUUAUGGAUAAACGGUGUUACAUUCGUGUGGUGUGAUAGUAUGUCAUAAACUCUGUUACUACAUACGGUGCAGAAAACAAUCCCAAAAAAACAUGAAAAUUAUCAUAGAUUGAAUGAACUGAUUUAAAUGUAACUGUUACUGAGCUACUGCAUUGCUAUAAAGAGCUAUAAUAAUAUGUAAAGCAAUAUCAUUAUUUGCAUAAUGAAAUAAUAACAGAUAAUCGUGGUAACACACAGCGUGAUAUAAUAACAUGCAAAUCCAAAGUGAUAUCGUAAUAUGAACCAAUAUGAAAUUCGCAGAACAAUAUAACAAGGUUAUGACCUGCAUAGUGAUAUAAUAUUAUCUCUCAGUUUACUUGUUUGCUUUGAUACACCACUAGGGACUUUUUCUUUCUGUGUGAUGGGGUAAAAAGUUCAAGAAAAGAAAGGUGAGAAAAGGCUGGGAUUUGAGAGUCAUGCCUAGGGUAAUGGGUAACGAAAAAUGGUGAGCGGCAUGGAAGUGGAUUUAACAAACCUGUAGUUUGAUAGAGCAGGUAGACAUGACUGAAGGGGCGAGGGUUUAUUAAAAAGGUAUGGGAGGCUUGGAAGCAGAGAAAGGAGCUAGAAAGAAUAAAGAGGUAUAUAGAUUCGAAGCAAAAAAGGUGAGAUAGAAAAAUUGACUGGUAGAGGUAGGAAAUGGAGCGUACGUGGAAUAAAAUCCAGAGCUAUGUAACAGCAUGCAAAGAGGAAUAAUAUAAAAUGGGUUCAAUACAACCCUAUGACUUUGUUGUCAAAUAAUCCCGACUUUCCAGAAGAAGGUAACUUUUGGGGCGCAAAUUUUGUUAAUCAAGGGGAAGAUAUUUGGAUAUUUCAAGUAUGCCUUAUGGAGAGAAUGGCUCCACUUAGCGAUCGGACCCCUGACAGGCCUCACACUUUAUUAGAUGCUGUUGGAUACACACAUCUAACUCAUUUUAUACAUUCCUAACAAGUUUCUAGCCUUUUCAUAAGACAUAUAACUCCAUUUGAAAAACUGUUUGACAUUGGAAUAAGCCUCUUCACCUGGCAUGUUGAUACCAGAUAAUGAACUCCUGCCUUUCCAAUCUGAAUUGGGAAAUGCCUUUCCUAGAUCCAGUGGUCCAAGGUCUUCAUCCUUGAGCAUCCUUUUAUUCACAUUAUUAGGAAGUAAAUUUUAAAAUGCUGUCAGGGAAGAUGUCUGAUUAACUCUCCAUAUCUGGAGCAGCUGCCCCAUUAUUGCAGAGUAACUUUAAGCUGUCGAGCUGAUUUUUCACCAGAAGCCAUGCUCUUCCAUUGUACCCUUCUAUCACUUUCUACAUAUAAGAAAUGGUUAAUUAAACACUUUCUUAAUGCUACCAAGGCUCUGAUCCCUGUCCUCUGGAGGGCCACUUGGGUUCAGUAGUGGAUGGAUAAGUGGAAAGACGUCUGAGUGCUGGUGGCAAUAACUGCUUCUGUUAAUUAUAUAACAUUUAUAGAGAUACCUGGUACCCAUGGUUCACGUUCACACUUUAGAUUGCUUUCAACAUUGUAGCUUCAUGCUUAGAACAGUGCAAGAUGCUGGCCUAUAGAGAUCUUGAUGGCACAGGCUGAUGGACUAUUUGUGGUCCCUGUUUGCAGGAGCUGGCAUGAUUAUGGCCAUGUUUUCUAUGGGGUUCUUUUCUUUUUUUCUUUUUUUUUUUAUUGGUGAAAGGUGCAAGCAAGGCAUUACAGUAUAGGCCUUUUGGAUCUUAAAUAAUGUUUCACACUUUGUAUUAGGUUAUCUCACAUGGCCUUCCUAAGGGUUUCAGAGACAUCCAAUUUCUGCAUUCAUGCUUUACAGGAGAAAUUCCACAUCUCUUCUAAUCAAGUUAUUAUUUCUCUUUACAACUUAAAAACUUAGUAAAGCAUGUCUUGACUGUAAUCCUUUGAACAUUUAAAUUGCCAAGUCUGAGAAAAGAGCUAAAAUCAUCUUGGCUGUAACUAGUUUUGAUUGUCUUUAUCUGCCAGUAAGCCUUCAUCUCUCUCACCCCAAUAACCUCCUGUAACGUAACCUAAAUAAGAAAAUGCCAGAAGGUUACAUACAAGUGGUUCCUGCAUCCUUGGGGUAUCGCUCAUACGUUUUCUUUCUCUCUGGGGCAUUGCUCUAUCAAGCAUAGAGAUAGAGAUCUUAAAGAGAUCUUAAAUCCGUCUUAACUGCAAAAGUUACUGAUUUACAAUCGGAAAUAACAAUUUUGUCUUUUUAAAAAAGACAUUUUCAAACUUACUAUUAGGAUGAAAUUAAAGUGAACCUGUAAUGGAAAAUUUUACUUAAAUUGCUCCCAUAUACAUUAACUACAUCAUAUAUCACAGAUUCAUGAUUAUUAUUUCAUUAUUUAUAUAGCGCCAUCACAUUCCGUAGCGCUGUAAAAUGUAUUCAGUCUAGAGUUUCAAGAUAUACUCACCUCAGGUUCGUUCCAGCACCGCCAUCUUCAGAGCUUCAUGGGUGUCCAUCCUUGAAUCCUCUCGCAGUCUUCAGCGCAGUUGCCAGCAUGUUGUCGUCUGAACUGAGUGACAUACUCCUUAGCCAGUGCUAGGAGCACCAGCUAGGGAGUUUCCAUAGCAACUGCAGUGCAUGCGCUGUGGUUAAUAUGUUACUAUGCUAAGGAGAGGAGAAGGCCUGCCUGUGUGAGUGGUAUUUUAUUAUUUCCCUUGUCAGUCAGUCAAAUUAUCAGCAUAGAGUCUGUGCCGAAGAUUUGACUGACAUGUGGGCGAAAUACUUGUUUUGAAGUAGUUUUUUCUCCCAAUCUGUACAUUUGCUAGCAAAACUGCUAGCACAAUGUAUAGAUGAAAUUUCAUGUUAUUUCUAAGAAGCAUAAGGGGUGACAGAUCCCUUUUAAGAUUUUUUUUUUUUUUUAAGUGGUCGCAAUAUGGGUUGAAAGCCUAUUCCUUGCAUUCUUGUAAAGAUAAAACCAUGUGAGCAUUUUUAGUACUCUUAUAUUUAGCAAAAUAUUUUUUUUUAAUGUAAAUUUUCAUAAACCAAUUAAAAGGCUCCUACGAACGUAUUAAUUUAAUUAUCAAUUGUAUUACUCUUAUGUUGAAUUGGCAACCAAGUUGUAAAAUGUUUAUUUAAAGUAGCAACAUUUGAGAUUAAAUCAGGUUGGCAAUUGUGGCCCAAAUUUUGCAACAUGGUUGUGGGUUCACCACAACUCACCAACUCACUGUUUACUGAGUGAAAUUACAUGGUGGAGAUGAAAAUGAUAUGGUAUUAUUAACAUACAUAGAGAGACAUUGGUAUGGUAGGUAUUCAAAGAGAGAGAAUGACAUGAUUAGACAGGCAGAUAGGAGCCUUGUCAGGUCUCAUUAACUUUCAAGAAGGAACCAAGAAACCUCAGUUCUACAGCAAUGAAACAGAGAGAGAGCAUGUUAAAAAACAACAAGAAAAAAUGAAAGUGAUCUAUAAAAAAAAUUGACAUCUCAAACUGUAUGAAUAUAAAUUGGUCUCCAUAAGAGACCACUUUAUAUAGAGCCUUUGAUUCUUAUUGGCCCCUGUCCUCAUGUGGAUUUACUAAGUUGUGAUAAAUAAAUUGACAAGUGUGAAUGGGUUCAAAGAAUUAUAUAAUUACCCAGGAAUAUAAAAACACACGCCAAUUUAAUAAUGAACAGCAAUACAGUAUCAUGUAGAGUGAAGUGUUACUGGGCCCUCCGGUAAUCAGACGACCAUUCUGCGCGCUAUCGAUUUAAUUUCCUUGUAUUCCUUCGUGUUAAUUUUUCAUAUGCUUACAAAACAACCCUUUGAUUUUCUGUCACUCGUUAAUUACACUGUUUCCCCAUUAAAUAGGAAGCUUUGUGUAAACUAAUUACUAGGUAAUCAUCGCCUACCACGGACGCGCUGCUUGUACCUUUUUAUUCCAUCUUACAAGCGCUUCACCGUCUGCGCCCGGGCCCCCUCUCCGCUCGCACUCAUUAGCUCCUACUAAUUCACAGCGUUACUGCAGAAGAGAAGGGGACUUGUAAUUGUGGCCAUAUCAGUGCUGUUAAUUACCGAAGUAGAACAUUGAAAUCAUGCCAAGGACCAUUGUUAGAAUCAAAUAAAAAAAAUUAAAAAAAAAUUGGAAAAAAAAUAAUCUCAUGCACCGAAAAAAAAAAUGUGGUUUAAAUGUUACGUUCACCAUCUGGGGACUAGAAUAUAGAAAAACAGCAGUGACAAAAUAUCAGAGCUGCAGCUCCAGGCCUCACAGGCCAGAUGGAGGAGAGCGAUUCGAUAACAUCAACGGGAUGGUAAGGGCCAGGUUCCAGCAGUAUGCUGUGACAAGUGACGAAGAGUCGGAGGAACGUUGGAAUUGUGCUCAUAAUAUUAACACCUUUCAUACCAGAAAUGUGUGCAGACUGUUUAGUGUAUCAUUAGAAUGAUAAAUGCUCAUAUUUUAUAAAAUAUAAAAAUAAAAACCAUCUUAACACUAUAAAUAUGUAUAUGAUCUGCAAUGUUAAGUCCUAGACAGGUAAGUUAAUAAUACACUUGAAUUGCCAGCCGUCUAGAUCUACUUGUUUUUUUUUUUUCUUUCUCUCUUUCCACCAUACCCCUUCUCUUCUUCUCUUUUCAAUUUCUUUAAUUUAAAUUUCACAGUCCCUAAAUCAAUGUUUGACAAACUACCCCCUACCAGUUACUUAGCUCUUUACUCUCUCAGUCAUCCAAUGUUAUGACUCCACCCAUCCCCCACUCAUUCCCCUUAUCCUGCUUCUUUACAAUUUUAUACAGGACUGUAAAUUCCAUUAGUCUCGGGCAGCACCAGUAUAUGAACAUUACACUGCUGCCCUUAUUUAAAGGGACACUAUAGGCACCUAGACCACUUCAGCUCACUAAAGUGGUCUGGGUGCACUGUCAUUAUAAACAUACAAUGUAAUUAUUGCAGUUAUUGAUAAUCUGUAAUAAUUACUAUCCAGGGUUAACUUUACCUCUAGUGGCUGUCUACAAGACUUUUGGUUCAAUCCUUUUCUGUGGGGUUGUUCUAAUGUGAUCGCUGCACUUACGACGCAUGUGCAUUAGGCUCCCCUUGUCGGUGCAGGAGCACAGGUGGAGCCUGACCGAGCGCUGAGGGAAGAGAAACACCAGUGUUUAUAUUAAUGCCUAGGAACACCCCUAGUGGCAGUCACUCAGACGGCUAGUAGAGGUGCUUCCUGUGUCAGUGCUGGGCAGUGUAAAGCACUAACGUUCAACGUCUCCACGCUCUCCAUGGAGGCGCUAAAUGUUCCCCAUAGAAAUGCAUUGCAUUGAUUCCUUUAACUCCUAAGUGGCAAAGAAAUGAGCAUUGAGACUGCAGGAGCAUAUAGAAGUUAAUCACUUUGUUUCUACAGACCUAGUCACACCUCCCUUCCUAAACACUUCUUGUAAAGAGAUAUCUAAUGUUUAAACUUCCUUUUAAUGCACAAUUUGUUUAAUUUGGAAUUUCUCAUCUUCUGCUCUGUUAAGUUUGAUUUACACAGUAGGUGAUUUAAACUUCUAGUAAAUAAAUAAACAUGUAGGCUCUGUGAGUCACAGCCAGGGAAGGUGUGGCUAGGGAUGCAUAAACAUAAAUAAAAGUAAUUUAACUCCUAAAUGGAAGCGAAUUGAACAGUGAGGCUGAUCUAUACACCCAAGCUACUUUAUUAAAGGAACCCUUUAGUGCCAGGAAAACAAAGCAAUCUUCCUGGCACUAUAGGUUUUAGGUCUCAGGCGGGGAAGACCUAAUGCGCAUGCGCGGCAAUGGCCGUGCGCACAUUAGACCUCCCCACUGUAUAGCAUUAUUCAAUGCUUUCCUAUGAGGAAAAUCUGAUGCUGGAGGUCCUUAUGUAGAGCGUGAGGACGUCCAGCGUCAGAUAACGACCAAAAGUCAGUUUGGAUUCUGAGGGGCAGACUUUCAAACUGCAAUGUAAAUAUUGCAGUUUCUCUGGAACUACAAUGUUUUUCAUUUCAGGACUAAAUACAAUAGGGACACAGCACUCAGACCACUUCAGUUAGCCGAAGUGGUCUAGGUGCCUACAGUGUCCCUUUAAGCUAAUAUUGUUUUGAUGUUUGUAGUGUCCCUUUAACAUCUGAUUAAAUUCAAUAUUGUGCUGAUGCCUUUGUAUCCCUUUAAGCCAACCACUACAUCACAGUACCCCAAUGUCAGUGGAUCCUACACUAAUUUUAACAUGGGAGACAAACAAUAGUGACCGUGCUAAAUGAAUAUAAGUUAAAGGUGCACUAUAGUCACCAGAACAACUACAGCUUAAUCUAGUUGUUCUGGUGUAGAAUUGAAUCCCCAUAUUUGUUUGCCGAGAUAAGAUUAUUUUGAAUAGCCUGGUAAAAUUUAAAAACUGUAUUUUUGUGCGCACAGUGUUCCUUAAUCUUUAUUUUGUAUACAUUUCGGUCUUUACGAUAGCACCACUGCUGAAAAAAUGCAUGACCCGGGAGUGCCCCCUAUUCCCCCCUUUUUCCUAAGAAUGAGAAUUAGACAUGUAAAUUUGUUUGAUUACGAAUCAACUUUAUUUCCGAAUUAUGGUGAUAUAUUAAAUAUUGGAAGCUUUCUAAUUCCAAACUCUGCAGAAUCUGAAAUAAAACUAAAGAAUAUGGGCCCAAUGAAAAUGAAAAUAUUCGGAUCCAUUUGUUUUCAUAAAGGUAACAAAUGAGGCACUUAUCUUAGCAACUGGAAGUUGUAGAGGCUAAUAGUAAGAUACUAAUGGUCGUAGAUACACAGAACAGUUGACAUGAUAAAUGCUAAGAGUGGUAAAGAAGGUGUAGUAGGUAUUUGGAACAGCCUUUCAGUGGAAGUGGUAGAGGCUAACAGUGAAUGUAUGUGCUGCAUGCAUAUAAAAUUUAUAUGAACAACUCAGGAAAGCAAGCUGUAUUCUUAACAGCUGAAAUAUUAAAAUUAACCCCUUAAGGACCAAACUUCUGGAAUCAAAGGGAAUCAUGACAUGUCACACAUGUCAUGUGUCCUUAAGGGGUUAAGAAGAGCCUUUUUUAAUCUUUUAGACAAAUGUUUAGUUGAUAGCUCUCUAAAGGUACCCUUAUGUCAGAUUACCAUGUUAAAGAUACCAACUGAGGCGGCUAUCUACUAAACAACUGAAAGGUGAAAAUUAAGGAAAAAAAAAGCAUUUUCUGAAUUAUGCUGUUUCAAUUGCUUAGUACUAGAUGUGGAGUUCCUAGUUUGGUACUUUUAAGUACCCUUAAUUAUGGUAAUGCAAGGUCAGGGAGCUAUCUAUUAAACAUCUGAAAGGUUAAAAUUAAAGAAACGGCAUAGAUAAGUUCCUUUAUUCCCCCUUCCCCUAUUUCUUAGUGACAUCACAAUGCAGAUUCAUAUGCAAAUUAACUACAGUGAGUACCUCUACUACAGUGAGUGGUGGCUGGAUGAUGAUGUCACAAAACUGCACAACCAAUGUUGUAGUAUAUACAAAUAUUAUUAGUGUAAUAAACGUUGAUUCUUACACUGUAGUCACCAAAAUAACUUUAGCUUAAUGAAGUAGUUUUUGUAUAUAGAGCAUGCCCCUGCAAUCUCACUGCUCAAUUCUCUGCCAUGUAGGAGUUAAAUAAUUUUGUUUAUAUAGCCCUAGUUACACCUCCCUGCAUGUGACUUGCACAACCUUCCUGUACACCUCCAGUAAAGAGUCAUCUAAUGUUCACACAUCCUGUAUUGUUAUUUCUGUUUAUUUUAGAAUUUCUUAUCGCCGGCACGGUUAAUAGCUUGCUAGACCUUGCAGAGAAAAGAUCAAAAUUAAGAAAUAAAUACUGUAACGGAAUCCUCUGUUACCUUGGUACGAGGACUGCAGGUCAGCCUUCUUUCCCCUGGGCUGGAAUGGGAUUCUGUUUUGGGGAGGCUGAUACAAUUCGGACUGCUUUCUCCCUUGGGAGAGGGUUUGCCAUUUGUUAGGCUGGAAAUUAACACAGGGUGUGAAACCCUUACGCUGCUAUGGACUUAUGCACUACCACAUUCUACUUUCCUUUAUCUCUUUGUACAUUCACUGCAGGGAAUACACAAUGCACGCCAGUGACGUCACUCAUUAUGGAGUUCAAGAAGUAUUUGAUUUUUAAUGCGUGUACAUCAUAUAUAUAAAACACAGUUUUCUUAGGGGUGUAUACAACAAAAGGCAGAGUCAACAAUCAUAGAUGUUUCAGUGCAAAAAGUAUAAUUAUUCAUAGAACAUUACGUAUCACUAUCAGUCUACUGCGCAUGUAUACAAUGAAAACACACAACAAUGACUUACUUUCUACUUGAGAACCUCUUCGCUGAGCUAUGCAAGGUUAACACCAAAAGCAACAUUGUCAUGAGAACAAGAAGAAACAGCUGCAGAAAUUGCAGACACAAAGAAUUUAGCUUUUAACCCCUGCAGACGUGGAAGGUCUUAACUAGAGUAAAGGUUUUAACCCUUUAUUUACUUUUAUCUAUGACAAGUUCCCUCUUCUGGCACUGCAGGUGAGCGUGUUAGACAUACUAAUUAUACCUGUGUGACUUUAAUUAUAGCUUCACCUCUCUUCCCUUGCCCUCUUCCACCAACAAAACCAUCAAGGAAAGCCUGUCAAGAUAUCUGUAGAUACAGGAUAAUAUAUAUUAUUAAAUCCACGUUUCAUUAUGCAAUACAUCCAUAGGUUAACAUAUGUCUGUAUGUCUAAGCAUUGCAUAGGUAAAACAAUUCAUUUUACUUUUAAACAUGUGAUGAGUCACUAGUGCCCUCUAUUGGUGAAACUGAAAAUUGAUUUGUAUAAUUAAAUAUGCAAAUUAUGAUAUUGUAAAAACUGACAAGAUGCAUCUAUAUAUCUCUGUUUUCCAAUAGUUUGGAAAGUUGUAAUUAUGUAAUAUAUUUGAGGCAUUGUUAUGUUGCUUCUCCUUCACAUUACGUUUGUUGUUUAUAUUUGUUUGAUUUUCACCACAUGCUUAAAGAUUGGUCGGCAAAUCUAGUCUUAGUACAAAAUAAAGCAUUGUAUGCUAGUUCCUUUUGGAACCAUGUGUCCUGUCCUGUAUCUAAUUUGUUCAGGGACCCUGGUAACAGAGUCUUUUGCCUGGCUGCAUGGUCCCUGUAAAAUUGGACACUGUCAAAAGACCUAGGCCUUAGAACUUCAAGUGCCUUUAUAAAGGAAGUAGCUAAUCACAUUACAGGUAGAGGUGAGAAUACAUGCCUGUUAGGAGAACUGCAGAGGGGACAAAACCUGUACUGAAAGAGAGAGAUGCUGCCUGAUUGGGUUGCAGAGCUGUGGAGAAACUCCAGUCAAGCUUUGGCAGCUGUUUCUGAAGAGUUCCAGAGUCCCUUGUUGCAGUGAGGACUUGGCAGAGUACGGAAGCUCCGUCACAAAGACCUUAUUAGCUCCCUUAUUUGGCAACCAUAUGUGGAAUUACUGUUAAGGAUAACAAGUCAGGUAUCCUUUGGGAUGACGACAUCCAAACUUCCGAAUUGAUCAUUUCUGAAUUUGGCACAAACUGAAAUUCAAAAUUAAUAAAAUGAAAGCAAAAAAUUAUUUUGCACACAAUAAGAAUGAAAUUGGACAGUGUUAGAAUUAGAUUUGAGUGUGAUAUAACAUCGUACUUUACAGAGAGGAUAGUAAACAUCUGUAUUAGCCUUCCAAUGUAUGGCCAGAAUAAAGUGAACCAAUUCAAAAUCUGAGAGGGUGUUCCACCUUAGCUACACAAUAUGGAACGGACACUGGGGGAUUUGCAGAAAAUGUGUCAUAUCCACUAGUUUUGAGGGUUUUUUUUCCCCUAAUUUUAUCUGUUUAUUCCCAUAUUUGCUCCUACACAAUCCUUACUAGACCUUUUCCACCAAAAUAUUUUCCCAUUUCAUUCUUCUACUUUUUUAUUGUUAUACAUACUUGUUGCUUCCAAUGGGCAUGCAACAUAACCACUGAACAUGAAAAUGAAUGUGAAAUGUUUUAUACACAACUCCCUUUGUGUUUUCAUGCAAUCACAUUUAGCUUAUACCGUCAUCUCGGCAUAUUCCUCUCUCCCUGCUUUAUAGAACGUUUGUUGUCUGGCCGUCACAACUUAUACAUAUACCUAAGUCACACAUUUGGCAUUCAAAGGGUUAAAAACAUUUCUCUUUUAUUUUAUUUUAAUUUUUUUUCCCUAUUAAAGCAUCCAUUAUUUCCUUGUUCUUUCUCUCUAACAGGAGAAAGCUCUACGGAGGAUCACACAAGAGCUCCCCGAAGUGCUGCAGCUCCAUACAAAGUUUGUAAAUAAAAGACGCUUCCCAACAUGGUGGAGGUUUCUACAGGCCUUAAUAAGCUGUGGUAAGGAGAAAACACCACCAUGCACCUCUCUGUAUAAUGGCAUGCCACAAGCAGCAAAACAAUAUUAUCAGUUCAUAAUUGGUUUCCUUCAUUGCAUAGACACAUAGAAAUGCCCAACUACAGGGAGUGCAGAAUUAUUAGGCAAAUGAGUAUUUUGACCACAUCAUCCUCUUUAUGCAUGUUGUCUUACUCCAAGCUGUAUAGGCUCGAAAGCCUACUACCAAUUAAGCAUAUUAGGUGAUGUGCAUCUCUGUAAUGAGAAGGGGUGUGGUCUAAUGACAUCAACACCCUAUAUCAGGUGUGCAUAAUUAUUAGGCAACUUCCUUUCCUUUGGCAAAAUGGGUCAAAAGAAGGACUUGACAGGCUCAGAAAAGUCAAAAAUAGUGAGAUAUCUUGCAGAGGGAUGCAGCACUCUUAAAAUUGCAAAGCUUCUGAAGCGUGAUCAUCGAACAAUCAAGCGUUUCAUUCAAAAUAGUCAACAGGGUCGCAAGAAGCGUGUGGAAAAACCAAGGCGCAAAAUAACUGCCCAUGAACUGAGAAAAGUCAAGCGUGCAGCUGCCACGAUGCCACUUGCCACCAGUUUGGCCAUAUUUCAGAGCUGCAACAUCACUGGAGUGCCCAAAAGCACAAGGUGUGCAAUACUCAGAGACAUGGCCAAGGUAAGAAAGGCUGAAAGACGACCACCACUGAACAAGACACACAAGCUGAAACGUCAAGACUGGGCCAAGAAAUAUCUCAAGACUGAUUUUUCUAAGGUUUUAUGGACUGAUGAAAUGAGAGUGAGUCUUGAUGGGCCAGAUGGAUGGGCCCGUGGCUGGAUUGGUAAAGGGCAGAGAGCUCCAGUCCGACUCAGACGCCAGCAAGGUGGAGGUGGAGUACUGGUUUGGGCUGGUAUCAUCAAAGAUGAGCUUGUGGGGCCUUUUCGGGUUGAGGAUGGAGUCAAGCUCAACUCCCAGUCCUACUGCCAGUUCCUGGAAGACACCUUCUUCAAGCAGUGGUACAGGAAGAAGUCUGCAUCCUUCAAGAAAAACAUGAUUUUCAUGCAGGACAAUGCUCCAUCACACGCGUCCAAGUACUCCACAGCGUGGCUGGCAAGAAAGGGUAUAAAAGAAGAAAAUCUAAUGACAUGGCCUCCUUGUUCACCUGAUCUGAACCCCAUUGAGAACCUGUGGUCCAUCAUCAAAUGUGAGAUUUACAAGGAGGGAAAACAGUACACCUCUCUGAACAGUGUCUGGGAGGCUGUGGUUGCUGCUGCACGCAAUGUUGAUGGUGAACAGAUCAAAACACUGACAGAAUCCAUGGAUGGCAGGCUUUUGAGUGUCCUUGCAAAGAAAGGUGGCUAUAUUGGUCACUGAUUUGUUUUUGUUUUGUUUUUGAAUGUCAGAAAUGUAUAUUUGUGAAUGUUGAGAUGUUAUAUUGGUUUCACUGGUAAUAAUAAAUAAUUGAAAUGGGUAUAUAUUUGUUUUUUGUUAAGUUGCCUAAUAAUUAUGCACAGUAAUAGUCACCUGCACACACAGAUAUCCCCCUAACAUAGCUAUAACUAAAAACAAACUAAAAACUACUUCCAAAAAUAUUCAGCUUUGAUAUUAAUGAGUUUUUUGGGUUCAUUGAGAACAUGGUUGUUGUUCAAUAAUAAAAUUAAUCCUCAAAAAUACAACUUGCCUAAUAAUUCUGCACUCCCUGUAGAGUAGUGUCAGUCAUUGAGCUAUCUACCAUGUAAGUUCAAUAAGGCUUCUCUGUGUUUCCUAAAUAAUGCAAAUAGUUAAGUUGGUACAGUGUUUCCCUGAAAAUAAGACAUACCCUGAAAUGAAGCCCUAGUUUAUUUUCGGUAGAUGCUCCUAAUAUAUAAGUCCUAACACGAAAAUAGGCCCUAGUCGCUAGUUCUCUAAUCUAUGUUCAGGGAAUUUUCCCCAAACAUAGAUAUGCAAGAUUCCAUUCACGAGUAAACUAAUCUAUGUUCAUGGAAGUUCCAUGUCAUAGUGAACUGUUCUAUGUUGGGGGAAUUUACCCGAACAUAGACCUGCUUUCUAGCACACGUUUUUCCCCAAAAUAAGCCCUUUUCCUUUUUACUGGGGAAAAGUUAAUAUAAGACCGGUCUUAUUUUCGGAGAAAGAUGGUAAUAUUAAGAGGUCCGUGUUUCUCCAAACUGAAUACCAUAUCAGAUCAAAUAUCGUAAAGAACACCACAUUACCUGCACAUUGAGAUAGCUUUUCAGUGAGACAAGAUCCUAUCUCCUCCCUAUUCCCUGUGUAGUGUUUAAGGAAUGUAGAACAUGGGAAAAUAUUGUGUUCCACCUCCUCCACAGCAGCACAACCAAUGUUGUAGUACAUGCAAAUAUAUAUAUAUUGCAAAAAAGGGAUGCAGUUACAGGUCUUGAAAGAUUUUGAAAAAGACCCUGGCAGUCGAAACGUUGCUUUUUUACAUGUAACACGAUAUUUGUUGCAUUAAUAAAAACAACUAGUUCACAGGACCCGUGAGUGUAUGCCUUUUUUGCAAGAAUAUAGACGUUGUCUGCACCUGUGAGGAAGAGUGCAGAGCUGUGCUAUUAACCAGGCCUUAACCAUUACUGGCCACUGCAGGCCAUAGUAUACUCAGCAGGGGUGAAUUUCUUGUUAUUGUAUAUUGGUUGCAUCUGUGCAGAAAUAAAAUAUACUGUAUGACAAUGUCUGUAGUAAGUGUAGUAAGUCAGUAUCCUGAGUUAAUCAGCAAUCACAAUAUGAUAGUAUAUAUUCAAGUAAACACAUAUACUUGAAAAAUACAUUUUGUCACAAAUGACUCAUUUCAUCCUAUUGCGUCACAUAAGCAAAUAAUGAAAAUACAUUUAAAUGAAACGCAAACCUUUGUCUAGAAAAGUGUUAUACCUACAAAUAGAACCACCCCAACUUUUUGAGCCCACCUUCUCAAUGGGUAUUUCUUAAAAAAAAAAAAAAAAAUACAACACCAAAUAUAUAUAUAUAGGAAAAAUCAGACACCAACCAAGGUGGAGACCAUCCACUAAAUGUCACAUGACCAACACAAUAAAUUACCUUACUUAGUACCCCAGUAACCAAUGAUAUCGCCAGCAUUUUAUCGUCAUGAUGACUUUCACUGGUAUCACAUACAAAUGUUUGAGCAUCUGUGGGAGGUUCUGGAACAACAAAGCCAAUCAAUGGAGGCCUCACCUCACAGCUUUCAGGACUUAAGGGAUGUGCUGCUAAUGUCUUGGUGCUAGGUACCACAGGACGCAUUCAGAGGUCCAUGUCCAUUCAAGCUGUUUUGGCAGCACAAGGGGGACCUACACGAUAUUAGGCAGGUGGUUUUAAUGCUGUGGCUGAACAGUGUGUGUAUACAGUGCCUUGCAAAAGUAUUCACCCCCAUUGGCGUUUUUCGUGCUUUGUUGCCUCACAACCUGGAAUUAACAUGGAUUGUUUGAGGAUUUGCAUCAUUUAAUUUACAGAACAACUUUGAAGAUGUUUUUUUUUUUUUUUUAUUGUGAAGCAAACAACAAAUAGGACAAAAUAACAGAAAAGGUCAAUGUGCAUAACUAUUCACCCCCCUAAAGUCAAUACUUUGUAGAGCCACCUUUUGCGGCAAUCACAGCUUUGGAUAAGUCUCUAUGAGCUUACCACAUCUUACCACUGGGAUUUUUGCCCAUUCCUCCAUGCAAAACUGCUCCAGCUCCUUCAAGUUUGAUGGUUUGCACUUGUGAACAACAAUCUUUUAAGUCUGACCACAGAUUUUCUGUUGGAUUGAGGUCUGGGCUUUCAUUAGGCCAUUCCAACACAUUUACAUGUUUCCCCUUAAACCACUCAAGUAUUGCUUUAGUAGUGUGUUUGGGGUCAUUGUCCUGCUGGAAGGUGAACCUCCGUCCUAGCCUCAAAUCACGCACAGAGUGGUUCAGGUUUUGCUCAAGAAUAUCCCUGUAUUUAGCACCACCCAUCUUUCCCUCAACUCUGACCAGUUUCCCAGUCCCGGCUGAUGAAAAACAUCCCCACAGCAUGAUGCUGCCACCACCAUGUUUCACUGUGGAGAUGGUGUUCAUUGGGUGAUGUGAUGUGUUGGGUUUGCACCAGACAUAGCAUUUUCUUUGAUGGCGAAAAGUUCAAUUUUAGUCUCAUCAGACCAGAGCACCUUCCUCCAUACAUUUUGGGAGUCUCCCACAUGCCUUUUCGAAAACUCAAAACGUGCCAUUUUGUUUUUUGAUGAAAGUAAUGGCUUUCUUCUGGCCACUCUGCCAUAAAGCCCAAGUCUAUGGAGCGUACGGCUUAUUGUCGUCCUAUGUACAGAUACUCCAGUCUCUGCUAUGGAACUCUGCAGCUCCUCCAGGGUUACCUUAGGUCUCUGUGCUGCCUCUCUGAUUAAUGCCCUCCUUGCCCGGUCCGUGAGUUUUGGUGGGCGGCCGUCUCUUGGCAGGUUUGCUGUUGUGCCAUGUUUCCAUUUGGUUAUGAUAGAUUUGAUGGUGCUCCUGGGGAUCAUCAAAGAUUUGGAUAUUUUUUUUAUAACCUAAUCCUGACUUAUACUUCUCAACAACAUUGUCCCUUACUUGUUUGGAGAGUUCCUUAUUCUUCAUGGUGGUGCCUCUUGCUUGGGUGUUGCAGCCUCUGGGGCCUUUCAAAAAAGGUGUGUAUAUGUAAUGAAAGAUCAUGUGACACUUAGAGUGCACACAGGUGGACAUCAUUUCACUAAUUAUGUGACUUCUGAAGGUAAUUCGUUGCACCAGAGCUUUUUAUGGGCUUCAUAACAAAGGGGGUGAAUACAUACGCACAUGCCAAUUUUCUGUUUUCUAUUUCUAAAAAAUUGUUUUAUGUAUAUAUUUUUCUCAUUUCACUUCACCAACUUAGACUAUUGUGUUCUGAUCCAUCACAUAAAAUUCAGAUUAAUAAAACACUGAACUUAAGGCUGUAAUGUAACAAAAUAGGUAAAAAGUCAUGGGGUGUGAAUACUUUUGCAAGGCACUAUACAUUGCAAACUAAUACACACCAGGGCUAUAAUAUAUGCAAACGUUUGGUUAUAUAAUAAAAAUAUUGAUGACAAUUUUUUUCCCUAUAAGGUUUGGAGAUACAGGCUCUAUUAAUGGAACACUAGAACAUUAAUAAUAUAAACAUGUAUUCUUAAUAAGGGUAUAGUGUUUUCUUCACAAGUUAGAUGCCUGGACAAAUUUAGACUGAAUUAAAACACCAUCUCACUCAGUACUGCAGCCCGCUUCUACUCCUGCAACAUCAUCCAACAGGUGUUGCUUCUUGUCCAAUCCAAUGCUUCCCAUCAGUGGUUUUAUAGUUGCACUUGUCUUCCUAAAUGGUAACAUUUAAUUUCUUUCUUUCCACAGGAGGAAUAAUUGAAGCCUUUCCUCCUGCCGAUAGCAUUACCUGCCUUACUGUAGACUUGCUGAUCAAGCCUGAUGGAGGUACUGAGAUGGUGUCCUGUGGAGAUCAAAUUCACGGUCUUAGCCCCUUGGAGUGCAUUGGCACCACUGUGCCCCAGUGCUCUGUGCCCCCCGAAAUUCUCACUUCCAUCUGCAAUCGGGUUGGAGAGGCCUGCAGGAUCCGUGGCAUUCUUGGCUAUCUAUCGAUGGAUUUACUAAGCUUUAUCGACCUUCAAAACCUGGAGCAGCAGGUCAGGAAUCACUUUUCAGACUGAUAAAAAAUUUUGACAUCUCAUUGUGUAUUUAAAACUAUAUUCACUUUAAUAUCAGCAUCUGUUUCCGAAACACGAUUCUGCUCCACACAGAAUUACCCUGAUAUAUAAAUGCAAGUUUUAUUCUUCGUAAUAAACGUAUUUAGGAUGAAGUUUUGGAGUAAUAUCAAGCUUUUGUAUUUUUGGGUUGUUAAGGGUAUCGAUUUUAGAGAAUUAUUUGGGAAAGUGCAUCAGGCUAGCACACCAUUGAAAAGGAUAUAAUCUUACCUCUAUAAAACUUUGCUUUUAAAAGGGGGUUUUGUGUUGAAGAGCACCGAAGUAAUUGGAGACAGGAAAAUAAAAUAAAACACCGUGGUGAGCUUCCUGAAUACUUUAUCUAUAAGAUCUAGUCUACUAUUUGAGAAUUCCAUUAUUAGAUGAAAGGGGUGUUUUUAUUUAUUUAUUUGAAUCACACAUUAUUUUCAGAUAGAGCAAUAAAUAUAUUGAAUGCACUAUAGAGAGUGGAAAUAGGACGUGUAGACACUAAUAAAAAAAAAAAAAAAUUGAAAUUGAUGGACGUCUUUUUCAUCAGCCUCAAUUAUUGUUAGAUCUGAUGGUCAGUUUAGCAGCCCCGUGGCCUGUCUGUUGGUUAACAAGCAACUUGCAAAAUGUAAACAACAAAUAAAUAUUGGGUUAAAACUCUACAGACAGUCUUGAGCUUUUUCUUACCCGAUUAUUUCGGCCUACAUUUUGAAAGCCGGGUGCAAGCUCACAAAACUGCAUUGUUUAGUAAGUAAACGUAAAGUUAGUCUUAAUGCCUAUGCACACAAGCAGAGACUAGCCACAAGCCUCUCUGGGCCCAAGCUUAAAAGACAGCAGUCACUUCAAAAAUAUUUUGAAUAUAAUACUCCUUUUAUCAAGAAUUGAAAGGAUAUAGAUUUAUUAAUUCUAAAUAUAUGUAAAAAAAAAAAAUGGUACAUAUACUACAUUUAAAACAAAUCUAUUUCCUUUCUAUACUUGAUGAAAGGAUUAUUAUAUUAAACAUUAUCUUUGAGACCUUAGUCUGCCUUACAGCCAAUAAUUUUCCUCUUAUUGUCUUUAUAGUAUUUUAGAGUCAUACAAAGAAGAAAAGGGACAAACAAAAAGAGGACAGCGAUUGGCUAUAGGGGAGAGUGACAUUAGCAGCUCAGCUCACACUGAUAUCUCAUUGGCGGAGCUGAGAAUGUACUCAGAAUGCCUCUAAUAAGGAAGAUUUCUAAAAAAACUUUGUAAAAAGCGGGAACCUGACUAAGCUUUAUUUUUUUAGCAAAAAUUAAAAUAAAAACAACGUGAAUAAAAAUGCAGUAUGAAUAUGCCAAAAUCUAUUAAACGCACUUGCUUUGUUGUUGCCUGCUGUAUGACUGCAGUGUCCUUUUAACCAAUAAAGUAUAGUGUCAACACCUCUAGGGUCAGAUUUCACAAUAUACAGAGUAGGCACCUGCCUACAGCUGUAUGUCUGAUUGUGGGUGCCUUCUCUGCCUGUUAAAUGGAUAUGCAUCACUUUGCAAAUAUUAUUUUUUUUUUAUUUUUUUUUUUUAUAAUUUUUUAUUUUUGUUGUGCAAAAGUUUAACAGAUAUGCUUAUUUUGCCACGAUGGCACAUUCAGGCAUUUCACAUAGCGUAAUACUGUGGUAUAUAUGUACACAUUUUUAAGUAAAUAACAGGUUAGUACAGGAUGUGUCAGUGAAUGGUAAGGCAAUAGGCGUGAUUGUAUCUCAAGUAGUCUGACUUUAACCUUGUCUAGUAGGAGAGAGUUAUACAACAUGCUAAAAUCUGAUUGACAAUGCUUAACUAACUAUAAUUGACUCUCAAGUUUGGUAGCCACUGGGUACCAAGGUUUAUAAUGUGUGAUUUAAACAGACUGUAAGAUGGAGGUUAAGCUAACAUUCCGCUCAUGUAUAAGACAAGCUACUAUCAUGGGAGACCCCGAAGGCCUUCUCGUCAUGCUAUCUAAGAAGGGACAAGCAUUCCUGGGAUUUGCUAUGCAUGGGAUAAGCUGGCAAUGAGCAGUGGGUAACAUGUUAAUUUAACUUGACUAGUGUAUAAGCAAUAGGUAGUUGAGAGACCUAGCAAUACCAGGAGGGAGAGAAAACAAAGAAAUAAAAAAAAACAGUAAGGCCAGAUAUUGCAACGUUAGAAUGGGAGCACAAUUUCCACUUAAACUGGAUGCAAUAGUAUAAAGUUGCUUUGUCCUAGAUAGAUACUGCAAAGCUUGCAUUAUGGGGUUUAUCCCCUUUUACAGGGGCAGUUCAACCAAUGUCUAGUGACGGCAGAUUAUCCUUCCAGGGGAACAUGAGUCCAAGUGCUUGCCCCCCACCCUGAGUCCCAAGGCAGUCUGAGGUACUUGCGUCCCUGGUCUUGUCGCGGUCAGCAGGCCUGUUUUUGUGUUGGGACUGAGUGGUGGGCUUCUGGUAAGCCUGCUGGGGCGAGUCCGUCCGAGGGUGCGUGUCGUGGGUGCUGAAGUGCCCCAUUAGGAGCUGUAUCUUGGGCAGCUUCUAGCUCCCAUCUGGAUCAGGUCGCCAAGACCGGUGCUGCCGUGGAGGCUCCUGCCUAUGGCUCCUCAUCUCCCACUUUGCGUCUGGGUCCCGCCCGUUUGCUUGUGGCGCUGCUUUGUCUCGUUGUGGGUCUGACUUGGGAGAUGCUGCAAGGAGAGACCCUUUAGCUUGAGAGCGUCGGGCUGGCUUCAUCUCUGAGUGGGCCCUCUGCCCUGGUGGAGGGAGGACAGUCUCCAUUGCCGCCAGGCUCCUGGGGGAAAUAUGGGAAGGUUGUCUGGUGUGCCCUUGCUUGUAAAUGGAGCCAAAAUGUCUGACAGAUCCUCUCGGAGUUAGCCUCGAAGGUCUCCCUCCAUGACAGGCCAGUGAGGCUCGCAUGUGGUUGCCAAGGGUGCAGUGCGUCCACCGUCUUUGGUGACCAUGCGAUUUCAGUAACACUGAGUUGUGUUGUCAGGCUUGCCAAGGUGUAGACAACCACAAGCAACACAAAACUUCGGGAUACGGCUGGAAAUUAAUCUAAAAGGAACAUGAAAAAUAUAUACAAAAUAGUGAAGUACAAUUAACACAUUUUUUUACGCUGAAUACAAAUGCACUCACAGAAUGAAGUAGAAUAUAUCGCUCAUAGGGUGCCUCCCCUAGUUGAAAUGGGGGGUUGGUAAUCCCUUGGCUCCUUGUAGGCUUCCUUAAUAAUGCUCAGGACUCCAAACAGGUAAUGGUAGAAAAAGAUGUAUUUAUUGAUAAAAGGUGAAUAAUCACCAUCAGUAUAGAAUAUGAUAAAAAGAAGAACGGUAUGGUCCUACGCGUUUCGUUCUGCAAAGAACUUCAUCAGGGACCGUAUAUAAGAAAUAAAAUCAAUAUCCAAUUACAAUGUAUAAAAAAACAUCCUAUUCCCCCCCAUCCCUGAGUCCUCUUUAAAUAGGGCUAGUCCCCAUGUUCAUUGGUGGUUCCGUGGGUGGUAUCCAGUAUCCAUUACUUGAUUGGUCCUGGGAGGAAGCUAUUCAGCUGUUUUCCAUCCUCCUUGUAUUGCUGUAAUCAAUUUCGGCGCGUUCGAGCAACCGGAACCGGAAGUGGAAAUUGUAUCGCACUUCCGCGUUCCACUUGCGUUCCACAUGCGUUCCACCCGCGGCUAGAAUGCGUUCCACCUUCAUUGUGUCUCAACAUAAAUGUAUAAUCAGGAAAAACAAUAAAGAACAAUAUAUUCUAUCUGCUAAAGAAAAAAAUAAUAUUAAUAACCUUAUUUUCUACAUUUACUUGUGUUAGUUAUUAUAAUCAAUCACCAUUAAAUUACUAUAAUAAAACAGUAUCACACAAUAUUUCUUAAAGUGAAAGGUGCACUAAAAUUGCACAAUUUAUAUAAUGCAUGUAAUCCUAUUGUCAAGAAAAAUUGUAUUUCAAGUAUAACAUACAUAGCUAAACUAUAUGAUAUAUAUCAAUAUCUAUUGAUUAUUAGUAGGUGGUUCAUGCCACAAAGUUUUUUAGAAAAAUAAAAUAAAUAUUUUUAAAAGAAUAAGGUUUUAAAUUUAGAGAAAACUAAAUUUUAUAAUGUUCCUAUAGAAAGUCUCCAAUAUUAAGUGGAGUUACACAUAUAUCUAAUAUCCCAAAUAUUUGUAUUUUUACCGAUUGAUUGAUAAAUGCAUACAGGAUAAUAUUCUUAUCAAUACCUGUAUGUUUACAAAAUACAAAAAGACCAUACUCCCAAAUAUAGUUAAAUUCCUAAAUAUAUAUAAGCAAUUCAGCUAUAUAUUUACUUCUACAUAACCCAUAUGGAGAAAAGAAGGCUGUAUUUUAAUCAAAAUAACCAUAACCCACAGAAUGAUAAUGUAUAAAAAGAUGAAUAUAUGUAUAAAUAAAAAAUCAAUUUUAAAUUCUAAUCCAAAAAACAAACUAAGUCGAUACCAAUAUUGAGGCCCUUUGGCUCUAGGGUAUUCAACCGGUAUAUCCAAAAAGUCUCCCUUUGGGAUAGUUUUUGGAUUCUAUCACCCCCUCGCCAGAAUGGAAAAACUCUUUCAAUGCCCAUAAAAAUAAAUUCCCGAAAAGUAAAUAAUGGACAAUUAGAACAGUGGGCCGAAACUGAAUGAGUUUGAAGUUUCUUCUUAAUAUUAUUUAGAUGUUCAAGUAUUCUGACCUUUAAAAUCCUCUUUGUACGUCCCACAUAUUGUUUGCCACAGGGACACUGUAGUAAAUAGACCACAUAGUCCGAGUGGCAACCAAUCUCAGAUUUCACCUUGAAUGUUUCCCCUGUGGUGUUGCUAUGGAAAACCUGUGUUUUAGACAGUGAUGUAGUAAUACAGGCCUUGCAGGUUCCACAGCCUCUAAAGAAACCAAUAGUGGAAGAAAGAUCAGUAUUAGGAGGUUUAAUAGCGUAGCUAGGAGCCAGUAAGUUCUUAAGAUUCUUAUUCUUUUUAUAGAUCACCAUAGGGCGAUCCGAUAAAGACUUUCCCAAAACUGGAUCCUGAAGUAAAAUGGGCCAGAAUUCCUGCAAACUUUUUUUGAUUUUAUGAUGGUCAGUAUUAUAUUGAGUUAUAAAAGAUGAUUUAAAGUUUUUGUUAUUUUCAUUUAUACUGCCCUUAUCUUCUAAUAGUGAACUACGCUGUACCGAGCUAAUGGAACGGAUUUCUUUAUCCAAAGAGUUUCUUUUAUAACCUCUAUCCAUAAGCUUUUUCUUAAUAUAUAGUGAUUGGGUCUUAAAAUCCUGAAGAUUAGAGCAAUUACGUCUGACACGUGUGAACUGACUCCUAGCUAUACCCCGUAACCACGGUUUAUGGUGACAGCUUCGUUGAUGUACGUAGCCCUUACCAUCCGUGGGUUUAAAGAAACAUUUGGUCUGUAUUUGUUCUUGAUCGCAAAAAAGGACCAGGUCCAAAAAAUGAAUUUCGUAUUUAUUCCAUACUGGAGUAAAAACCAAGUUGUACUUGUUACAAUUAAGGUAUCGAACAAACUCCUGAAAAGCAACCGAAGACCCCUUCCAAAUAAUAAUAACAUCAUCAAUAUACCGCCGCCAUAGGACCAGGCUCUCCCUCCAGCCAUGCCCAGACCACACAAAAAGUUCUUCCCAUCUUCUCAUGUAGGUGUUGGCAUAGCUGGGGGCGAACCUGGUACCCAUGGCGUUCCCAGUGGUUUGUAAAUAAUAAUCACCAUUAAAGAAAAAAUAAUUGUGGUCCAAAAUAAAUUGAACUGAAGAAAAAAUAAACUCCCUAUGGCCUACAGAUAAUGUAUUAUCUCUAGACAUGUAAUAAUCAAUUGACUCCAACCCUAGGUGAUGACUGAUCACAGUAUACAGAGAGGUCACAUCUAGUGUGGCCCAGCUGUAUUCCGAUUUCCAUUCGAUACACUCCAGCUCUUGUAAAAAAGAUUUCGUAUCACGCACAUAGGAAGGCGCUCCUUGCGCAUAUUUCUGCAAAAAUGAAUCAACAUAGGCGGAUAGAUUAGCUGUUAGUGAAUUUACACCGCUAAUAAUAGGACACCCUGGUGGAUUAGGGAGGCGUUUGUGUGUUUUAGGAAGGAAAUAAAAAAUCGGUAUAACGGGGUUUUUUUGAAAUAAAAAUUCUAAAUUUUUUUGAGUGAUGAUCCCAUUAUUAUAUGCCUGAUCUAGAAGGAUCCCAAGUUCCAUAUUAAAACGUGACGUUGGGUCAUUAACUAGAAUGGUGUAAGUAUUUUUAUCCCCCAAUAUAUUAGCAGAUUCUUCUAGAUAAUAGGAGGUGGUCAUCAAAACGAUGCCACCACCCUUAUCAGCCUCCCUAAUUAUUAGAUCAUCACGAUCCAUUAAAUUUUUUAGCGUUUUUUCUUCUCUUUUUGUAAAAUUAGAGGUUUGUGAUCUUUUCUUAUCCUUUAUACUAAAAGACUGGAAAGUUUGAUUCACCAUAUGUUCAAAUGUCUCUAAAAAAGGGCCUUCGCUGUGAUACAGGAAAAAAAUGUGAUUUGCGUUGAAAAUUGUAAUUAGAAGGGGUGGUUGAAACAUUCAAGGUGUCAUCCGAAGGUAGUAUAUAACUAUAUAAGCCGUAUCCCGAAGUUUUGUGUUGCUUGUGGUUGUCUAUGCUAAAAGGUCGUCUUCUUUGGGUAACGAUCUUGGGAGGCUGUAAUAAUUAAGUUAAGUAUCUGUAUACAUUUCACUACAGUUAUUAUCUUUAGUAGUGUGUAUAUUGUACUGUACUAUUUGUUUGCCAAGGUGUAGGUGUGCCCAGCGGAGACCGGGAUACCCCCCACUGGUCCAAAGGGAGGGGGGGACAGGGCUGCUCAAGCUCCUUUGGCAGACCUGAGCCCAGAGCCGGGAGAUUGGCCGUUUCCCCCCGCAGCCGGGCCGUCGGCUGCUGCAGGCCAUAGGCUGAGGUGCAAUGUGCUUCCAUCAGGGCUCCCAGUUUCAGGCUGAGAUUGUAGUCGGGGGUGAUCCCCGGGUUGCCUAGAGUCAUGUCCCGCCAGUUUUGCCGUGAUAUUUCAGCCGUUUUACUGCAGAUUCAGCAGGAGCCAUCAACAGACACGUCUGACCAUCUUGGCUGUCACGCCCCGCCCCCCGCAAAUAUUAUUUUAAACCAGACCUGUAAAGUCUCACUCUAAAUCUGACUUCCUCCACUAACAAAUUAUGCUACGCUCUCACAACUUGGCUUUUUCCUCUUCAAAAGAAAACUAUUUCAAUAUCCUUAUAACCACACUCUCCUGGGAACCCAAGCUUCUCUUUCACACUUUUAACUCCCUUGUUUGCCUUGUUGCUUCUCCUCAUCCUUUUAACUUGACCACUACAAACUUCGCAACUUACUUCUGAGAAGAUUAAUGCGAUCAGAAACUAGUUCUCUAAUCUCUCUCCUACCCCUACCAAUACCAAGCGCACUCCCAAGGCUGUUCUAUGCUCAUCCACACCCACUGCACCAGAAGAGGUUUCAGCUCUGCUCCUGUCCUCUUGUCCCACCAACUCAUCCCUUGAUCCUACUCACUCACAUCUCAUGCGCUCUCUACCUAAUUCUCUUGCUCUGCCCCUAAAAUAUUCAAUCUCUCUCUCUCCUCUGGCAUAUUUCCUUCACACUUCAAGCAUGCAACUGUAACCCCUGAUUUAAAAAAAAAAAGCAAAAAAAGCCCAACAUUGACACUAUCUCCCCAUCCAACUACCGCCCUAUCUCACUACUACUGUUUGCCUCCAAGAUACUUGAGAAAGUUGUGUAUGAGAGAUUAAACUACUUCUAAAUCCAACUCUCUGUUUGACUGUAAUAAUUUCCGUUUCUUCUGUGUUUAUUUCCAGCUGAUUGAAAUAAUUCUUUUAUAUAUAUAUAUAUAUUCUUGGGUAAAAAGCUUGCCAUGUUAAUAUACGUCUAUAUUAACCAGAAAUACUAAUACGCAAUCAGACUUAUGGUUUAUUCUUAGAGUUACGGAUACAUAAUAAAACAACAAAGGAUAUUACAUGAUGAUGGAUGUUCAAUAGCAGAUGGUAAUUGCUGGACUCCUGAAGGGAGAGUUAGUCUGUACAUAGUUAGACAGAUGGACAAGAAGAACAACCUCGUGCAGCAAGCAACAAGCAACAGUAAGACCUCGUGGUCCUUUAUCCCCUAUUCUAUAUAGAAAUGACCAUAAUGACGUCAGAGUAUAACCCUAGCCAUAUAAGGACAAGACCCCUAAUCCACAUUCUCAGACAAAGAAAGCCUUGUGACUUAUUGAAACCAUCUGUUACUUAUGUCAAUUCAGACAUCCAUACAUAAUCAAUAGAAACAUACAAUAUGCAAUAUUCUACAUUGACCCACUUCAGUCUCGAUGCAGAGCUUAUCACUCUGUCUAAACGGCCCUCACCAAUGAUUUAAUUGCUGAAAAAUCCAGUGGUUACUACUUUCUCUUAAGUUUCCUUGACCUUUCUUCUGCACUUGUCUCUGUUCAUCAUCAACAACAUCUUCUCAUCCUCCGCAACCUCGGUCUACGAGACUCUGCUCUCUCCUUGUUCUCCUCCUACCUCUCCCAGCAGUCUUUUAGUGUUUCUUUCUCUGGCUCUUCCUCUUUUCCUCAACCCCUCUCUGUUGGUGUUCCACAUGGUUCCAUCCUUGGUUCUCUACUGUUCUUGGUCUAUACUGCAUUCCCUGGUAAACUCAUCAGCUUCCAAUUUCACUUCUAUGUGGAUGACAUGCAAAUUUAUCUGUCCUCUCCUGAUCUCUCUCAGACCCUCUUGAUUCAUGUCCCUGACUAGCUCUCUGCUAUUUCUAAUUAGAUGUCUGAUCACUUCCUUAACCUUAACCUGUCCAAAACAGAACCCUUAAAUGUUGCUGCUCCCAUCUCUAUCUCUCUCCAAAUUAACAGCACUAACAUCAGCUCUACCUCAGAGGCUCGCAGCUUAGGUGUUCUCUUUGACUCUAAUCUCUACUUCAUCAUUCAUAUCCAGUUGAUCGCCAUAUCUUGACACUUCCAGAUUAAAACCAUAGGCUCAUCUUAACGCCAGAUAUGGCCGAGGUGAUAAUCAGUGGUGCUAUCCUCUCUUGCCUUGACUUCUGCAAUCCGCUUCUCAGUGGUCUUAUGUAUUCCCAACUUGCUCUAUUGCAGUCUAUAAUGAAUACAGCAGCGAGACUUAUCUUCCUGUCCAUCCGCACCUCCCACUCCUCCCCCCUCUGUCAGUUCCUACACUGGCGUCUUGUAAGAUUUACUGGUGGUUUCUUACAAAUUUCUAUAUAACACUUCUCCUACUUACAUAUCCUCCCUACUACACAAGUAUGUCUCUGCUCUGCUGAAGAUCUGCAUUUAUACUCUGUUCGUACUCCAACCUCUGACACAUGCCGUCAAAACUUUUCUAGGGCUGCAGAGUUCCUGUGAAACUCCCUUCCCUUCUCUGUUAAACCCAGUCUUCAUUACUUCAAAAAAUCAUUAAAAACUCAGUUUUCACUGUUUGGUAACCCACCUUGCUUCCUCUACUGUAACUGUCAUAUAUUAAAACAAAAACAUACUGUGAAUACUGUGCCAUUGAAUACUAUCCUAACAACCUAGUUUUCCUGUACAUGACAUAUAUCCUAUCCUUGCCUCUUGUGUCACUUUACCCCACUCCCUCUAGAACAGCGUUUCCCAAACCAGUCCUCAAGACCCACCAACAGUCCAGGUUUUGUUAGUAUCUCCAUUGGAAUAAAACAGGGAAACACAUAAAUCCUAGACAGUUGGUGAGCCAUGAGGACUGGUUUGGGAACCACUGCUCUAGAAUGUAAGUCGAUUUGAGCUCAUUUGGGCAGAAUUCUAUCAUUUUGCCUUCAGAACAUGACUAUUUACAGUGAAACAGCACCAGUGGAGGACUGGCAGCAUAUCCACCAACCAUGUUGUUGUGAUUAUGGAGGUUAGAGUGCUCCUUUAAGGGAAAAAAAGAAAAGUACACAAUAGAUUAUAUUCAAUAAAGCAGAAAUGAUGGCAAAUUGAUGAAGAAUGUCAAUGUUUAGGCCGAAAUAGCUGAAAUGAAAAAUAGCCUAGUUUAAUAUUUUCAAUUUUGGCUAUUAUGACCUAAAGUUAGUAAUUACCUUUUUAAAUUCUCCAUAAUUUAAGUGCUUUUGGAGAAAUAAUGAAGUGAAUUAAAAAACGCACUCUGCAGCUCCAUUUUCAUGCUUUAUUCUCAUGCGUGAUAAAUAGUUCAAUAAUAAAUUCUACAACGUGCGGUAAUUUGAUUAUAUGCUCAAACAUUUCCUCUCAGGUCACACACAGCAAUAACCAGGUUAAACCUUUUUCACUGGUCAUUACACUGCAUUCAUGACAUUAUUAUGUCUUCUUAUAUCACCAUAACUUCAAUGAGGUUCAUUACGUGUUGCUUCUAAAUGUCCCAUUUCCCAAAUAGUUUUUGGUCGCCAUGAUGAAAAAGCUCAAUUUAUUGACAAUCUUUGCUUUUACCUGAAUAUUGUUCCCAAGUAGCACAACUUUGAUUGUUAGUUUUAUUUGUUUGAUAAUUAAGAGUUCAGAAAUCUGGCAGGAUUCCCCCUAGGUGACUAAUAACGUGUGUUCUCGUGGUAAAAAAACGUUUAAUGAUUUUUAUUAGCUGCUCUUAGACCCUCAACUUUAAAUGACUUCAAAAUCCAUCAUUUGUAAGUUGUUAUGGUGGAGCACUUAAUUAAUUAUUCUAAUGUGAAACUAAUUUAUAUAAAUACCUUCUUAAAGUGGCAAUCUUAUAAAGUGCAAUCUCAACCUUCAAGUUUUUGUGCAAAUAUUUCUAGAAAGUACCAGUCUUAUAAGGUGCAAUUCCAGUACUCAAAAAAUGUUUUUAAUUUUUUGUUUGUGUUCUGAAAAAGCCUUAUGGAAAAAGUGUGGUUUCUACUUUAUAUUUAUACCCCUAUUUUUUUUAUUUGUGUUUUAUACUAUUCAUUGUGAAAAAAAUUAAUUUCUUACACCUUUAUAUUCAAAUUACUCCUAUUACUUACCUGUACUUGUUAGCUUCCUUUUAACUCUUCUUUUCACUUACUUAAUAUACCAUUGGAGUCUUGUUUGUUCUCUCUAAAUGCUGUGCUGACCAUACGUAUUCUGGAAAGCACUGAUCAUUGUGGGACCACUUACAACCGUAGACGAGGAUUGUACUUGUUCAAAAGCAUUACUAUAGAGCUUUUUAUUAUAGCUCCCUAAAGUGUGAGUGGACAUACUCUGUUUAUUUUUUAAAUCUAUUUAUUAUAUUUAUUAUAUUUACCUACUUAAACUAUAAUUAUCGCAUUUAUACUAUUUGAUUAUUAGCUAUAAGCUAUCAAACAUAUGUGCCAAGUCUUACAGGAGGGCAAUAUAUAUUCAUGAAGUGUUAGACACCUUUACUCAUCCCUCCAACAUUGUAAAUGAUAUGGAGAAGGACACUUUAAUUUUAGGGGUGUGAGUGGGGGUGUUGCCAGGGGCAUGGCUGUUCUAAACUAUUUUGGUGACUUACUAAUAGCAGUUUAUGCAAAUAAAAUUUAAUUUAUAACAAGAACAAUUUAUCUUAUUUACACAGACUGCUUUUAAACUCAUUUCGACAUAUUACUGUGAGUAUUAUUGUUGCGGAGUACCUCUGUUAUUCACUCAGACACACCAAGAAUAUGGAACUCCUAGAAAAGAGAUAUUAGGACAAAAAAGAGGGAUUUGGUCCAAAAAUAGGGACUUCCCUCCUAAAUAAGGACACUUGAGAGGUACGCCUUUACUGGAGAAAGACAAAUAAUUUCCAUGCACUUAAAAAGAGACAAACAAAGAUAAGUGUAUCCCUUAAAGGAUCCCUAUAGGGUCGGGAACACAAACAUGUAUUCCUGACCCUAUAGUGUUAACACCACCAUCUAUCCCCCCUGGGCCCCUUAUGCCUCCAUAAAUAUAGUAAAAAUCUUACUGUAUUCAAGCCUGAAGCUGUAAAUCUGCAUGCUGUUAGACUCAGAAAAACAAGCAGUCUGCUGACAUGUGGUAGCCUGAUCCACUCACAGUGCUUCCCCAUAAGAUUGGCUGAGACUGACAAAGAGGCAGAUCAGGGGCAGAGCCAGCAUGAUUCAAACACAGCCCUGGCCAAUCAGCAUCUCCUCAUAGAGAUGAAUUGAAUCAAUGAAUCUCUAUGAGGAAAGUUCAGUGUCUGCAUGCAGAGAGAGGAGACACAGUGCUGCCCUGUGCUCUGCUGACAGCAGAUCUGUGUGGAUUGAGGAGUUUUAUGCCUCAAUCAACUCCGAAGUCCCUCUGGUUCACUGUGAGUGACUGCAACUGGAGGUGUUCAUAGCUUUCAAUGUAAACACUGUUUUUUCUCAGAAAAUACAGUGUUUACAUGAGAGAGGCUGCAGGGAGCUAUAGUUCUCACCUGAACAACCUCAUUAAGCUGAAGUUGUUCAAGUGACUAUAGUGUCCCUUUAAAAUACACUUUCAGAUUUUCAGUCUUUCUCUAUUAGAACGCUGCCAUUUAUUUGACCCCCUUGCUCGAUCGAAGAUAACACUGCUUUGCUUGACCUCAUGAUCAUAUUAUAAUGACAUCAGACUGUGUCACUAAGCAAAGCAGUGUUAUCUUCUGUCAGCUAAGUCUGUGAUCUUGACAAUGGAUCAAGUUAAUGGCAAUGUACAGAUGAAAACCGGCUGGGGACCUGACUGUGUUCCUUUAGUAAAUACAGGGAGAAUUCUGGAAAAUUCACAGUUUAGUGGAUAACCCCACUUAACCAGAAGGAGUGAUACAGAAAUAAGGAAGAGAGUUUAACCCCAUCAUCAGACUCUUCCAUGACACAUGGUGAAUGGGGUUAACUUUUUCUGUGCAGUUGGAAUGAGCAGUAUAUUGUCUGCACAGUGUUAUUUGUCCAUCUAGCAUUGAAAGGGUUUAUAGAUUUCUGGUCUUUAAAUAAUUGAGAGGAUAAAAUGACCCUGAUGCUUCCAUGCUGGAUAUCAAUGCCCUGUUGUUAACAGCUCUACACUUUGCUGUAAUGCUAGGCCAGAGUUAUAUCAUGCAUGGAGGGCCAUUCUUCCUAAACAGUGCAAAACAGUAAAGCUCCCUUAUUAAACUGCUGCCUAAUGAACGCGGCCAGUGAUGUGCCUGUCCUUUGACAAGCAGCGGGAUAGAGUUGUAUUGUGCUUAUCGUGUUUGUCCAUCUCUAAAUAACAGAAUUGGACAAUCUCCUAGCGGAGUAGCUCGUUACCAGAUGCCGAUUAGCACUUCCCUUGCCCCCCUGGAGCAGAUCCUUACGAUGACGGAUUGGAUCUUAAAUAGCUCAGCAGAUUCCUGCCAGUUGGUUAUUAAGGAGUAUCUCGGCAGUGAUUCAUUUAGAGGGCAUUUGCUUGUGAAUAUGAUUCAAAAAUUAGCAGGAGUUUAGCAAGAGGCUGGGACUAGCUGACCCCUUAAUAACGUUAUAAUGAUGCCAUUUAACAUCCACCGCUUAUCCCACAGACUCGGCUCUGCGAGUGGAGAACAGGCUGUGUGCUGACAGGUUACACAGAGAGGGAGACCUAGAAUGCGACCUCACAUCCAGGGCUGAUCACUCAGGACAGAUGUCUGUGCACUGUAUGGCACAAACCCCUUCUAACAGACCAUGUUCAAGGAUCGCUGGUGCUUAGGUUGCUGACCUCUAAUAUAAAGCAUGUGGUCCAGCUCUCUGUGUCCUUGUCAAAGUCAUUCUACUAUAUGUUAUGAUGGCUGCUUGGAUGUGUAGUAGUUAAUAAAACCCUCAUUCAGUGCCAAUAAAAGAGUCUAUGAAUGUCUCAAGUAAAAUGGACUGUUAUAGGUUGAGAAUUGUACAUAACACAUGCUUGCAUUAGGCUGGUUGUUGUACUUUAUGAUUUAUACGCCUGCCCCUUUUUCUUUUCUGUAUCCCUGGUUUUAUUUGUCAUAUAAGACAAAAAUCCCAAUAAAAGGAAUUUGAAAAAAAUGUCUAUGGACAAACUGAUGAUUUAAAGAGAUGUCUUGUAUAUAUUGCACAUAGUUACCUCACUCAUCCAUGGUUCAUUUCUUUCUUUUCACCAACAUAGAUUUGGGCCACAGACUUGGAUGUGUGUUAUAGUGACCAGCUGGCUAUGACCCAACUCCUGAUGUACUUGACAAGUGGAACCCUGGACUGUACAAACAGCCGUCUAAAUGUUCCCAACCAUCCCAGCAAAAUGGACCAUUCUCAGCGCCAGACUCAGCUUAUAGCGGUAACAUCCAUUCAAUGGCUUCCAAUUUCUCUGAAUUGCAAACUGCAAAUACAUGUAUUGUGUGUGUGUUUUAAUUAUUUAGUAAUAAUUGGUGUAUUUAGCAGUCUACAAAUUACCUUGUAGUAGAAGGGUAAUACAGUAACUACAAUAGUUAUAGAGUUAUUCUAGACUGCUCUUCAUAGAAAUGUGUAUGUGUACCUUAGGAGAAAUGGCCGCUGCUCCUUAGAGUAUACAGGCAGAGUGGAAACGGGAGGCAUUAAGAUAUUGAAUUUUAAAAAGAAAUAGAUUUUUUUUUAAAGCAGGUUUCCCUCCUUCUGUACAGGGGGUGAAGCAGGGAAUAUCAAACACUGCCUGACCGAGGGUAUGUAUAUAUGGCUAAAGUGCAAUAUUCUAUUUAAAAAAAAAUUAUUUUAUCUAUUUUUUAUACACAUUUCAUUUUCAAAAAAAUCUAAUUCCUUUCAAAACGCUAUGAAAGUAUAAUUUUAUUAAAAAUAGUUUUGAAUUGACAUUUGUCCUUUCAGGGAUACACACUGUACCCUGAAUCCUUAUAAUGCUCACAUUAAAUGAAUAGACACGUAAACUAAUUCAACUAGCUGAAGUACGUUACAUGCCGGUGGUCUGUAAUUUUUUUUUACUUUUUAAAGUGGCUAUUUCAACAAAAAUCUGACCUUUUAUACAUCCACGCCAAAUCGCCUCUCUGGCUAUCACUCCGACAGCCAGUUAAAUAUUUUUCUACUUCAAUUAGCUCCAUGGAGCUAACCAAAGUGACAGGCGUGCUGCUGGGCUACAGUUCAUCUGCAUUCCCCUCUUUUCAAUGAAGGUUCUACAGCUCAUUGAGAAGAAAAAUACAUGCAUGUUUUCUUUGGGGAAGUGUAUCUAUUAAGUAGUUAAAACAUGUGCUACAGUGAAGGUGCAUUCAAGUAAAUGCAGUACCAUUUUAGCAGUGAUGGUAAUAAACCAUGUUUUCAUCUUCCUCUUUUUAAGGCAAUGCUUUAAUAGUGAAUCAUCUACUCAAAUAAUAUAUUGAUCACCCCCCUAAACUUCCAAUGCACACACCUCGUUCCAUUAUUGUGCAUUCCUCAACCUCACACAUUAGCUGACUGUUCUAUAUUCUUGGUUCUACAUGUGUGCUAAUGUUUGGUUAUCAUCAGACCUGUACUGCUCCUGUUAUAAAGAUAAACUCUCUUCUGUCACAGUGUCAUGCUUCCAGUCACUAAACUCCUUCCCUCCCUCCACUCUGUACAACAAACACUUCCCUACACCAUCUUUACAAGUUCCCCCUCAAUAAAAUGUUCUUUAAAAGAAUAAAUUUGCUCAGUGCUGUUGCUCCUGUAAUUAUGUAUAAAACCAAUCACUCAUUAUCUGGGAGAUAGAUGAGGCUAAAUAAGCACAGCAUUAAUAAUUUACAGGGCUCUUCAUUAUGCCAGUGCAUGGGCUGCGAAGACCCAGCAAGAGCAAUUCUUUCAGUCUGAUGCCAACCUUUAAACAAUGGCGUUCCAUCACCGCGGCCCCAUCCUGCUUCACGCUUGUUAAACAGAGACAUGGAUUAUUCUAUCAAACACUCCUCUAGUUUCUGCUCCCCACUGCAAACCAACAGCUUCUGAAAUGCGCAUCUUAUAAUCCCCCCUCCACAUGUUAAUGACUCAAGCAAUGGGAGAUAUUAAUUCUGCAAAUAUUAUAAACAUGAUUAGCUCGCAGUCAAAGAUUUAUUGCAACAGACUUUUCGGAGUACUAACUUUGUGUGAGCCGCUGUCUGAAUAUAUUGUGGCAUCCUGUUAGUCUGAAGGGACACAUCUAGGACAGAUGUGAAAGUAAAGUUUUGUGCAGAGCGUGUUCGAUUGUGCAGUCACUGCCAGUGUUAUAUGGUGCAGUGUCUAGAGAACCCCCUUGCUCUGUGUGGAUUUGAAGCCGGUAAAGGGCAAGGUUAAUCACUGAUCCGUUUUAGGUUUAAGUUGCCAGCUUGGAACGAUUGUCCCACUCACCAUUGGUUUCAAGUUAUUUUGAAAUCAAAUUUGCAAUGUUCAGGGAAUUCCCUGAAAUUCAUGAUUUUGUAAAUAACCCUGAAAGAUAAUUGAUUGCAAAAUUCAAAGGAGCAAUCUAGCAUUAAAAAUACAAACUUAUUUCUAAAUUUACUGUUACAGUCAUAUAAUACAAUCAGGACUGUGGCCAACUCCGUGAAGUGCAUGGACGCUGGCUCUGUCCGCAGCCAGUAAGUAAUCAAAGUCCAACAUAAUUCUCCUUGUGAUUCUUUAUUGUGGUUUUAUAAGAACAGGUCAAUUUUUGUCCAUACCAGGCCUUUAUAAAACAUAGUAGACAUUAAAGGGACACUGUAGGCACCUUGGCCACUUCAUCUCAUUGAAGCAGUUUGGUUCCACUGUCCCUGUCCGCUUAACCCUGCAGUAUAAAAUAUUACAGUUUUAGAGAAACUACAAUGUUUACAUUUUAGGGUUAAGACUGCCUAUAGUGGCUGUCUACCAGACUAGAGGCGUGUACUGCUGUUUUAUGGAGUUUGAUUCCUUGAAACGAUGCUGGACAUCCUCACGCUGUGCAUGAGGACAUCCAGCAUCUUUAAAUCCCCCAUAUGAAAGCAUUGAUUCAAUGGUUUACUAUGGAGAAGGCCUAAUGCAGCACUCAUCACAUAUUAGGGUUCCCCUCUUGGUGCUGACGUCGGAGGAGGUGGAGAGGGAGCCAAACGCUGGAAUAAGAUGAGUGAAUUUAAGAGUUAUUUAAGGAAUACAGCUUUGAACUUAAGUGCUUAUAUAGGCUAUAAUUAAGGGGUGGAGUGACACCCUAAUGAGACACAACUGUCAUUACAGAUUAUCCUUCCAAUAGUUAAGUGAUUAAUUUGAUGACAAACUUGGCAGGUUGUUCUGAUAUUUUCAUUAGCUUUUUGUAUAACCUUAGAAGUACUUCUUAACUAUUUAGUUGUAGCCACUUCCCCCAUAACCAGAGCUAUUUAUUUGUUCUUCCAAAUUGAUAUUUCUCAGAUUUUCUAAAUUUUUCAGUUCUGAAGAAUUUUGGUCAAAGUUUGAUUAAAAAUUAUAAAAUUAGAAAGGACAAUGCAUCUUUCGAAAUUCUGCCAUAUUUAAAUUCGGACUUAACUGAUAACUGAAUCUCCAAGUCAAUGUAUAAUGUAUAAUAUGAGUCAGUAGUGUAUAAUAUGUUAUCCACUGAUCAGCCAUAACAUUAAAACCACCUGCCUAAUAUCGUAUAGGUCCUCUUCGUGCUGCCACAACAGCUCUUGACAAGACAUCUGAACGUGUCCUGUGCCAGUUGGCACUAAGACAUUAGCAGCUGAUCCUAUAAGUGCUACAAGUUGCAAGGUGAAGUCUGCAUGGAUUUGAUUUGUUGCUCCAGUACAUUCCACAGAUGGUCAAUCGGAUUGAGAUCUGGGGAAUUUGGAGGCCAAAGCAAAAUCUUGUACUCUUUGUCAUGUUCCUCAAAUCAUUCCUGAACAAUGUGUGCAGUGUUGCAUGUGGCAUUAUCCAGCUGAAAGAGGCCUCUCUCAUCAGGGAACACCAUUACCAUGAAGGGGUGUACAUGAUCUCUAGAUAGGUGGUGCGUGUCAAAGUAUCAUCCACUUAAAUGCCAGGACCCAAAUUUUCCCAGCUGCCAGCUUGCCUUCUUCCCAUCAUACAUCGUGCUGCUAUAUCUUACCCAGGUAAACAACACAAACACUCUGGCCAUCCACCUGAUCUAAAAGAAAACGUGAUUCAUCAGACUAGGUCCAGUUCUGAUGCUCACAACCUCUUUGAAGAUGCUUUUGGCGGUCGUCAGGAGUUAUCAUGGCAGUCUGACUGGUCUGCAGCUACGCAGUCCUUUACCGAUACCCAGGGGCGGACUGAGAACCCUCAGGGCCCUCGGGCAAAAUAAAUCAAGGGCCCCCUUACAGGCCCCACCCAUACUCUGCAGCAAGCGCCACCCUUGUCCCGCCUCCAUGCACCGCCUCCAGCCACACCCUACACAAUCUUUAGACACAAGGAACAAAAGGGCAAUAAGCCCUUCGAGGCCCCAGUAGAGACUACAAUUGAGGGCUAAUGGGCCAUGGAGGGGGGUCUUUCUAGCGGAGGUUAUCUCAGUGUCCUUUAGAGAGUGUGUUAGAUAGAAUCCCCUCCAAGCCCCAUUAGAGACUACAAUGGAGUCUAAAAGGCUUGGAAGGGGGUCUUUCUAACAGAGGCCAUCUCAGCGUCCAUUAGAUAUCCCCUGCUGGAAACAGUGCCUCCAGGCCCCAGUAGAAACUACAAAUGAGGGCUAAUGGGCCAUGGAAGGAUUUCUAGCAGAGGCUAGAGUCUAAUGGGGCCUGGAGGGUGGUCUCUCCAACACUCUUCCUAUUUACAAUAUAGCAACACAACAUAGCUCGCUGAUACCUAAGCCAAGUUGGCUCCUCUUACCUUAAUUACUGUUGCUGGCUGGCAGUCUGUGGGCUUGCUGGCUGCGGAAGGCAGGCUGUGGGCUUGCUGGCUACUGCCGCAGGCUGUGGGCUUGCUGACUGCGGCUGGCACUUUGUGGCUUGCUGUAGGCCUGUGGGCUGGCUACUGGCCUGUGGGCUGGCUAACUGGCUGGCUACUGGCCAGCCUGUGGGUUAGCUGGCUGGCUACUGGGGCACUUGUAGAUUAUUUAAAGAAAUAACCCAUGCACAAUGUUCAGUAAGGUGAUGUUCUCCUUAGUGGAUUACUGCCUAGAACAGUUUAUUGACUUAGAAAGGGCCAUAAAGGCAUUGAGGCUGUAGUUCCUAUAGGAGACUGUAUGCAACAGUGUGAAAGGUUUUAUGUGUCACAGAUAGAUGCUGUGUGAAUGUGUAGGGUGUGUGGGUGUGUAGGGUGUGUGGCAAUGUUAGUAUGGGGGGCUGUGUAACAAAAAAACAAGACUCUUAUGUGGCAGUGUAGGUGUGUGUGUGAGGCAAUGUGUGUAAAUCUGUAUGGUGUAAGCAUUAUUUUGUGUCAGAAAUGUACAUGUGUGUGUCAUAGAGAAGCAAAGUGGGGCUAGAGUUCACAGUGUUUUAGAAUGUACUGUAUUAAAAUGGGGGUGCUAAUAUCCUGGAAUGUUCUGAUUUGUGGUUUUUAUUCUUCUAGACCUCACCUAUCUCAAAUCGUGUUGCAGUUCUGAGCACACGUCUUGUACAUACAAACCUCUCUAUGGUGUAUUACAACGUGUUCUUCAAGAUGUGUAGAGCUCACGGUAUUGGCUUUGAUGUCAAGGUAUGAAGUGCCUGCAACCAAGGGGUCUUUUAGAUUAUUGCAUGCAUGAAGACAAGAGGGAUCUGUGUUUGAUUAUGUAGAUGUGAAAUAUAAACAGUCUCACUAUAAACUAUAUGAAUCUAUUAAUGGUGAUGGUGACGAUAAGUAAGCAGUGUAUACAUAUGGUAAAGAUAGGCAAUGAAUGUCAAUAUAAGCAACAGAUAUGAAGGUAACACAUGAUAGAGAUAACAAGAAAAUGUUAAGAAUUGACAAGGGAAUUACAAAUUGUAGCCCAAAAUCGCAUAGUUGGAUACAUUUUCCGAAUCUGUUAUUGUGACCAAAAUGAUCUAUUUCCUUUCAAGUUAUUGGUCUAUACAAAUCCAAAUUUGGGGAAUAUAACAUUUAGGGUUAUUCAAUAAAGUGUGAUUUGUUGAGAAAUCAAAAUCAAUUUCAAGUUUUAGACUAAAAUAGAUCAUUUAAGAAGAUUUUCCAAGCUAGUUACGAUUCCAGUAGUGGUAUUUUGGGCUGCAAUUUGACAUUUAUCUAGAAUCCAUUACAAUUCACCGGCAUAAAUUACCCUACUAGUGUAUUAUUGAAAUGAAAACCGAAUAGCAAAACCUAUGCUAAAAUUGCAACGUUGAAAAAGGAUCUCAUUUGGAAGUAAACUGUGCUCUUUUGGCCUAAGUUGUACAAAUUAAUAAAUACUCUGCCUAGGGGGAUAUCAGGCCCUUUUUCAUUCACUGCAGUUAUGCUGUAUUUGGUGCCUUAGGGUGCACCAGCCCCCCUCCCCCUCUCACCUCUAUAGUGUAGCUUUGCAGACCAAGGUAGAGGAUAUUCUUGACUUGCUACCUGUCAGACCUCAUGAAGAGUAUCCUCUACCAUGCUCCAUUUGGCCACACUACAGACUGGGGAUAACAGGAUGAAAUAGAGAGCCAGAAAAGAGUGAGAACAACGGGGGAUAAGGGACGCAAUAGGAGUAAGUGACAGAAAAGUGGUGUGACAUAUAAAGGGCUGUAAGAGACACAAACUGGCAAAAAGGAGAUAAGAUACACAGUAGAAGGUAAGACAUGUAAAGGGGAAAUGAGAGACAAAUGAAGGGCGAAGAAACCACAAAAAGGGAUAAAGUAAUGAAAGCGGAAAUAAGCAUUACAGAACCAAUUACAUAAGUAAUGCAAUCCUCCAAAGGGGAAAAAAGACUAAAACAGGGGGUAGUAUAUAAAAAAAGGUUUAGUAAAAUGGGAUCAAGAGAUAAAUUGGCCUACAUGGGUCAAACUCAUUUUGGGGGGCAGCAAAAUGCAUCUUUGCCCGUGUAGCCAGAAAUAAUUGCACCAGGUCCAUUGUACAAGCUUUGCAUGAGACAAGUUUACUGACAGCUGACAUGUAUUGCUAUAUAUAAUGUAGCUUAAAUGAUGAACAUUUACAUGUGAACUUAAUAAUGUAAGGUGAGCACUAAUACAAACACAGUGAGGGGCACUUUACAAGAAAGCAUAUUGCCAUGUACUUUCACUGUGUACCUUUAUACCUCACUAGUAAAUAUAUUGAUCAGAAUAUAUUUAUGUACGAUGUGUACAAUGGGAUGUGAACGCAUAUUAAUAUAAUAGGUGGGAUAUAUUUGUAUGUGUAAAUUUGUUGAUAGUUUGCUUUCACAAUAUAUAGCUAAAACUUUAUUUUCUAUGCUCACAGCCGGCACAAGUUGAUUUCCUGAAAUGGCUGUGAUUGAUCUGGGGAGAGAAUAAAUAUUGAUUUGUGAUGGUGUGGAUAGUGCUAAGUUUCACAUUCUGCUUUUCUUGUCAGGAGAAACAAGGGACUGUGUUUUUACUCUUGGAAAAUCAGAAAAGGCAUCGCUUGGGAAUGCUGUGAGUAAUAAAAUGCAUUUUCACACAUAAAGACAACUGACACGUUUACCAACCUAUGUUUCUCCACUGUUAAUGUGGCCUCACACAAAGCAAUCAAUCUGUGAAGUACUGCACCCCUUGUUACCUUGGAACACUAAGCAUUUCAGGUGGCAUACAUUAUGUCCCAUAGUUCCGUUCACUGUAUUUCACUCUGCUGAGAAUUGGAUAGAGACUAUGUCUCAUUAUGCUUUUCUGUCAAGACAAGUGGCAGUGGUCUGUGAUAAACAGUCUCUAUUGGAGCUUGUCGAUUUAUUGGAAUAUCACAUUGUUUAUGUUAUACUUGACCUUGUAAUUGCCCUUACAUUCUUAAGCCAAUCAAACAUUUAAUUCAUUAUUGUACAAAAGACAGAAGUCCAAUACAUGGGGAACACAUGCCUAAUCUCUAAAUAAACUUACUACACCACAAGCAUUUUAUGCAGUAUUUAUUUAUUUAUUACUGGCAUUUAUAAAGCGCCAACAUAUUCCGCAGAGCUGUAUAAUUGAGAAAGACAACACAACAGGAACAGACCGAAACAACAAGGAGAGGGUCCUGCCCGUGAGCUUACAAUCUAAAGGUUAAAGGACCACUAUAGGCACCCAGACCACUUCAGCUUAAUGAAGUGGUCUGGGUGCCAGGUCCAUCUAGGUUUAACCCUGUCUGUUGUAAACUGCUAUGUUUACAUAUGGGUUAAUCCAGCCUCUAGUGGCUGUCUCAUUGACAGCCGCUACAGGCGCUUCCACGCUUCUCACUGUGAUUUUCACAGUGAGAAGACACCAGCGUCCAUAGGAAAGCAUUGUGAAUGCUUUCCUAUAGAAAGACUGAAUGCGCGUGCGGUUCUUGCCGCGCAUGUGCAUUCAGCCGAUGACGUCGGAAGUAGCAGGAGAGUCCCCAGCGCCGAGGGAGCCCGGCGCUGGAGAAAGGUAAGAUAUGAACCCCUUCCUCCCACUUCAGCUCGGUGGGAGGGGGGCCAUGAGGGUGGGGGGGGACCUAAAGACCCUAAAGUGAUGAGACAAGAGGUAGCAGAGGGAUUUGUAUGUGAUAGCAGAGAGAGUUAAUAGUAUAACUGUAGCAGCUGAUAGCAUGUGAAGAGAAUGAGGAGGUGAUUGGCUGUGGUUCCAAACAGCUGGAAGAGCAUACUAUACACACACACACACACACACUGACACACUAAGACACACAUACUCUUUGACAGACACACAUACACUCUCACUGACAAACACGCAUACUCUUUGACGGACACACACACUCUUUGACAGUCACACAUACACUCUCACUGACAAACACACAUAUAAACACAUAUACAUUCUCACUGACAAACACAUACACUCUCACACACUCACUGACAAACACACAUAUACUCUUUGACAGACACACAAACACAUACAAACUCCCUAACAUUUUACUCCACCCAGCCCCCCUACCUUUAGGCUGGCAUGGAGUCCCUGUGGUCCAGCAGGGCAGCUGGGUGGCUGGUGAGCGGUCCCUGGGGUCCAGUGGGGCUGCUGAGCAGCUGGCGUGUGGGCGGCGAGGGAGCAGUGAUCUUCCUGCUCAGCUCCCUCACGCGCCUCUUAGUGAUGCCAGAGCCAGAGUGAUGUCAUAUUCCGGCUCCGGCAUCACUGCUGUGUGCGCAAGGGAGCUGAACAGGGAGAUCACUGUUCACUGCUCCCUCGCCGCACGCGACCAUUUUGUUUUGAAAAAGUUGUAGUUCAGCAACAUCUGGGGGGUCGCAGGUUGGACAGCCCUGCUUUAUGGUCAGAGGUUGUAUCCAGGUUGUAGAAGAUAAGUAAUAUUAUUGAAAAGCAGACAUAUCUGUAUUAUCUGAGGUAUGUGAGACAUUGUCACUUUUAAACUCAAUGUAAGAGCAAUGAUGGAGAAGGGGUACUUGCUCCCUCUGCUGGUAUGCUGUGGAUACCCUUGACCUCGGCAAGAUUUCCAGCUCAAAUAUAGGAUAUGGCAUUCCACCUUGAGAAACCUCACUAACAACACUAAUACAAGCAUAUAAUGGUUGCCAAGGAGUGGGAGUGCAAACAGGGACUAGUCUAAUUUACGAGUACUAAGGGGUCAGGCAGAAGAAGAGACAGUCCAGUUUCAGUUGUAGGACAAAAAACAAAUGGAUAAAAGCUUAAUAGUUCCCACUCAAGAGGUCCCAGAUGAGUUUUAGCUCAAUUGACCUUGAACAAUUCAGCCUAUACCAGUAUAUUAGAAUGCUAACGGGUUAUCUAGAACAGGGCUCCACACAAGGGAUACAGUUAAAAUCAAGCAAUUGUUGGUCUUCUUAUAGGCCUUGUAAGAGAUAUAACUGCAGUAGCCCCAAUAGAUUCAUUGAACAAGGUUGUCCACAUCUAGGUUUUCUUGUUCAACCAAAAGAUAUGCUAAGAAUAUGUAUCCGAGUCAGAAAGUGUGGCACACACUGAUAUUGGACAAAGGUUUAAGAGUUGUGUGCAAUGGGUAGUAACCAUUCAGACAGUUUUAAAUUAACUCAUGUUCCUGUUGUAUGACCUAUCCCAAUACCAUCUCUGAGCAUGUAGCUAAAUAUUUCACUAAACAAUCUGCUAAACACUACAAUUAAAACCCAAUUUGAUUUUAGACCUUGAGAAAUGGACAUGGACAGCUUUGACAUAUAAUCCAUAUUUUUCUUGCUUUCUGUAUUAAUCGUGUUGCAGAAUUUCAUAACUUGACAAGGAAGCUCUACCUUGAACAUGCAUAUUUUAAAUAGAGUAUGGCGGAAACUGUCAAAAAAAGGUUAUGCACCAUCUAUAAAGGGGUUCACACAUAUCUGUAAAGUAAGGUUUGAGAUAUCUUACUUCGUAUCAUUAGAUGUCAGUGAUUUCUAAAAAGACACAAGUUGUGCAAAUAUUCCCUAUUAACAGAAUAAGAUAUCUUUCAGGAUUUCUUUGUAAAAAUAAUGCAGCACUCCGUCACUAUAAUGAUGAAAGUGUAUUUUGCUCCUUAUUUUUCAUGCGUUUGAGUAGACUUUUGUUUCUGUAUAAUUCAUGAUUGCAAUAAGAAUUGUGCGUAAAUAGAUUAGAGAGAGUUACUUAAAUAGUUUUGCAAGAUUUUUGUAAAGAAUGUCUUCUUUACAUUUUGUUAGUUGAAAUGUAAGCAUAUGUGUAGGUUAGGGCAAAACAUCAUUUUUGUGGUAUCGUAUAAAAAGCAUCUGUUACUUAGGAGAGAAAAAAAACACUUGUGUAUGUGGUGCAGCAUGGAGAUAGCUGUUAAUGCUCUGUUUACACAAAGUAUAGGUUGAUUGCACGCUUUCUUUAGCUCAGUGACCAGUUCUUUAACCGUAAUAUUAUAUCAAUGUAAGUAAAUUCUGCAAAACUUGUUUUCUGAUGGGUUUUCACAGCACUGGAGAAGAUUACACCACAAUUCUAAAUGAUUGAUUUUGGGAAUGGGAAGAUGCUUGGGGUUUCAAGGAUAUACUAGUAAAAUAUGUACCCACUUAAAUAGCACACAGACCCAUUUUCUCUUUUGUUUGUUUUUUUUUUGUUAUAUUUUGCUUGUUUUUAUUUGUGUUUUUUGUUUUGGGGGGGAGGGGAGGUUAUAAACCAUUACAAUAGGGAGUACCAGUAUAUAAGCCAAUGAAGCAGGGAGAAUUGGUAGAGAUGAGCAAUAGUUGGAUUGAAAGAUAUAUGUAUGAGUAAAUGGCUAGAGAGAAGUUAUUCAAGUUAACUGAAACGACUCAAUGUCUUCUUUCUAAAUCUCAUUACCAGGAGCAUUGCAGAGGACCUCCAGGGAGCUCUCAUGACCUUUGCUCGCAAUCUGUUUAUCAUCCAUCAGGAAAUAUCAACCCCUAACAUGCAGGGUGAAACUAAUUUCAAGGUGAGCUGUUAAUGAACUAACGAUUUCAGCUCCAUUUCACCAACGACUUGGUAAGAAAGGAGAUGGAACAGCUUCAUUCUUCAUGAAAGCUGCGUUUGGUGUCUGCUAAUUACUGUCCUGCAUGAAGGACAGUGUUAAUGAUCUGCACAAGGUUUCUAUAAAUACAGUACAGCAUACAUAGAGUACAGUGUGCUAUUAGAAGGCUUUAAAAGGACAAGUAGGGAAAAGUGAUUAUUUGAACCAAUAGGGUUCCCUGGGUGAGAUUGUGUGGCACAAUAAAGGUUAUAAGAAUAGGUUAUAGGGAUUAAUAGGAAAUAGCAAUUGGAGUGGUUAAAUAAAACAAGACAAGGAGCCCAGUGGAAAACUCUGACACUUCAUGAAUAAUGACAACAUAGGGUGAAGUUAUCCACAAUCUUACGGUGGUUUUACGGAGUAAACAAUGCGUUACACACAGCAAUGGAAAGAGUUACAUGGCAAAAUUAGAGAAAUUACACUACUUUCUGCAGUAAUUUUCUAAUGCAGAAAAUACAAUGUUAGCAGAAUAUAAACCCUUUUGCUGAUGGUAGAAAAGUCAGAGGAUAAUGUAGUUUUAAAUGGUUGAUUAGUAUCCAUCAUUUUACUCAAAAAGAAGAUUAAACCAUAUGAUUACACAUUAAUAGUGGAGUAUUUUUUUCAAAUCUAGUGUAGUGAUUAAAGGGUAGUUGGAAAUAUAUGUACCGAUACAUUACGAUGUCUGUUACAACUUGCCUGUAUGGAUAUGCCAUCAUCUAUACAUUACCAACACAUGAGAAGAAGAAAAAACAUAUUUGUCAGGUUGCACAUUGAUAGGAUUUUAUGUUUAUUACAGAAAAUCGUACAAGACAUUGAAGGCAUUCUGGGAGUCACAGAAGAAAACAAACUGAAAUUUGAUCAAGAAGGUGAAGACAAUGGCCAUCUCACAGCAAACCCAUGACGGCUUCUCUAAACUGGAGUUUUUACAACAUCUUCCAGGCAAUAUAAAGCAGACUAAUCCAUGUGCUUGUGGUAUUCUGGGAAUUAGAUUUAUGAUUUCCUAGUCUCACAUUGUCAUCACCCAUUUGAUGGGUAAGAUUUUGAAAAUCACAAGGAUUAGUGUGGCUUAUAAGGACCAAAGAUUUGAUUUUAACAAUUGAUGUGCAUGAUUGGUGCCAUUAAAUUCAACUGUAAUGGAAGGAGCUUUUUCUAAAACAAAUCUGGCACAAAUUUGGUGCUUGCCGGCAAUUUGUUUUCUAUUUCAUAAUUGGUUUUGUUUUAAAAAAAAAUGUAAAAUCUCUCAGUUUAUGACUGACUCUGUUGGUUUUUUUCCUUUGGCAUUUAGCUAUGUCAUACUUGAUUGCAUUUAUCUUUGUAAGCCAUGUGAUUUAAAAAAAAAUAAUUGUAUACUUUAAAUAUGUGUAAAUGCUUUGAAAACACAAUUUUGCCUAUUCAGUACAUGUCAACAAUUUAAGUAAUGUUUUGUGCUUGUGACUCAUCAACUAUCAUCUAGCACUUACUGUGUCAGCUGACCCUUACAAAAUGGCUGACAAGGUCCCACAUGGAAUGCCCUUAGCAACCUGCACAGGCCAUUCGGAAUGUUGAAAGGUUUGCAUUAUUUCAUAACAGUGUGCAAUCGUCUAAGCUCUCUUCAAAUUAGAAUCAUUCUCCAUUAGUAUCCCCUUCACCUUGUAGUUAUGCAUCAAGACAUACUCAGGCUCAACUGUAUGACAUCAUACUAUCCCAACCCAUAAUUUAGCAUUAUGUUUUCAAGCUAUUGUCCCAGGCCACUGGCUGACAUUUAGAGGAAGUAUUUCUGUUCUCACACAGGAAAUUCUGAAUAUACAGAACAGGGAAACUAUUCCAAAGUGCUUUGUUUAGAGAUGUAAGCUCCUCAGGCCACUGGUAGAUACUAUGCAAAGUAAUGUUUUAAUUAUAGUAUACAGUAGCACACUAGCUACUAUUAAAAUUUUAGGUGAAGAUAAACAUACAGACAGACUUUCAUCAGACACAGAUAGCCCAAUCCCUGAUAUAAAAACAUCACUCAUAUAUAUUCCUCUUUCUGUCAGUCCUGCUAAUAAUAUGCAUUUGGUCUGCCACAAUGAAACAUAUUCCCAUGCACACCUGUAGCCAGGUAGCACAGGGGGGAAUUUUUCAGGUAUACAGUCCAGGGAAAAACAAGAGUUGUGUGCAAGAUUAUAUUUGUAUGUAUUUUAUAAUUUAUGUAUUGUCAUCAAGAAUAUGCAAAACGAUUCAGUGAGUAAAAACUUAAUUCUGUUUUCGGUUUCUGUCAAGUUGUAUGAGGAAGAAAGAAACAUGCCAUGUUCACAGAGGUUAAAGGAGGUAAAUCACAAAAUCACAAAGGCAGGUCAGGAUUUACUCAAGGAUCAAGGGCUUACACUCAUCCUUCUCUGCUUCUUUCAGUGGAUACUAGAAGCCAUAAAUAGAAGGGAUGGAGAGCCACAUCAGAUAAGUGUUUGUUGUGCCAGUCAAAUAAAUUGAGCUGGAAUCACACAGAAACAAUGCGUUGUGUUCUAGCAUUGUGCUCUGUAAUGUAAACCAAUAAGGCUGAUGUAAAUCAAGCAGAAGGAUUACAAUUACAGCAGAAUUAUGGUGAUUGUGUUUAAAGGGUUAAAAUAGAUGUAAAUGUCAGCUCUGUAAAACUUGCCAUCAAAGCUUGUUACAUCUAAUAGGCUCUACUAGUUUCCUAAGACUUGCAAAAAUGAAAACUAUAAAAAAUACUGUAGAUGUGUUGGUUUAAAACACAACAAAACAAUGAAUUUAAAUCACUUUAAAGUGUAAUUAGUGGAAGCUGUAUCUUGUGACCAGAAACAUAUUGGAAAUCUAAAAGUCAUCCCUUUCACAUAAAACAAUAGUACAGUGGAUGUGUGUUGUGUCCCUUUAAAUAUUUUUAUACUAUACAAGGAUAUUGUUCUUUGAAUGUCUUUAAUAAAUUCAUUUAACAGAUGCCAAAUAAUGCUGUGAAUAUCUGAUUUUCAUAUAUGAAAGACACUGAUCUCAAACUGUCCCUAGGUUUAGUUCACAUGUAAAUUUGCCGCUACCUGUGGCUGGUAAAGAAGUCUAGGAGUUGUAGUUGUAGUUUAAAAAUAUCUGAAGGGGUGCAAAAAAAAGACAUCUCAUGGUAAGUAUAAAAUUUUUCACUGGUAUGAAAAAUUAUUCCCCCUCCUCUUACAAUGUUUUAAUGUUGGGGAAAUAGGCAAAAUAUUUUUAUAAGAUGGGUGGCUAGGGGGUUGGCAGAGGAGAGGAGGAGGUGUCACAGGAUUGCAGCACAGCAUGGGUGGAGAAGAACAAGGAGAGAGAGCUGCUACUGCUCAAUCCCACUCCCAUUAGCCUCAGCCAGCAGCAGCAGAACCCUAUGCAAGCCACCCUCCUGCACACAAAAGGUAUGCUCACAGGAGGGUGGCUGCAAAUAUAAAAACAAUGACAUGUAUGUAUCUAUGUGUGUCUGUGUGUGUGUAUGUGUAUCAGUGUGUCAGUGUGUGUGUAGGUGUGCAUGUGUCAGUGUGUAUGUAUUAUAUUUGUAAGUAUGUAUGUAUUUAUGUGUCAGUGUAUGUGCAUACAUCCCAGCAAUCAGACACAAACAUUACAUACAAGCACAUCCCAGCAUUCAAACUCCAAAAUCAUAUACAAACACCAAUACUACACAUAAAUGUACACCUGCAUUUACAAUCCAACACUACAAACACACCCCUACAAUCAAACACAAUCAUUACAUACAAACACACCCCUGUAUUAAAACACUAAAAUUAUAUACAAACAACACCAACACUACAUACAAAGGCACACCUGUAUUUGAAAGCCAACACUACAUACAAGUAAACCAUUUGCAGUACAUACAAAUACACCCCUACACGCACACACAUACUCUAUACAAAAACAUACUUACAUUCAAAGGCACAAACACUGCUUUCAAAUACAACCCUACAAGGGUGGGCAAAUGGUAGAUCCCCAGCUGGCAUAACAUUGUGGGAAUUGUAAGACAGAGGGGUAUUUAUCUUUUGGUCAUUCCUGUGCUUGAGAUGGGCCCAAAAAAUGAUUGCACUAAGGCCCUCUCUACAUUAGAUUCACCACUGCAUCAGCUAUUUUUAUUUAGUAGACCACAACCAUUAUUUAAUUUACAGCUCCCACCCAACACCCAUCGUGGAGGCACAGUCGGGACCUCUGCCAGGUCCCCCCUGUAUUUUAGCCACUGGCUGAUCACUGUUUAGUAGCCACCCCAAACCCCCACAAAUAGUGGCUGGUCGCUUAAGGUAUGUUUAAAACCACCCUUUCACUUAUGUGGGGGUCAUAUUUACCUCAUUGCCUUUUUAUUAACUAUUUACCUGUUUGCUACAAGUGCUGCGGGCAGAGAAAUAGUAAAAUAAAUAAAUAAUUUAUCAACAACUUUUAGGUGUUAAAUUGGAUUAACCCAUUGACUUACCAAAGUUGAUAUUUUCAAUGUAAAACUAUAGCUAUCGGUUUUGAAAUGUGAGCAGUAAUGUAAUCUAUCCAUGCUGUUAAAUGGCUUAUCGGGAACUGAUAAACAUGAUCAGCUCUAAUUUGAGGCCUUUGAUGUUAAGAUGUCAAUAUUAACACCUGCUAUCUUGUAGCAGCUACUAAUUGCCAACUGGCUUCCACCAAUUUUUUUUAUCAGCUGUUGACAUCUGAUUACAAAGAUAC